AUGAUGGAAUCGAGUACUAUUCAUGUAUUAUAUUUUAUUAAUUAAUUCUAUAAGGAAUUAACUUAUUUAUGGACUUUAAUACCUCCUUGUUAACAUAUUUUAUUUUGUAGAAAUUCGACGAUGACUUAAAAUAUAUACGUCACAUACGAAAAAAAGCAGAGAAUUAUGUUCAUACAAAAUUAUCAUCUUCCCAUAUUACUGACAAUGCUAGCAAUGCCAACUUUAGCAAUAAUAAACCUAAAGGUAAAUUCAAUUAAUAUUAAAUUUAUAAAAAUGUAAUGCAACCAGGGGCAGACUUGUAACACUGAUUUCCAGUAUUGGCUUGCUGGAAUACAUUAGUAAAUCCAUUAAGAUUAGUUAUUUAUUAAACUUGAACUGAAUAACACAAUAAUCUACUUUGUCCUUUCUUAGUUUGACCCUGGAUGCAGUCAAAAAAUAAUAUUUUAUGUAAACAUUAAAAUUGUACAGUCAGUGCAAUUUAAUAAUUUUAGUAAUUUUUUUUUAACUUUAGUUUUUAAAUUUGUUGAGUUCCAUUAUUUGAUGAUUUUAAUUGAUAGUUCAAGUAUUUUAAUAAUAGCUAUGUUAACUAUUAAGUUAGUUACAUUUAACCUUUUUUAAUAUUAGUUACUAUGUAGGUAUUUUGUUUUAUUAUAUUUCUUUGUGUAUUUCAAACUAUUACAUUUAUUUACCUGACUUAAUUUCAGUUUAUAAUAAACAUAUCGUCAAUAUGAAUAUUUGUUUUGUUUACCUAUGUGUAUAGAUUAUUGUAAUUUGAUCAGUGGUACAACUAGAAUUUUCUUUUUGAUGAGAGUGUCCACCUAGUUCCCUAUUAUAGUAAAUCUUUUUUAAUGAUCAUGAAAUCUGUUUAUUUCUAUUACUAUGGUUCAGUGGGAUGUCCAUACACCCAAAAUUCCUCCUUGGUUGUCCUCUAAUAUUUGCUAUAACUGAAUAGGUUGGUACUACAGUAACAGUUUCUACUGUGAUAUUAAAAACUUAAAUACUUUAUAAUUAUAUUGGUUUUAUAAAGUUAUUAAUUUUAUAAAAUUAAAAAUGUUGAUAUACAUCAUUAAUUGUGAGAUCUAAGAUUAUAAAAAAUAUUUUGCAUACAGAACCUGGGUUGUACAUGUCACUUUUUUAAUUUUAUCUAUUGUUGAAUCUUUGAGUAAAAGUUGUUAGGUACAUUUAUAAUUGAAUUUUAGCAGUGAUACAUAAGAAUUGUUCAAAUGUGCCAAAAAAAAAAAAACCAUCAAUCUAACUGUAAAUAGGUACAAAAUUUUUAAAUAAAUGUAAAUCCUACUUACAAUUCAAUAAUACCUAUACUUUUUUGAUCUAUAUAACAUUUGUUACCUAAUAUAAUUACUAUGGUUUGGAUAAUCAUAAGUUGUAAGAGAUUCAUAUUUUACUAUAUCCUCAAUUUAUAGUAGAUCAAGCAUAAAAUAUUCUCUGCAAAGAAAUUCAAAAAUUAAAAAUGUUCAAUGUAUGUGCAUAUUUUAAAAAAUAAGUGUACAUUUCUUACAUUUUAUCAGGUAAAAUAAAACUUAUAUUUUCUAAGUAUGUAUUGGAAAUAUAUUUUUCUUAGAUAAUGCUAUUCACUAAACUAUUUGUUCAGUUCAAGUAAUAUCAAAUUUUAACCAAUUUCCACUACAAUUUUUAAAUAUCUAUAUAAAUAAUAUAAUAUAUUAGUGUAUUGAUAACAGAGUUAUUUUUAAUGAAAAAUAUAUAAUUUAAUUUAUUAAAUGUAACUAACAAUAAGUUAUAAGCUAUUUCAACUCCUAUAAUAUCUGAAGUUCAAUAGUUACCAUUAAUACAGCCCAGUUGUUCAUCAGUAAUCACUUGUUAAUCUUAUGGACAUAAUUAAAAAUGAUUGAAAUAAGUUAAUUAAAUUCAUUUAAACAAUACAAUUUAAACAUAUGAGAAUUAUAAUGUUCAAAUCCUUAAAGGUAUAUUUUUAUAUUUUAGCUUCUCAUAAUUAAUAAUUAGCUGUAUAUUAUGAAAUAUAACUGUGAAGUAUUAAGUAGGUAUAAUAUAUAAAAUGUGAUACCUAUUAUACUUAAUAUUAUUAAAGCACUUUACUAAAAAUCAAUGUAUACAGAAAAUAUAUUUUCUGCACAUAUUAGUAAUUAUUCUUACGAUCAGUUAAUUAUUUAUAUUAGAUUUUAUCAACAAAUUAACAAAAACUUUUCAUACUAGAAGAUCAAAUAUUAUUAAGGAUAUUUGAAAAAAAAGGUUGCAAUUUAUAUACUUACUCAGUUAUAAAUUCCAAAUUAUUAUAGUAUAAAGUAUAAACCUACAAUGUAUAACACAUAUUGUUAUCAGUGACAACUAUUACCAAUUUACAAUAUUUAUGAAACAGUAUAUAAGAUAGCUUCUACCGAUCAUGGCUUAGAGUAUAGACUUUACUCACCAGUCAAUAUAGUAUGUAUAAUAUACUAGGGUUAACCUGAUUUAAGGGAAUUAUAUAAGCUUAUUUUCUUUCUUUGUCCAUCAUAUAAGCAUUAUAACUAUUUGGACUAAUUUUCCUGCAAUCAAUCAUGUAAAUAUUAAGAUUUCUGAACAAAUUUAAAUUCACUAUGAAGUAUACAUAAUGUUAGUAUGGCUACCUUGUCAAUUUCAUUUAAAAUUUUUUUUUUUUGUACAUUUUCAAGUUUUCAAAUCAAUUUAUCAGAAAUUAAUAACCACAAAUUGAAAAAGUGAACCAAUCGGUUCUCAUGUAUAUGUACACUUAUUGCUUAAUUUAAAUCGUUAUCAGAAUUUCAAUUUUAUUUGUUUUUACUUUUGAAAAGAGUAAAAGGUUUAUAUUAUUAAUUUUGUAUACAAGUAUUAAUAUGUAUUCAUUUACUUUCCUAUGUUUUUUGGAUUACAAAUUGUACAAUGAUUCUCAAUUAAAUUUGAAAAACUGAAUAUUUUAUCUAAUAUUCAUGUUAUAGUGGUUAAUUUGAUGCCAGAUUUAAAAUAGUUAUUAAAAUAUCUAAUAACGGUACCUGUUGUUAAGUUUUAAGUUACUAAUCAAAAUGUAUAAACUUUUGAUUAAGUGCCUAUGUAUAUAUAUAUAUAUAUAUAUAUAUAUAUAUAUAUGAAUUGUACAUGAAUUUGUGAACACUUAAAUGUUUAAUAUUAUCUAUAGAAACAAUAUAAAAUUAUAACUUAAAGAAUAGGUUUUUAAAUCUAGUAGGUAUGUUUAAAUUGAGAAAUAGUAUACAAUGUAUUUGUUAAAACCAGGUACCUUUAGGUCUUAACGCCCUUCUAACUGAGUUAUUUUGGCCAUUAUGCAACUACUUAAUUUUGAGUGUAAAAAAGACAAUUUAUUAUUAACUAAAUAUGAAAUGGUGAACUUAUAUACUUGGUAUUAUACAAAUUAGUAUUGUCGUGUAAUCAAAAGUUGUUUUUUUUACUAAUCUUUUAUUUUGAAAUAAAAGUUUUUCACAUGACUUGAAUCUACACUAUAAAUUCAACAAACUGAUAGUACCAAAUGCCAGGAGACAUCAUUGAAUAAUUUGUACGCUGUGAUCGGCCACCCAGAUUCCCUUUAAACUAGAUUAUUACAUUUAUUAAGAAGACAUAAACAAAUUUCUAUAUGCUAUCUGGGAUGUGCAUUUAGAUGAUGUAACUCUCUAAAUUAUUCUCGAUUCUGGUUUAUAGGAAAAGCACUAUAACUUUUUUAAUUUCUUUUUGUCAAGCAUUGUAAAUAUAAAUUAGUAUCUAAAAGAAAAAUUUCAUCAAUUCACCAAAAUAUUUAUAAUUGUAUGAAACAACAUUUUUAACAAACCACCAAUAAUGGUCAAAUAAAUAAAAUAUAAUGUGUUCACUUUGCCCCUUAAUGAUAGUAGACAGAGAACAUUGCUCAUUGCUCUGAAGUAUGUCCGCGGUUGUAAAGAGCUUCCAGUUUUCGGUGGGUUACAGUUGAUAGUAUUUAUAUGCAUUUGCAUAUCAUAUUACCUAAAACUUAUUGUUUUGGUAUUUUGUUAAUGACUUAAUGUCAACUGUACAAGUUUGUUUCAUUUUAGAUUCUAAACGAAUUACUAUAACAAUUUUUUUUACAAACAUCUUUUUCCAAAUUUUAAAUGUUAUCACCUUUUUGAAAAGAAAAUUUUGCCUAUAGUAUUAACUAUUUUUAUUAAGUUGUCUUUUAUAUAAUUGUGAAAAACCGAAGUUUACGCCAAUAACGACGGAUAUUUCAUAUUUCAGAUUUAAUUAUUUGGUAUAAUUUCGAUUAAAAAUAAUCGUAGACAUUUAAAUUUUUCAUAGAAUAUUUAUUUAAUAGUCUUUUAUAUAUUAAAAUUAUAGAUAUAUUAAAAUUUUCAAAACAUUCAGGCGUUUUUUGAGCAAUUUGUAAGGACUUAUUUGACAUAUAUUCAAUUUAAUCAUAAAAAUCACAUUUCAAAACUUGUAUAAUUGAAAUUCGUUCAAAAUCAUAUUUUGUUAGUAGUUAUUAAUCGUUGCAUAGGUACAAGUAUAAAUUGCAUUACCGUUUUAUACCUUUCCAACUUUCCAUUUAAAACAAUGACCCGCCUAUUAUCAGUAUUACUUGGCUCUUUUUUUCUUUGCGACUUAUGACAUAAAAAUAUCAACCUUUUUAUAUGUCUUGAUUAUUGUUCAUCAAAAGUUAUCAGUGAGUAUACUGUAUGAUAUUAAUUGUAUAUGGUCAUUGUCUACAAUAGGUCAAUUUUUGUAUACAAAUGUACAACCAUUUGAUUUGAUUACUUUCCAAAUUUAUUAUUUUGAUAAAUUCUGUUUUAUUUCAUUGAGUAAAAAUAAACUAUGUAUAAUUAUCUAAGAUUUUAAUAUUUUUCUGUUAAAUAAAAUACAAAUAUAAAAGAAAAAAAAAUGUAAACAUUUUUGCCAAAACCAGGAACCUUUAAAUCUUCAGUCAAACACUCCCAACUAAGCUAUUUCGGCUGUGAAAGAAAUUGUUAUUUUUACAAUAUCUAAUAACAACUGCAUUGUAAUUUGUAGGUAUAUGAGAGUUCAUAUGUAAGAUACUAGAUAGCGUUAUUAUGUUUAAAAAUAAUUUGUAGUUUAAAAUUGUUAUUAUAUUAAAAGUAUAUAAAUAUGUGUAUAUAAUUUUAACAAAUUUAAAUGGUAGAUAUUUGUAAUAUUUUGUAAAUAAUUUUACAAAUUAUAAGCACUUUAAAAUUGAAUAAAUAUAUUACAAUUUAAGAAAACAUAUAUUUUUCUAGUUGUACCUAAUAAUUUAUAAAUAAUAAGGUAUUAUUUAAAGUAGAUACUUAAUUAAAAUAUACAUAUUUUUUCAAUGUAAACAAAUUAUUUUAUUUUGUUUAUAACUAAUUACUGUUUAUUUUAUUUUAGGUACAUCUAAUUUAAGUAAUUCAAGUAAUUUAGACUCUACAAAUGAUGACGAAUCUGAAUCGAAAAUUGUUGACCUGUGUAACUCAACAUUAAAAACUUCUACCAGGUAGGAUUUUAGUUUUAUUUAUUUACUUGUUUAUUUAUUUGACAAUGCCCACAAGUCACAACACGGUGAUUAUGACUGAGGACAUGUUUAUUCACGUACUUACACGUAAUGCCAAUUUUCUAGUUUGUCUUAUCUGUGGGUUUAAGUAUAACAUAAAAACAUCAUAUAUUUCUGUUUUGAAAACUUACACUAUAAACAACCAUAAAUAAACAUUUUUUUUGGCGAUACACCGGUUGAGAACCACUGAUCUAGUGAACAACAUGGUUUGGCACUUAUUAACCUAAAGAAUUGGUCCCAAAAAAUUUAAGUAGGAAAUCACAUUGUACAAAUUAGAUUGUAGUGAGUGACAAUCAUUUAUGGAUGUUAUUUUCUGGAACAAUUAGAAGUCAUCGGUGAAAAGAAGGAACUGUCAGUUAAGUAACAUUUGUUUUAAACCAUUUAAGAAUAAGACAAGUAGUAGUGGAGAUAAAUGUUUACCUUAGGGAACACCAAUUGGUACAACACUGGCUACUGAUUUAUGACUGUUGGGCUUAACCCACUGCAUUCUGUCUGCUAAAUAAAAUCUGAUCCAUGAUAAAAAAGGAUUUCCUAUAUCAGAUUUGUAAAAAACUUGUAUAAGGGCUGAGUAGUCUAUAAUCCUUAAUUAUUUAUUUGUUGAAUAAGUUCUUAUAUAAUAUGAUGUAAUAGGUGUAUGAUUUUUAAUCAUUGAUUCAGUAAUAAUUCAUACCUAGUACUUAAUUAGUAAAAUAAAACCAUAGUUGCGUUUAAGAUUUUCGAGUCUUGUUCAAAUUAAUUUUCUGCUUCUCUUAUUAGUACUUAUUUCUUGAAGGUUGAAAGGGAAAUUAUCCUUCUACUCUCUAUGAGUUAAGACCGUAAAAUUUAUUUUAAAAAUAAGUAUAUAUUUUAGAGGGUGGGAUAAAAAUAUUUCAAAACUCCAUGUAUUCAAAAUGUAUACAUAUCGGUUGAAGAGAAAAAGUAGAUUAUAAACUUAUUAAAACUUUCUACAUAGAAAUAAAUGUCAACAAUUAAAAAAAAAAAAAAAAAAAAAACAUAAUUUGAAAUACUUUAUUUGGAAAUUAAAAAUGGCUAGAUAAAAAUGUAUAUCUUAUACAUUUUUUAAAGUUAAAAUGAAUUAUAUACUUCAACAAGUCAUUAAAAAUUAUGAUCCUUUCUAGGAAUAUUUCUUUCCUAAAUGUUUAACAAUUCAACAUCCUACAAUAGUUAAUACAAAAACUAAUACACAUUAAUUAAAAUUGUUUUAGAUUAUUAAAUUAAUAUUUUCUUUUCUAUCAUAAUUAUGAAAAAUGCUAGAAUCUACGGAUCACUAACCAUUAAAAAUUUAGCCACCCAUACAAUCCUUGCAGCUGUUGUACUUUGUACUGCCCGACCUAAUGCGGCUGUGCAUACAGCUAAUAGUUUUUAGCAGCAUUAUCUAGAAUGAUAAAAUCAGAAAAAUAAAAAAUCUGGAACAAUUUUAAUUUUGAACGCAAUAUCUGGAAUCGACAAGAUGACUAGGAACAGUAAAAUUUGCUAACUUUUUUUUUAUACAAUAAUAAAAUAUUCAGAUAAUGAAUUAAUGCUAUUUGUCUCAAGCUGGAAUUAUCUUGAUUUUUUAGUUUAAUAACUAGAAACUAGUAUAAAUAUUAUAGAGUUCAAUGAAAAAUUGUGACUACGAAUGUUCAAUAAUUUGAAUAAUAUUUUAGUUAGAUUAGGUUAUAAUUGUGAAGUUUGUUCGUGUUUUUUUAUAGAAAUGAUGACCUUAAAAAGGAAACACAUUAUCAUAAGGAUAGAUAUUUUAUUCGAUUUAGGUAUAUGGUUUUGAAAGAAACUUCUAUGUUUAUUCAUGAAACGUAGAUAUCAAGUAAAAUUUAAAUUUAGACAAACCUAAUAUUAUCAUAUCUCUUUUGUUCCUACUGAACUUUAUAUGUAGUUUCAUACUCUUAUAACCUGACCAAAUAUUUAAAGAACGUGUCUUUCAGGUUUUUAAUUUAUUUCAUUCUCACAUUGAUCAUAUUUGGUAUGUUUUAAAUGCCUAAUUAAUAAUAAUCUAGAUGUAAUUUCACUUGAUUAUUAUGAGUACUAUGUAUGAUUCAUGACUAUUUUACAGUGGUAUCUCGAUUAAUCGUGUCUUGAUUAUCCGUGUUCGCGAAUAAUCAUGUUCAUUCAAACAUAAGUAUGGACUGUACAUAUUAUAAAUCAUAAAAUAUAUAGUAUCGACGAACGUAUUAAUGAUAUUUUUGGCUAUAACAAUAUGACCAUGUAUAUCUAGUAUUUAUUUCAAUGCAAGUAUGUAGUUAUUGGAGAUAAACAAUAUUGUAAAUUGUUUAAUAAAUUAUGUAAUAUUAUUAUAUUAUUUAUUAUUUUAAAGACGUCCUAGAAUAAUAGGGAUGGGUGCAGCCACUUUUAUAGAUAAUUUAAUGUAUACCUGUAAGCAACAAUUAAUCAUUGCUUACGAAAAAACGAUUCUUAGCAGAGUUCAGUUGAUAGUGAUGUUUUGUCAAUAAUAAAUAUGUUAUUUUAUAGUAAAAUAAUUAAAAGGCUUUAUAUAUUUUCUUUAAUAAUAUUUGUUUAAUGUUGUAUCGAUUUUCCCAGUUUUCCUAUAUUUUUCCUGGUUUUUCCAUGUCUUCAUGUAUCCCGAUUUUUCACAUUUGCUGAGAAAACUCCUAAGAAAAUUGAAAAAUUACUUCUUUAAAGUACCUUCCUAGUGAAAUUUCCUUUUAGAAACAUUGCUUUCAUUAAAUGUUGGAGCAAAAUUGCUGAUAGAAAAGUUCUGCACAGGGAAUAAAAACCCUUAAGUAUAUAAUGAAAAAUUACUUCACUAAAGCCACUUACCCACGCCGAUUUCCUUAUAGAAAAAGUGCUACACAUAGAAAUCCGAGCAAGUCUUUUGGUAGAAAAGUUGCGAAAAUUCAAAAAAAAAAAAAACAUCUUUGUAAAACUAUAAGCUUCUUCGCUCUAUUCAGAAUCUAAAAGUCUCAAUUAACCGUGGUUUUUAUUUAUUCGUGUGACCCCCUCUCCACCAUUACCUCAGAUAGUCGAGGUUCCAAUGUAAUCCAAAAAAAUCCUUAAACAACAUACUAAAAAUAAUUGGUUACAAUAAUAAAUAUACUGAUAAAUUAAUGAAUUAAAAAGAAAACUUUGGUGACGUUUUAAGGAGUCGUAAGUCUUUAAUAAUAUGAAACUAUCACAAUAUUUAUAGAGUACAAUUCCUUUCAGGGAGUUUUGAUCCUAUUACAAUUUUUAAAUUAUUAUAUUAUAAUGUAUAUAAUGUAAAAAUAUUCGAAGCACAUAUACUAUAUACCUAUAUUGUUAUAUAUUAUAGACUAUAGUUUGUAUUAGUAGUUUAUUUUAGUUCAUAAUACUAUAAUUUUAAUGUUUGAUUUUUGACAUUAAUUAUUGUGUUUAUUCUCAUAUUGAUAUACAAUAUACAUAUCAUAUUUGUUCGUUGAGAUUUACUUUAUAGUUUGUUUUUUAACUGUAUUAGAUAUAAAAAUAAAAUAAAUAUACUAGUAUACUACUAAAUUUUUUACCAGAAACCACUUUUGAAAUUGUUGAUCAGUGUAAGAUUUUUGUUAGAAAAUGUAUGAACCAAACAAAAUAUAGCAAAACCAAUAAUUCUUUACUACGGUCAAAAUAUAAUAUUAAUAUGUAUUUAUAAUAACGCUUUGAUAAAUUAUAAAUAUAUUCAAGUACGCCUUUAGGUAAUGGAGACUUUUAAUAAUAUUUAAAAUCUGUAAAUAAAUGUAUUAUUUAAAUAGGUAAUUAAGUAAUUGUACAUAUAUAUUUAUAAUACCUAUUAUAAACUCAACCUUAUAUAGAAACAUUUUAUUUUUCAAAUAAAAAUACAGUUGUUCAUUUAUGUAUUGCUGAGGGGAUAUAUUUUAAAGAGGACAUAUAAUUAUGUGUAUGAAGGAACCGGUGUUUCUUCUAACGAUUAUGAGCAACCAAAAAACUGCAGAUGUAUUUGAACCUAUUGUUAACAAUAUUUUUUUUUAUAGUCUUGUGUCAACCUUUUUGAUCAGCUGCCUUGUAUUAGUAGGUAUGAUGCAUGAUAGAGGAUUUGUGCCAGGGACCUUCUAUGAGGGGUUCAAUUUUCUUUUACAAUAGAAGGAAACUCGGAGAAAGAAUUCUUUGUGUCUAAAGGCUUUCUUUAGUUAGUUCAGUUUGUACAAUACCUUGCUAUACAUUAUACUAUUUAUACUAUACUUUUUUUGUUACUCUACAAAAUAGAAAUAAGCAAGCUGUCUUAGGAUAAUGGGGACGGGUCCAGCCACUGUUAUAGAUAAUUAUAUAUAUAUAUAUAUAUAUGUAAACAAUAAUUAACCAUUGCUAACGAAAAAACGAUUCUGAGUGGAGUUUGAUUGAUAGUGUCAACAAUUUAUAUGUCAUAUUUUGGUAAAAUAAUUACAUAUGCAUUGUAUAUUUUCUUUAAUAAUAUUUGAUUAUUUUUGUACCUAUUUUCCUGUUUUCCUAAGUUUUUCUUGGUUUUUCCUAUUUAUUAGGAAAGCUCUUGGAUAAAUUAAAAAUGACCUCUUUAAGUUUCUCUCCAGUCAGAUUUUCUUUAAAAAAAACUACUAUCAUUGUAAAUCGGAAUAAAAUUUAAUCGCUCCACUCAGAAUGUAAAACUAGAUAACUACAUCCUACAGUAUACUGAUUGUCUAACUGUGAAAAAAAUGUCUACCAGAAUUAUUGAAGAAAGUUGCUUAUAGAUAAAAAAAAAAAAAAUAAAUAAACAUCAUUAUAAUUUGAGUGGAAUGAUAAAAAAUUUUUUGGUAAUUUCAUUGUUAAAUGGUGGAUGGCAUGGAUAAAUUUGAAGCUCUCUGCCUGAAUUUGCUUUCCAUUACGCCUUUGCACCAUAAUAACCCAUGAAUAAAUAAAAAUAAACAAUUAUAUAUUUGUACAAAAUAUACCUAAAAAUCCCUAUUUUACCUCUUUAGGGGUUUAAUUUUCAAAAAUCCUUUACUAUCGGAUGCCUACGUCACAAUAGCUAUCUGUAUGCCAAUUUUCAGUCCGAUCCGUCCAGUGGUUUGGGCUAGGCGAUGAUGAAUCAAUCAGGACAUGUUAUUUAAUGUAUAUAGAUGUUUAUACAAUAAAUAUAUAGACUAAUAUAUAUAGGUUAAGAUUAUAAUUGUAUGCAAAAUUUUCUCAGUAUAAUGAUAAACUAUUGCAAACGAAAUGUGAUUCUGAGAAGAGUAGUUUUAUGUUACAUACUAAUAUAUUAAUUUUAUAUACAAUCGCAUGGGGCACCUCCUUUGUAAAUUAAAAAUGUUUUAUACAACAAAAAUUAUAUGGAUACCUAUAUUCUGAUAUCAAUACAUUUAUUUUAUAGAUUUUUAUGUAUUUUGUAUGCCUUUCAGUAUUAUUUCGUAUUCUAUACCUAUGCAUAUUGUAUAUUGUAUUGUUCUGCGAUUUUGUCAUCGUUAACUAGUAUUCUUAUUUAGCCGAAUGAAACUCGAAAACAUGAAAACUGAAAUUACUACGUCACAAUAAUAAUAUGUAAUAAGGUUUUAUGGUUGUUCGCGUUUGCGUAAUGUCUGAGACUCGUUUUUAUGACGUUACCAGUGGCGUAAAUAAGAAUGUUUUAAGGGGAGGGGUAUCAAAAUAAAUCUUCAUGGAAAUUUUGUGGGAAGUUAGCCUCACCCCCUCCCUUUACCACCAUUUAAUAAUUUAUCACCAGAGCUCGGAUGUUAUAGCACAAAGUAAAUUUUUAGCACUUAAGAACACCAUAAUAAGCAACUAAAAUUGGAAAAUAUGCAAAUUAAAAUUUCAUCAACAAACAUUUUUUUAUAAAUUAAUUUUUAGAUUUUAUUUUUUUAAUUAUACAAGUUUUUUAUAAAAUAUGGUGAUAGAUAUUUGAGAUAUAGGCCCUUUGCCCGACUCUGGAAUAUCAGCUUAAAGUGAAAUUUACCAUUUAUUUUGAUAUAUACUAUUAAGAAUAUUUCUUACCUAGUAUAAUAAUAAAUUACGAAUAUUUUGGUACCUACUAAUACAAUUAAACAUUUAUGAUUUUUUAAUUUCAUAAUAGUUUUGAAUAUUCGCAAUUGAAUUUCUAAUUUGUAUAAAAUAACAAUAUACUAUAUAAAUACUGCUCAUGGGAGAAUCUAUCUCCCAUGUUUCUCCCUCUGUAAUUAUGUCCCUUGACGUUAUGGUCUAUUAUUAGGUAGUUGGCCUAAAAUAAUCUGCUUACAUUGAAAUCAUCAUAAUAAUUUGGUUGUUCCAGUGUGCAUCUAUUUCCGACAUUUAUUAACAAAUUUGAUUUCCUUAUUUUCGUCAUUAUUUUACUUCCAUACCUACUAUAUGCAUGUACAUUAUCAUACUGCAUGACCAUCCCAAGGUCUUAUUUAGGAAAGAAAAAUUCUGCACGUGCCAUCUUUUACGCAUACUUACCUAUUCGUGGUUUGAAUAACAUAAACGUAAUGGAACUGAACAUGAUUGCAUGAAAUAGAUCACGGUCUAGAUGAGUCAUUGCUUAGUGUCAGAGUUUAAAAUGCAGCUAACUUGUUUGGGUAAAUAAGAAAUGACAACGCGUUAUACACAUAAACGAGAUAACAAAAAACACCAAUCAACCUUGGCAUGGGUGAUCUGGUAAUGUUUUGCAUACAAACAAAUUUAAGUAUAUUUACCUAACCUGAAUGCCAAUGAAGUAGUUUGGAAAAAAAUAUAAACAAUCAUUAUAAUAAUCAUAAUAUUAUUGUACUAGCAAAAAUGUAAUAUUUUUUGUAAUAUUUUUGAAUAUUUUUCGACGAUAUAAUAACGAUAGGUUUUAUUAUUAAAAAUUGUAUUAUUAUUAUUUAUUAUUAAUUAACUGUACAUUUGUGUAGAUUUUACUGAAUCAAAAUUAUUGAAUUAAAUUGUUAUUAGCUAUUCACUUCACUGACUAACUUUUAACAAGCUAUAAUUUAUUUUGUAAGAACUCGAAUACAUUUUAAUGUAUUCGAGUUGUACAAAAAUGUACAAAAAAAACUUUUUCAUUUUCAACAUAAAAAAAAUUGCAAUUAUUUUUGGUAAAAAAUCUUAUAGAUUUCAAUAUGACCCUUUGGUUAUACAAAUAUUUAGUAAUAAAGUAAGAUAAUAAUAUUUGUUUUACUAUAUAAUUUAUUAAAACAAUAAAUUAUUAUAUUUGUUUUAAAACGCUUUAUGUACAUUUGAUGUACCUAAAUAAUACUUUAAUAAUUUGGAUAAAUGUCUAAAAAAGCUUUAAAGCGUUUUUGAAAUUAUAUUGUAAGUGAUUUUAUUACUUCAAAACAAAAAAAAAAAUAUCAAAAAACGUACAAAAAAUUAUUUGCCUCCUGUGAGGUUUGAACUCACGACCCCUGGUUUACGAGACCAGUGCUCUACCACUGAGCUAAAGAGGCGCGCUGCGAAUUUUAACAAAACAAGUAUAUUUAACUAUCACAAAUGUAAUACAUUUUUAUUUAAAAAACCUGAAAAGUGGAUUAUAGUUGUUUAUUAACCGAAGUUAUUAAUAUAAUUGAGUAUUGAAUAGGUACAACUACCGUAUUUUUUAUAUUUUCUUUAAAGGGCGUGAUUCGUAUGUGUUGUCUCCGUCUUACAAACGUACGAUAAUGUACUAUACAUAUUCACAUUCAGCAUGGACAGUAAUGUGCUAUUGGUUUUAAAUUUUAAGAUUAGAAAUAUUACCUAGAGUGUAUUAUUAUAUCAUUAACAAAUUUAAAGAAAAUAACAUUAUAUUGGUAACGUAUUUUGUAGAUAUUUUAAUUUUCAAAUAGGAUAUAAGUAGGUAUGUGAAAUAUCACAAUUCAAUAUUGUGAAUAUGUUAUCUAGAAUAUUAUAAAAAACAAGUUGCUUUACAAUUUUGUAUUUCUGUUAUUUUUUGUCACCCUUAUUUUCGGGAGUAAAACGAUUAUCUACUUUUGAUUUUCAAUUGGCAACCUAUAUUAAAAACUCCAUAAAUAAAUGGAGUUUUUAAUAUUGGUUGUCAUUUGAAAGUUGAAAGUCAAAAGUAGGUAGCAGUUUUACCCCCAAAAAUAAGCGUGACAAAAAGUAACAUAAAUAUGAAAUUGUAGAGCUUUUUUUUUUCUUAAAUGUUCUAGAAAACGAAUUCCGAAAAAAGUUAAUACUUUCUGAGAUAAUGAGUGUACCAACUUAAAUAGAUUACCUGAUACUGCUUCGAUUAAUAAAAAUGUUCCAAUUUUUUCAUGGUGUUCUGUGAUGUUAAACUUUCACCCGAUGUUAUUUUAUUUGAAACACUUUUUAUUAAUAAUAAUACUCAAAAUUAUGAGGAAACUCCGAGAAAAUGAUGUCUGUUUUUGGUUUUCGAGUUCUAUGUCAGGGUAAGUUUUUAUGUUUGGUUAGUCUCUCUAGAUUACACAAAAAAAAAAAAAAACAAAAAAACAACGAACUUCGAGUCCCACUCAUAUUCAUUAUUUAAUUGUAAUAAUUUGUAGUUGAUUUCAGUAUAUGAAUAUUAUAUAAACUAAACUAUAUUAUCUUGUAUACCUUCUCAACUUCUCACUUUCAACAUUGCGUCAAGUAUUUCCGUUUUUUAAAAUACAAAUCUGAAAAUAAAUGGGUACCAAGAAUAGGCUGGUACCAUUGAAAGAUAGAUUUCGGAUGUUUACCAAAUAUAUACUUUUAAAAGUAUAUAUUUGAACUAAUUCAGCUGAGUCUAGAUGAUUUUUUUGUUUAACUAUGCCCCUGUUUAUAACCUUUUGUGAAUAAAUAAAUACUUGUUAAUAUUUACAAGUUAGUUAUAUUUUCCUGUAGUUUAUAUAAUAUUAAAAAUACUAUUAUAAUGGAAUAGAAUUAAAAUUAUAAAUUAAACUUCAUAAAAUUAAAAAAAAUUAUUUGCCUCCUGUGAGGUUUGAACUCACGACCCCUGGUUUACGAGACCAGUGCUCUACCACUGAGCUAAAGAGGCGCGAUAGUGAACGGUAUAUUUUAUGUUUUAUAGAUUGAACCAAGUUGUACUUUUGAAUAAAUGCAUUAUUAAAUUAUAAUAAUAAUAUUUUUCGAAAUCAUUUAUAAGUAGCUGUAUUUUUAUUAAGUUCUUAUAUUAUAAUUUAUUAUUACAAGGUUGCUACCUUAUAAUAAGUUGCCUACAUUCUACAGAAAUAUUAAUAUAUUGAAUUUAGUUAAUAUAAGAAUUGAACACAAUUUUUAACUUAAUGCAGUAAUAUUUAAAUUAUAAAUGUUAUGUAGAGCUUCUACUAAUAUUUAAAAAUAUUUCCUUGAAACAAAAUACUUUAAUUUUUAUAUUGGAGUUUUACAUGUAAGUAUUAUUAAGUGGACGAAUCCAAUAUAUUUUAUUAAUUGAUAUUUUGUAGCAAUGGCGCUUUAGAUUUUUUUCUAAGAUCAUAUUUCGUGUACAAGUUAUCAGGUUAUAAUAGUAAAUGUAUUUAAAUUGUUAUAAUUGUUUUCAAAAUCAAUAAUUCUUCUUUUCCUUGACAUGACGACUCUUCAUGAGUCUUAGCUACCACCGAUACCGCUUUCCAUAUUCCUAUAUCCUGGACAGAUUUCUUCCAGUACCCCAUGUAUAGUAUUAUUAAAUCUCGAUCCCGACAACCCGGCGAUUUUUUGGUUUUUCUCUUGGUCUUAGGCCGGCUGAUUGAUAUCCCACAGAUAUCUCACCGCCGUGGCUUCAUUUCUUCUUGGGUCCGAAACAUUGUAAAUUCGUAACCUUUAUAAUUUUCGUAAUUAUACCGAAUUUCAACACCUAUUUUCUAUGCCAGCUAAGUCAAAGAGUUCAUAUUAUCAUAAAUCGCUCCACAGAUUUUCAAAAGACAGUAAUUCUAUAAUUCCAUUCAAAAUCAAUUAUAUUACAAAUUAAAACUAAUUAAUUCUUAUCAAAAAUCUCUCGUAUCUUAAAACUUAAUAUUUCAUAAUCUAAUUUUAAUAUGAAAAUUAUCAUAUAUUAUCACUUUAUCAUUUGGUUAGUAAGUAACCGUACAAUCUACAUAGUAUUUGUUUUGAAUUACUAUUUUUUUUUUCAUAUAUUUAAAAAUAAUAAUAAUAUUUAUUAGUUUAUGAAUGAAUCAAAAAAGAAAUUUCCAAAACCCUUUUUAUCUUUUUGGCCCUUGCAUUUUUUAUAUGAAUGUAAACAUUUUUUUUCGAACUACGAGUGUACAAAAGGUUGGACCACAUAUUUAUUUAAAAAUUUAAUUCCUAUAUAAUUAUAUCCAAAUUAAAAAUAAUAAACACAUUAACAUACCUGUCACCAGUGGCGUACGCAGGAUAUACGAGUUCUAGGAUUUUAACCUCCUCUCCCGAAAUUUCUUCCUUCUCUCAACAUUUUUUUUUCAAGUUUUAGUAUUUUUAGUAUUUUAGUAUUAUUGUUCACGGUACAAUUAAAAAAACAUCUGUGAUAAUUUUGGGCUAAGAUAGAUACAAAUCACGACUAUCUAAAUGAUAACCAUGGUACAUAUAGAGAUAUAAUAGAAAGCUAUAUGUAUGGAAAUACCUUGCCUUUUUUCUAAAACAUUUUUUAAAAAUUUUGUUAUCUGUAUUUAAUUACAGAUUUCAAUCUAAACAAUACUAUUUAUGUGUAGUUUAAGUAACGUAAUUUUGCUAUGUUAUCUAUUAACAAGAUAUAAUAAAUACGGGUACAGUGUUCUCUUAAAGACUAAAUUCUGUUGAACUUUAUAAUUUGGAUACGUAAAAUUUGAUGUACAAUAUUAAACUAUUAUAUCAUAUCUUUUUUUACCAAAUGUAAGUUAUAUAAUGUAAUAAUCUAUAUUGUUCAAAUUUGUUUUAAAAGCGAAAGUACUUUUAUUUCACUAGUAAAUGAAUUUGGUUGGACAAAGAAUCCAAUGAUUAAACGUUUAGAGUACUUAGAUAAAAGAGUGCCUAUUACAUUCAUUUAUGGAAAAAUACUUGUGUUUGUAAAGUUAUUAAAAAAUAAAGGGCAAAUUAUUUUGUACAUAUUGAAGUAAAUCUAUUAUAAAUAUAAUUUUCUCAAAUAAAAACUUAAUAUUACAACAUGUUUAUGAUUUAUGCCUCUAUGGAAUAUGGAUAUCUUAUUUUUAAGUAUACUCUAUCGUAUUCUGGGUCGAUACGUAUCGUAUUGUAUCAAUUCGAUGGUUGAGGGUAUGUUUAUUGUAAGUAUAAAUAAGUAUAAAAUUGUUUUUUUUUAACUUUUAAAACUAUGCAUAUUGUUUAGUUAUUUUAUUAUUUGAGUUUAUAGUUUAUAUUUUAUUUUAUUACUAAAAUUAUUUUAUAAUUAUCAAAUUAAAUACAAGAUCUUAAGAGUUUAAGCAGAUAAAAAAUAAGAAUUUGUAAAAAUUAUUUUGUGUUUUAAUAUUAGUAUUAUUUACUAUAAUGAAAACCCUGACCGAACUAAAAUACUGCGUACGCUACUGUCACUUAAACUGGUCAGUCGUCAGUGGUUGGAUCAUAGAAUUAGAGACUCCGUUAAAUGUUAUAAUGAAGCGCAAGUGGACUCUAUGUAGGUUAGCGAGUUAUAAAAGAAAAUAAUUAUUGUACUCAUUUCUACCAAUACUGAUUAAUUAAUUAAACUUCUAUGUUUGUAUAAUUAUACUAAAUAAAAAUGUAUUGAUGAUGGAUACUUUCUAAUUUAUUUUGAUAAAUUAAGGUAAUUAAAAUUUUUAAUAAUGUAGAUUGUUAUUAAUAAUAUUUAAUUAAAAACUAUAGUAUUUAAACCACGUCAUACUUGUGAAAAGUGACACCAUAAGUGUUGCUCUUAGCGGUUUUUAACCUACCAUACAAAAAACCACUUGGCACUAUGAUCAAUUUUGAAAUACAACAGUACCUAUUAUAAUCAUGCAAAUAAGAAAAUAUUAUUUUAAUCACACCUCAUUCUAAUGUUAAGACUUACGACUGUUAAAGAAUCUAACAAAUCGAUUUUGCCUACUUGUAUUAAUAUACAUACAUUGUAUAGACAUUUUUAUAAUGUCCGAGUUUGUCCUAAUGGGUUUUAAUAUUUCUCGAAUCUCUUACAGCAUCUAAAGCUAAUUUCCCUUCAAUCGCGGACAUUACCAUUUUUAUUGCAUACAAUCAUACAAUUAUUAUGUAAAAUUAUCAAAAUCAGACUUCUAAUAAUAACAAAUACAUAGCAUCAAUUUAUCGAUAACUAUGUGAUCUAGUAAUCAUUCUAAUUUUUUAUAAUGGAUGAAUUAUGGACAUUAUAAACAUAUAAAGACAUUUAAAUCUUCAGUUACUUGCAAAUUUUUUAUAUUUUUCUGUCCCGUUCUUAUUUUUAUUUUCCAAUUUAAACACUUUCUAUGUAUAUAAUUAUUUAUUCCGUCUCGUUUCUUCAUGAUAUUGUAUUUAUAAAAAUACUUUUUUUGACAAUUAUGCAGUCACGUUCUGGAAUGCGAUCAUAACAGUGAAGUAUUAUGUCUAGGUGGCAUUCAAUUUUUUUUCAACAAGUCAUCUUGUUAACUUAAAAACCCAGAACCGCUCGUUACAUAGCAUAUUCAAAUUAUUCAUAUACAUUAUAUUAUUAUUAUUAUUAUUACUAUCAUCAUCCUUGCGUUGUAAACAUAUGCACGUACUGCAUUUAUAUACACAUAAUAAUUAGAAGGUAUACAGGUACCUAUUUAUUUUAUUUUAUUUCUUAAAUCAAGAUAGUAUUGUAAUGUAAUAUAGUGGCCGCAGAAAGAUUAAUCUUAGAUGUUAAGACAAGUAUACAUUAAAGUAUAAAAUGUUAUUUGUCAAUUCAUCUUCAGUAACAUUUUUUCCAAAAACAAAGACUAUUGCUGGCUACAAUGUCUGUUAUCUAUUUAUAUAAUAUACUUAUACAUACAUUUUCAGCUGCUCUCUUUGGACAAAAAUAGCUCAAACUCAGAAAUUAAGAGUUUUUUUUAUCGGGAUUGAAAUGGUUAAAGUUAGGUUGAAUUUUAAUGUUGUUACUGGAGGAGAGUGUUAUUUUAGUUUUGAACUACUAUACAGACGUUUCCAAACGAAACCAAGUGGAUGCAAUUAUGUAUUUGCAUAGGGGUAAUAACGAAAAUGUGUCUUUUGGGGGUUUCAAAUUUUUACAACCGCUUCUAACAUGUUUAUGCGCAAGUUUCACUAUUUUCGAUUCUGAAAGGAUCGAAAAAGCUUAUGGUUUUACAGUGUUGUUUUUUUUUCUGUGGACAACUUUUCAACCAGUAUAUUUGCCCAGAUUUACAAUGAUAGCACUUUUUCUGAAGGGAAAUCUGCCUGGAGUGGUACUAUAGAGUGAUCAUUUUUUGAUUUUUCAAGGAGUUUUUCCAAUAAAUGGAAACUAUCAAAUAGUAACCUAUGUUAAAAAUUCCAUAAAUGGAUGAAGUUUUAUUUUAGUUUAGUAGAGCACUGUUAUUACAUUACGUGCCGUACCGCCACCCAAAUUAUGUUUCACUACUCGCCUCUUACCUACAAAGCAACAAAAUUAAAAGUUGAAUAUUUUGUCAACUGGUUGACGGAAAUUAAAACCUUAAACACUGACAUUUUUAAAAAUUAAAUAUUCAUCUGUUUAUGGGAUUUUCAGUAUACUUGGGUUGAUUUUUUAAAAUCAAAAACGGUUAUUGGUUUCACACCUAAAAAUAAGGGUGGUAUAAAAUUACGUCAAUAAAUAAUACUUGAUAACUGUUAGUUUUAUAAAUUGUCCAAAAAACAUCAAUACUUUCCGUAAUAAUAGUGUUUUAUCAAAGAUUAAUUACCCUGUAUAAAUUAAGAAAAAAAAACAAUUAAAUCGCCCAUUUCAACUCAUAUAAUAUGUUUUGUGUAUUUACGUGAUAUCUUUGUACAAUGUCCUUGUUUUUUCCCGACCAUUAAAAAUCGUCGUAAUUGUAUUCAUGCAUAGGAUAUUUUUGCGAAGGCGACUCUGAAAAAUGACCGGUUUUCAGAGGCCAGAUGACAGCAAUAUUUCUAUGAUGGAAAAAGUAUAAUAUACAAAAACUAGUUUUUUCUUAUAUAUCCAUAUAUACUCGUAUACCUAUGACUGAAGGAAAACAUUUUAUUAAAACUUACUGGUAAUGUGCAUGCUGGUGAUUAGCGUAAAAAUUAAUUUAGUACAGUAAAUGCCAAGUAUACAAAAAAAAUUGAAACCGAAAUUACGUAUAAUACUAUAAUAUAAUAUAAUAUAUAUACCAUACAUAAUAUUACCUCUAUUUGUUUUAUUCCAAAAUAUCAAUUAAAAAUCAAAAGUAAAAUAUAUAAUUUACUAUUAUGGUAUUAUUAUCCGUUGUAUAUACAAUAUACUUUUUAAUUAUGUAUUUUGUACUUUUUACAAACAGUACAUUACAUACUACUCGUACUUUUUCUUUUAAGAAGUAAUAGCUUUUACGACCAGACUCUUAGGAAAUAAUCCUCCAUCUAUUUCUGUUCUCCGCUAUCUUUUAAUUUUUACUCCUUUCCCAACGUUCUUAUAUCAUUAACAACACAAUUCUACCAUAUUAAGCGUGAUAUCCCUAGUAGUCGUUUUCCUGUUGGGUUGUUUUCAAUAAAAUUAUUAUUAUUAAUCAAUACUUUUGUUCUACCAGUGGCAGCUCGUGGCUUGAACAACAGGACGAUCGCACCCACUGCGUCAAAUUAAAGGAAAGGACAAAUUACAUUUUUAUUUAAAUUAAUGAAAAUUGUUCAGUUCGUCUUCAUUAAAAUUAAAAAAUAACAUACAAUUUGACUAUUAAUUUUAGCGUAUCAUCAUGUGCCUAUAGUGUCAUGGGAGUACCAGGUUCCAAUACGCUAACAAUACGCACAAAGUAGCAAAUGUGUGUAAAAGCGACCACCAAGUAAAGUGGUGGUUGUGAAAAUUCAAAUAUACGUGGCUACGCAGCAUUAUAUUGUGCGUGUGGAUACAUUUAAACCGUGAUUUUAUGCAAGCAUUUAUGCGUAGUCCCAACAAUAAUAAAAUAAUAAGAAUAUUGGGUUUUCCCUCGAUAUUUUCAAUUCAUAGGCUCGCGGAGAGCAUUAAUAUAUCCGGGGAUAAUACUUAUUUAAGAUAAGAACAGUAACUGUUAAUCAUUUCUUUAAUAAUUAAAAAAAUGUUGUUCGUUAUUAUAAAAGUAUGAAGUAUGUUAUCAUAUCUUUGUAAUUAAACUGAGACGGAGGACUUUUUCAUAAUGUCCACUUUCAUCAGCGGCCACGAGCCAACACUGUUAAUUAUUUUCAAGAUUGUCUUAUUUUAUAAUUCCUCAGUUAAAUCAUUCUUGCGUGGAUCAACAAUUUUUCUUUCGAAAACUUCCAGUUUUAUUUCUUCCGUUUUACUAAGAAAUAUGUUUCUAAACCACUUUUUAUACUUAUUUUACCUUUUAAACAAAAAAACGAUAUUAGUGAAAGUUCUUUAAUUGUUUAAUUUUUUAAAAAAUGCAAAUAUAACUAGAAUGAUUCUUAAAUUGUUAAUACACUUUUAUGCAGUGGAAAUUAAAAAAAAAUGCUCUCCUCCAUCAACUAGACGAAAUUUGCUACCAAAAAAUACCCCUAUAUUGACCUCUGGAUUGUGAUCCCAAAAAAAUAAUUAAGAUAAAAUAUAAGUAUAAGUAAUUAAAAUAAUUAUUUACAGACAUAAAAAAAAGCAAAUCACGCGUUAUGGUAAAUUCAAUAUAUUCCUAGCUAAACUCAGAAUCUAAAACGUGUUAUAUAGGUAUCUGUACUUUUUUAAAAAUAGUUAUUUAGUUUUCUAAAGUUUAUUAAAAUAGUGUUUCUAAUUUCACCAUGAAGCUUGUAUAAUGUAAUAUGUAUCCGCAUAAAGUUUAGUGAAUCAUUAUACUCGGUAUUUUUUUUAUUUUUUUAAUAGUAAUACGUCUUAUAAAUUGUAAAGCAAAUUCAUUUAUACGUAUAUAAAUAAAACUCCGCUUUGCUGUUAUUAUUUUGCAUUAUUGAUGUAGGUCGUGUAAAUAGUAAGACUGCGAUGGUUCAAGAAUAUUAGUAAUAGCAACGUAUAUUAUAAUCGGUAAAUUUUUUUUUUUUCUAAUGACCUUAUUUAGAGUUUCUAACUUCCUUGUGCAUGUUAAAUACUAUAACGGCGCGUUUAUUAUUAUAUAAAUCAAAAUGCAUUAAAGAGUUGUUUUCUUUAGUCUAAUAAUAAUUGUAUUACAUCACGUAUUACUUUAUAUGUAUGAGUACGUAAUACAAGAACGUUAAUUUAUGAAUUAUUUUACUAUUUACUAUAGGUACAAGAACCUAUAUAAUCGUUACGAUCGCAAUCACGCGCAAGUGCAUAUAACUUUUACCCCGACAGUAAAAAUAAAUCACCGUGUAAAAAUCCUCCGGAAAAUAGGUAAAUAGACAAUUGAGAAUCCCUGGGAAAGAAUUCCUGAUAUCAGUAGUCUAUCUAGGAAUUUUUUCGGUAUGGGCUGAUCAGUUACAUAUCUUAUUGCUAAAGCAAAUUAAGUAUUUAAAAAAAAAAACUAUAUUCAAAACAAUAAUUUAAAAUUUUCUAAUAUUUCGGGAGCACCUUCAGAUCUCCCGGAUUCAUUUUCCCCCCGCUCUAAAACACUUUUAUAGUUUGCUUUUUGUUUGUAUUGUGGCAAAAUAUAUACCAAUUUGCAUUGUUGUAAACGGUUUUACCUCUGUCUAAAAUUAAUUGGAGAGCAACAACUGCUCUGGGUUACGCCACUAUCUGACAUUAUCACAAAAAAAAAAAAAAUGUAGUAUUAUUGAUAAAGAGACUAGAUUCAAUUUUUAAUAACAAACUAUGAUAGGUUUAGAUAAAUAAAUAAAUAAAUAAGAAAAACUUAAUCGGUUUUAAUAUCCGAUUAAAAUCGGUUCAAUAUCGACAGUUAAAUGUGAAAAAAAGAAAAAAAAAACUAGUUAAGACAAUUUUUUUCCUCGGGCAUUUUUAUUUUUAUUUCUAAAAUAAUUAUAAUAAAGCAUGUUGAACUUAUCAAGUCUUAAGUGUUGAACACGUACGUCCAUGUAUGGUUUUUUUUGGUCCAUUUGUCGAGCCAAUUUAAGAAACGCGGCGAACACGAAUCGGAACAAUUUAUGUUAUUAGUUAUAACGGACAUCAUCGUGUUGUCUGAGUGAAUCGGAUAACGAUCAUAAACGUUUGUAACGUACGUGAAUUUUCCCCUCCCCCACUUUGGCCGAUUGCUUCCAGACAAAUUGUAAACAAUUUUAAAUCCAUUGUAAAUAACUGUAAAUUCAGUCCCCGAAUUUGUAAAUCGCCCCUUUGGUCGCUAAGUCAACCGACCGCUUCCUGAUUAAUAGUAAACAAUUGUAAAUUCCCCACUCUGCCGUAGCCCCUGCCGGAGAGACCUAUAUAGGUUCACGUAACCCCCACUUUGGUUAAUCGAUUCCGAAUAAAUUAUACACAUUUAUUCAUUCAUUAUAAAUAACUUAAAAAAUUAAAAAACUUAAAAACUAAAAAACGAAGUGAGGUAACCAAACAGUAUAUUCUCAAAUUAUGAUUUUUAUAUAGUUGAAGCUUCUUUUAGUGUUAGUGCAAUUUAAAAAAUGUAUAAACCAUUAUAUUGCCCAAAACAAAAAAAUACUGUCGACUUUAUUGAUGAUUUCUGGACAGAUAUACAAUUAAUAAUUUAGAAUCAUUUGACCUGAUGUUUAUAAAUUUAUACUACGAAAAAAACCUUUCCGUGAAUCUAGUGUUAUUAUUCCAAAAGCAAUUAUAAUUGUCUAAGAGAUGUUUCUAUGUAUUAUUUACUAAAUUAAUAAAUGAUACCAAAUACAUUAGUGUCUUAUAAAAUCUUCUUAUUUUAUUUGUAGGUACAUUUAGUUAUUGAUUAAAUCAAAUAAAAAAUAAAAAAUUAAACUAAAAAAAAAAAAAUAAAUUUAAAUGACGUUACAAUAAAUAUGUUCAAUAUUUCAAAUAGAAUCACAGAAAAAAAAUAUUUCAAUAUCACUAAGAAUAUAAACUACAGAUUUUUCCUAAUUUUUUUUUUUAUCUGUGAACAAAUUUUCUACCAGAAAUAUUACUCUGAUUUACAAUUAACACAUUUUCUAAAAGGAAAUCUGACUGGAGAGGUACUUUAGAGAAGUCAUCUUUUGAUUUUCCAAGGAGUUUUCCCAAUUAAUGGAAAAAUCAUGGAAAACCUGUAGAACGGAAAAAUAGGUACAAUAUUAAAUAGAUAUUUUUAAAGAAAAUAUUUAAUGCAUAUGCAAUUAUUUUACCAAAAUAUAACAUAUAUUACAUUGUUUAAAAACCAACACUAUCAACUGAAUUCCGCUCAGAAAUUUUUUUUCCAUAGCAAUAGUAAAUCGUUGCUUACAGAUAUACACUCAAUUUUCGUCUAUAUCCUACUUCCCCAAUUCCCCACCUACCAUAGUGGCUGUUUCCGUCCCCCUUAUUUUUAUUAUAACAUGGACAAAUAAAAUAAAAUUACAUGAAGGAAAACCUUUUAAGAGUCCCGAUACUAUAUAUGCCAUGUUACGUUACGAUAUGUAACACUCAGCGUUAAUUAUUUUGAUUCCAGACACACCACAGUUUCCUUAAACAAUCUGAAAAAUUAAAAAAUUGAUGCUUAUCAGAAUCAAUCAAUGUUUUAUAAUUAGGAUUAUCUAAACAUGCUUUAGAAAUUAUUACAGAAAAUUAUUCGUAUGCACAAGUAUCACUUACGAAGUACUUUUGGUUUUUAUCAAUUAUAACUGAGGAAUCAUUAAUAUUAAUAUUCCUUAACACGGAAUUCAAAAUUUAACCACGCCUAGAAAAUGUAAAGUAUAAAUGUAAAUGUAUAAGUUUUCUGUCCAAAUUUUAAGUUAUCGCGAAUAUUUUAAACUGAAUUAUAAUAAUAAAAAACCAAAAUAGAAAAUAAUAAAAUAAUAAUUUUCGUAAAUUUCCCCAUUCUUUCUACGUUUUUUUUCUAUUUUGCUCAAUUAUUAAAAAACCUCUAAAAGGAAAAUAAAAAAAAAAACGCUUUCUUUUGAUUUAUAAGUUUUUUAAUAAUUUACAAAUUUAAUAAUUGGAUUUACAGUUAUUUACAAUGAAUAAACAAUUGUUUAAAAUUUGUCUGGAGUCUCGGCCAAUAUGAGGGGGGCUACGUGAACUUGACUCCCUCAACUUAUUUUUGACUUACAGCCAAAAGAACAUUUUACAAACUCGGGACUGAUUUUACAAUUAUUUACAAUAGAUUUCUAAUUGUUUACAAUUUGUCCGGAAGCAAUCGGCUGAAUUGGAAGGAUCUUCACGUACGUAUGUUUGUAGCGUUGCAGCAAAUUUUCCUCAUUCCGUUAUUGAUGCGCUGCAAUUGCAAGCUCUCGGGAACAACGGUCUUACGGUUUAUUAGCGUUUUCCCGCGUGUAUAUAAACUAAUGUCUUUCCAAUAAUAAAGUACUGCGAAAUAGGUUGAUAUUCGUUUCGACGUCUGGCCACAACGUAGCGAUAAGUAAUAAGUACUAAUUGUAUAACUAAUAAGUUAUUAGUAAUAACCAAUACGGCGUAUUAUGUAGUAAUAGUAAUUUUUUCAGUUGUAGUACGCUAUUUGUAGUAAUAUUGUAAUGAUAGUAGUGUGUGUAUAUAUGGAAGCAGUUUGCGGAUGAGGAGAGGGGGUGAAACGACGAUUGGAGAUUUUUUGUAAAAAUAGAGAGUACUUGUGCUGUGGAACUGCUACCGCGUUGGCGUCUCCCGUCUUAACUUAGAGAACGCGUAGCGGAGCCGCGGUCCUCGUCUGGCGGCGUCAUUGUGGGGAAACGACAACGAUAAUGGAUGCGAUUGGGAAUGGAGUUCAAGGGCUGGUGACGCACGAAGCGGCCGCCACGCCACGCUCGUCGCACAAUCGACCGUCGCCACGUACACUUAUGUACUGUUUUGUCUUGUGUGUGUGUGUGUGUUUGUGUGUAUGUGUGUGUGGUUACGCAUCGGUUACCGCGCACGCCCUACCGUAACCAUGGCGAUAACCCGCCACUGCGAUCGCGAUCGAUUUCUUGUUUACUAUGCUUUUAUAUUCCUCUGUAUACUUUAGUAUCGAAUAUCGACGUGGAAAUGGUAACGGCGUAGCCGUCUCGAGAUCUUACUAAAGACCCGUGCCCCCGUUACCAUAACGACGUAGCUACGGCGGCAACGACGGGGCAACAGUUGUGUUGUGUGUUUAUAGAUAAUAUACACAUACACGUUCCGAGUAUUAUAUUUAACGAAACGCUUAGAUAUUCCGGUCGUGGAAGGCGGAAAGGUUCUAGUUUUAUACAUACCUACUAUAUUAUAUAUUAUUAAUUAUUAUAUAUUAUAACAGUUUAUACCAUACAGUAAGACUGUGCUGCCGACAACGACGCAAUACACGCGUGUGCGCUCGUUUUUUUUUUUUUUUUUGGAGGCCGUCCGUGAACCGUGUCGCCGUCGUCAUGGUCCCGCGGACGCACAAUAGAAACUCUUGACCGGAAAUUCUGCAAUCCCCGCGGACCGCUGAGCCGCCUGUCUACUAAAAUCCGACGGUGAUGACGACUCCCGUCGUAGUUUCGAUAACGCGACCACCGGCGACGGUGACGCUGGCGGUGAUUAGGUAAUCUCAGUCGUCUUCUUCACAGUAAUAAUACGCUUUCUUAAAACUCUCCCGGCGUUCAACGGCGGUUCGGAUAGGAUUCGUCCGACGAAUUCGUUCCGUCGAAGUUUAUACUUCAUUUUACCGGCCCGCCAACCGGUUUUGUUUUAACGAUUUCGAACGGAAAAUCUGUCGAUAACAACCGUCGUCGUAAACGGCUUUUGCGCGCUGUACAUAUAGUAAUUAUUACAGACCGUAAUAAUAUAAUAAAUUAAUAUUUUCCUAGGUAAUGUAACGUGACCAUAUGUCUCGCUUUCGUGGUAUAUGUCACCCAAAGCUGUUCCCGAAGCUCGCUAAAAUCUCCCGUUUUUUAAAAAAAGAUGACUGUAGCUAUGUAUUCUAUCAAAAAAAGGCGUAUAUUUAUGAAUCGUAGCAUAAAACAAUACAAUACCUAUUCGCUACGAAUCUGUCCGCUCUAAACACAGAUUUGCUCAUCCGAAAAAUAUAAAAAAAAACCAUCAGCCAAUCAGACUGUAGAAAAUUAGUUCUAUUUCCAUUUUCAAAUUUUUAACAAAUUAACAUACUUAAUACAUUAUUUCGGUUAUUUUGAAUUAUUUAUUUUAUUAUAUUUUACUAUAUUUUUACUUUUUAUUGUUGUCAUUCUAUCUUAAAAAGUAAUGAAAAAUUAACUUUUCCCUUUUAAAAUGCACAAUCGUUUCCAUUCGAGGGAAAAAAAUUAUAGUCACUUUAGUGUAAUGGGUAUAAAACAUUAUUAUUAUAAUAUUUGUAUGAAAUAUGAAUAAAAAAGCUUCGUGUCCGAGCAUACAUAUUGUAUUAAUAUUGUUGAUUUUUAUUUAAAUAAUAAUUUACUUGGCAAGUUAUCAAUUAUAACUAAUGAGUAUAAGGAAAAACAUAAUAUUAUUAUGCUUAAUGAGUAUAUUAUAUUAUUAUUACGAUAUUCUGGAUUUUAUAAUAUACGAAUAUUUAACGAGUAAAAUGGAAAUAUUUACUAAUCUUGAUGUACACCUAUCAAUUUAUACCAAUCAAUUAAUUGACUAAUGUUAAAAUAUAAUCGUCAAUAAGUCCGAUAAUAAAGUCUAUAUUACGUUGGGACUUUAAUUUUCCUAGUAUCUGCUGAUCCAGUUUUGGUUAAAAUUACUCGUCCAUUCUUUUCCCUCUUCCAUAGGUAUUCCUUGUGUCUCUGAGUCAAUAAGCUCGAUUCUCUCCUUAAUUUAAUUUUCCCAGUAUAUUAAUAAUGUUUCUGCUAUAUAGCAUCAUUUGAUCCCAAUGUUCCUCUGGAUAUUUUAUACCCUCACUUUAUUCGCUACCUCAAAUUAGUAUUUGUUUUCUGAUAGGUACCCAUUCUUUCUACAAUUCACUAAAAUUAGACUUAGAAAAAAUGAAAUUUGUAUCCUCCUUUGAUUGACAUUCUACAUUUUCUAUUAUUGAUAUCAACACUUUCCUUGACACUCUACACAUCUGUAUAUUUUGCUAUGUUCGGCUUAUAACCUUUACAGUAUAAUUUUCUCAAAUUGGAUUUGCAUGAACUUAAUAACUCUGUUCAUAUUGGAAGAAUAAUAGUAAUGCUAAAUUUAAAUCUACGUUCUGUCCUACUGAUUACCGAAACUUUUCUCUGCGUAGAAGAUUUAAAAAGAAAUCAUUUUGUUAUGUUAUAAUGGUUUUCUUUAAUAUCUCUGCUUUUAUCUACUAUGAACUACUAAACUCAAACUUCGAGCAAAAUAUUUGUUUAAAACAGAUGUUUUUUUGAAAAUUAAAAAGUGAUUUUCUUACAUGUUCUUUUCUUUGUUUUACAAGUCGUUUAAACCUUUAUUACAAACGUUAUUAUAACUAUUUUAGAUCCCUAUAACCAUAAACUUAUGUCAUAACUAUUUAUAUAUAGGUAACAUUUAUAACACUCACAACUCAUAAUACAAAUUAUGUAGAGGCUUAAACAAAAUGUAAGCAAUUUUGUAAUGUGCGUAAAUUAAAUCGAUAUACUGAUGGUUUUAGAGAAAACGUAGUUAGUCUAAUAACAAAUAAGUUGUGUAUUUGUAUUCCACCCAUGGUUAUUCAAUACCUAUACCAUAUUAUCACUUUUAGAGAUAUCUUAUUAUGACGAUGACGUUUAAAUACUUAUGCAGAGUAUUGUAAUAACGUUCGAAUUGCGGUGUUUAUCGUGGGAUACACUCACUUCUUCCCGGGUGGUAUACAAAAAAAAAAAAAACUGCCGAUAGAUGACUGAUUAGUUGUAAGUGGCUGAGCACGGCCCAUCACGGUUGGCAGACAUUCUCAUGUCCUUAAAAAUGAGGAGAAAAAGUAGGGUGAAUAUGUGUAUAAUAUAUAAAUAGUUUAAUAAUUGUUAAUAUAAUAAUAAUAAUAAUAAUAAUAGUUGUAAUACUGAAUACUAUAAGCCCAAGGAAGGGGUUAAAAGUGUUUUGUACUUCCAGUUAAGAAGGAAAUGGAGGCUCCUGCGUCUGUGACUUAACAAUCUAAGGUUUAUUUACUGACUCGGCACAAUAACUUACAUCUGUCUUUCGCGUUUUACUUAGCUAGGCAUAAUACAUGGAUGCGUGGAUUACAAAUGUGUAGAAUAUUAUUAAUGCAACAGUCGAGUUUCAACAACAGAAUUAACGCGUUUUUACUUCAUAUUAUUUAAAUUGAUCUUUUUUAACUUACUAUAAUUUUUUAAUACUAAAAUCCACAUCAAUACAAAUGCAUACGAACUCGAAUUCCGUUUCAACGGCAUGACCACCCUAUUUAGGAUUUACAAAGUUACUCAGGUAAAUGCGUACAUUAGUACUUCAUAUAAUAUAAAUUGUUUAUAAUUUGUUUAUUUAUAGAACAAAACACUUUGUGGACGUGUUAGGACACGGAUCAUAAUAAUAUAUAGGUAUUAUUGUACCACUACAUCCUGUGAGGAAAAUUUUGAGCAAAGGCAGUAAUUAUAUAAUUUUCAUUAAUUUCUUAAUUUUAUAUUAGCCAUUGCUAUAGCUAUCCCAUUGGGUCUAUUUUCAGGUAUAAUGCUUCUUCUUAAAUACGUUUUUAUUAUGGUUUAGUGUAGUAAACAUUUUUUCAGGAGUGGAAAAAAUAAUUGAGUUGUCACUCAAAUCAUAAAAUAAUAAAAUCCGAAAAUACGGCCCUUUAGAGGGGGACUAUAACCUCCAUAGGCCUCUUAGCUAUACCAUUUACUUCAUUAAUUAUUGGUGUAUAGUGUUCCUUGGAAAUUAUCCAACCAAUUCCUUAUUAUAACUCUAUAUAGAAUUGGAUAUUAAUAUCAACAGUUUAUUUUAUUUUGUCUUCUUUUAUAUAUAAAUACAUAUAGUUAUUUGUAGAAAAACCUUUUUUUUCGGGGGCGGCAUUCGUCCUCGCCCUUGGAUUCUGCGUUUUGGGUCUAGGUCAAUAUUUCAGCUGACAUAACGAACGAACAAAAAACUGUAUUUUAUUAUAUUUUUGCGGUGUCAGUGAAUAAUCACGGACGCGAUGAUAAACGGACCAUUGCGGUGGUAGAGGAUUUGAAAACGCUUCGAAGCGGAACCUUCAAUACCGUGGCAUACUGGUGUCUACUCGUAACGCAACGCGUCAAUCUUAUUUUGGGGUUUUAAAAUGUGAUCGAAAAAUAAAAACUUCUCGAGAGCUAACCUCUGAUGUCAGAAAAAAAACAACCACACUUUCUCUCACUACUAUUUUAUUUUUCCCCCGACCGGUGUGUAGGUUGUCUAAUGUAUACAUAGGUACUGAUGCGUUAAUCAGACUUGUCGGCGGCGACGGCGGUUAGGCGAUUCUCGAGGCUGUAAACGAUAUUUUUAUUUUAUAACCCGUUGGAAAGUCGGUGGAGUGGAAAUAAAUAAUAAGAAAAAAACCUCUGGUUCGACAACACAAAAAAAAAAACAUGAUGGAGAUGGUCGACCAAUGGCAGUGGUAGGCAAAAAAAAUCUCCAGUGCCAAGCAUGCGCACACACGUACACACACACUAGCACGGGUGCAUUCCUCCGUUGGCCAGGCGGCGGCUCACGGGCGGAGUACGUGCAAGUGCAACGACGCCAAGGAAUGGAAAGGAGAAAAAAACCGGUCUCGACAACAUUCCCAGACGAUUUCGUCCGUUACGGCUCUCGAGCACACGGACCGUCGUCGUCGUAUCCAUACUCCCAAGGUCCUCCGACCUCUCCGUGACCGCCCACAGUUAACACGAUAUCCCGCGCAUGGUUAUGAGCACGGCCGUUACCGUUUUACGCUUGGCGUAAAAUGUGAACACUGCCGUCUCGUCGUUUUCCGUGAUAAUCGUCGUUAAGGGUGGGGAGGGAGUAAAUAGUCUGGGUAAAAUAUUUGUUUGGGAAAUAAAGCACAACCGGGUUCUUAUUUUAUUGGAGAUUAAUUUAUUUAAGAUUAUUACAAUAGAAUAUAAUAACAUAAUAAAUAACGUUGAAAAUAAUGUAAUACAUAUAGCUAAUAUUGAUUUCACAUUGUUAUAUUAUGAUUUUAUAUUCUGAGUGUAACGAAGAAGAAGUCAUCAGUCUUACUGAGUUGUGUGUCUUUUUCGAAAAACAUUUUAUCGGUUAAUAAAAUUAGUUCAGUUUUUUCAUGUAAUAUCUUAAAAGAUGCGAAUUUUUCCCCCGAUUAAAAUAUUUAUCGAAAUUUGUAUUUGUUGAUUUCCGGGUUCUAUUAACAACAUUGGAAAAUACGAUAAACACAACACAGCUCAGAAUCGUUUUUAGUUUGCAAUUAUUUUUCAUUGUACACAGUAUAUUAUAAAUUAAAUUACCAUAUACAUCUUAUAGCUUCCCAACUACCUAUCUACAAAAAUGGACUACCCAUUAACAGUUUUAGAUAAUAAUAACGUUAAUAGUUUUUUUUAAAUUUUAAUAUAUGGCGUGUUAAAAUAUCGACAGUUGAACCUUUUCUUAAGUUUUAGCUUAUGUUUACAUCGAAUUCAUUCAUUAAAAUUGUGUAAAGAUCAUUUAUUAAAAAUACGUGUCUUUAAAAGGUUUUUUAGGUAGGUAGAAUGUUUUUCUAGGUAGAUAAAGUAACCAAAAAUAUUAAUAAAACAUUUCCUAACUGAAAUGUUGACUUUCGAACGCCUCUCACAUACAUUUUACAUUUAUAUUUCGGAAAGUAUUAAUUUUAUUUUCUUUUUAGAUUCCGAGCAUAGCGAGUGGAGUUAUUGGUUUUAUAAUGCUGUUUAUUAAUUUUUAUUUUUUUUUUCUAGUUUGUGGACACGUUUUUUCCUAAUAAACUUUCUUCGGUUUUUACAUGUAUCAACUUUUCUGAAAGCUCAAGUUGUUUUAAAUGAUACUUUAAGCAGGUCAUUUUUGUUCAUUUUCGACGCCUUUUUUUAAAUAAAAGCACAUAAAUGGGAAUGUUUUCUACCAGAAAAAAUGAUUUAAUUGAAAAAACACAAGAUACUUUUUUGUUGUAUUUUUGAUUAACUUUCUUACAGUAUCAUCGCCAAAACUUUUGAGCCACUUUUGAACUUUUAAGGAAUUUAAAUUUUUGGUGGUUUUUUUUUACUGUAAUGUGGUUAUAAAUACACGUAAAAACUUGAAACUUGGUAAUAAUACUUAUAUUGUACUUACCUAAACGUACAGUCCUUAUCAGCGAACGGAAUCGUGCACAUUUUAAGACACAUUCCGUUCGGUUUUUACGUAAGAUUUUAUUCUUAUUCAAAUGCGCUUAUUCUAAAGCGCAUUUGGGCUUAUUUUGCAUAUUUGGAGAGUGAUGCCCACAUGAUAAUCAAUUUUCGUAUAAUUAAUUUUUUUAUUAAAUUUAUUGUUAUAUUAAUAAUAUUAGAUAGCAUAAAAACAAAAAAUGAUACUAUUUGUAGUAAAUAGUAAACAUGUGGUGAAUUAUAAGGUAUUACUAAACAUAUUUAUAUCACACAAUCGACGAAUAUUUAUUUACCAACAUAUAAUAAAAUAUUUGUCAAGUAUUUGUAGUAAAAAUAUAUACAUAAUUUAUUCUAUUUAAUUGACAAAUUUUUAACUUUUUUAAUAAUAAAUAAUAAAUGGCAACAUUGCCCGGAAAAUAGUACGGAAUCGUACUUUACCGAUUUUAUUAUAGUGUUCAUUUCGGUUUAUAUACAAUAAGUUUGUAGAAUGAUAUUUUACGUUGUAUAAAUUUAAAAUAUAUUAUUAUAAAACUCAAAAGCGCGGUAAAUGUACUCAAACAACCAGCAUUAUACGUUUAUGAUAAUUUCUGUACAGCUUAUAAAAUAUUACUAAUUUCUGAAUUAAUCGCAAGUUCGCGACUUCUGCUGCCAUUGCUGACAGGACUUAAAUUUAAAAAUAUACACUAGGAUGUAAUUAUUAUUUUACAUUUUUAAGCCUACUCUAAUAUCGAUUCACAUAUAGGACUUAAAUCCACGAUCGUAUUUCGAAAACGUAAGAGUAUUUUAGAUGAUCAGACUCUAGUUGCCCAGUUCUGAAAUCUGUAAUAAACGUUUAUACUUAAAUUUGCAUACAAAGAAUUUCAAUUUCACACACAUACCUAUAUUUGUCUUUAGUUUCACCUGAUGAAAAAAAAAUAUGUCUAGGUACUUGAUUUAUAAUCUUCGACCAAAUUUGCAUUUCUUUCGAUCUUAAUCAACGCUAAUACAGACAAUACUUUUACGAUUAUUUCCUUUUAAUUAAUCAAUUUCGAUACAUUCUGCACUGCACAUAAUACACGUUUCAAAUCGUGUACCUAAUAGCCUAGUGUUCAAUUAUUGGUUGAUAAUUUAAUCGGAAUGUAAUAAUAUUAUAGUGUUAAUUUUUAACAUUUCCGUCCAUCACGAGUUUUCGUUUUAUAGAAGUUUGAACCUUGAGUGCAUGUGAAAUUAUAUUUUGUAACCGUUCAAAUUUCCGUUUUAUAUUAUUAUAUUAUUAUGGUGACGGUGGUUCAAUAAAUAAAAAGUAAAUAAUAAAUAUAAUAAAACAUAGUUUAUAGGUAAUAACUAUAGUGAUGGGCACUUCCGAAUAGACGAACUAAACAAUAUUUUUUUCCGUAACCAAAUAGUCUUAUUAUUCGGAAAAGUUAUAGAAUAUUUAAAUCAUUUUUUCUCAUUGUGCCCAUCACUAAUAAUGACAUUUAACAUGAAAUAAAAUUAAAAAAAAUAAAGGAACCAACUGUUAUCAAAAAUUAAAUGUGGUAAUAAUUUAGUGUCACGUCCAUUCUGCCUUCCUAUAUUUUACGACUUUACGAGUUUGGUUACAAUCGUACCCCCAAGAUUUCAAUCAUCCCUUUGACGGCGUUCGUUCUGACUGUGUGGAUAUUACCAAUAAUAACUCCUAUAAAUCUUGGUUAUGGACAUUCUUCGAGUUCAUUAUUUUUUAUAGAUCGAACCUGACCGCGGCUGCAGAGAGGAGAUUCAACUAUUUCAGUUUUUAUUUGGUUCGUUAGUUUUGUUAUUAUUAUUACUAGUAUUAAUUUGUACGGGAAGAAAGAUUCUAAUCAAGUUCCGAGAUUUUUAACCCACUUUUCGUGGUCAAAUCAACAUGACAUUGUAAACGUAUUCAUAUUUCUAAUGACAAUAAAAGAAUUGAGAAUUUGAUUUUGCAUUAUAUCUCCCCCCCUUAUUCAAUUUCCAUCUCAUGGCUUUGGAACUAAGCAAAAAAUUGGUAAAAUAUCGAAAAAUGCAUAACACAAUAAUUACUUUUGUUCGUAUAUUCUUUUUGUGUGAUAUAUAUAUAUGUCAAAGUCAAAUUUUUAAUUUUACUAAAAAAAGAACUAAAAAGUAAAUAAUAAUGAAAAGUGUGAAUAAAAUUCACAAUAAGAUAUUAAUAUACAUACAUUUAAGAAUGAGGUACUAUUGAUAGAGCACUAACAUAAACACAAGGAAUGUUUAUAUGUUUAUUGCAAAUUACCAGGUUAGGUUAGAUUAUUGCAUAAAAGAGGUUGCCUUCGAAUUGCGUUCAGUGGCAACAAUUCCUUCCGGUUUACGUCCCGGUUAUUUUUUUGGGUCAUACUAAUUUUGUACAAAAUUGUUUGUGUUAACAUACUAGUUGCUUCCUGUAAAUUAUAAAAGCAAAAAAAUAUUUUCAAAUAAUGGAAUCGAUAUUUUUUCAAAAUGAUAAAAAAGCUAAAUGUAUUGUUUUUUUUUCAAAAUCGGUUAAAGCACAUUUAAGAGAAAAUAUGACAUUGAUUUUGUUACAAUUAAACAAAAUGUGUAAAAAUGCAAAUUGAAAUUUGUUUUAAUCGAUAAUAAAUUAAUGACAUUGUUUUUUACUGUACGUGAUUUUCUUUUUAUUCGCUAUUAUAAAAAUUAAUAAUGUAAAUAUUUAUAAGUAACGUAUGGAGUGUGGUGAAAUUGACUAAAUAACCGUCAACACACACAUGAAUGCGACAAUAAUUUUGUUAACAUAACACUAAAUAACGUAACUAAAUUUCUAAAUAUAAAUGUAUACUUAAUCGAUAGUACUAGUGUGAUAAAUGAUAACCGAUAAUCACAUUUAAAAUUUAUAGACGUAGAUAUCGCUGUGUGGUCGCAAUUCGGGUAUGCUCAAGAAAAACCCAGGACGCAACUUCGUAACAUUCCGUUUCGGUUUUGCUUGGAACGUAACUAUUACGCAGUGAUAAUAGGUGCUCUGUAUGCAAUUAUUGUCAUUUUCAUUCACUCUAAUAUUUAUUUAGUAUUUAUUUUUGAGAUAGUUGCGUUUAAUAUGAGUUUUUUAAUUUUUUUUUUUUUUUGUAUAAUACAUUCAUAUAAACUGGAUUUUUAAAAAGUAUGUAACAAUAUAGUGUUAUUACACAAUACCGAAAGAAAUACGAUUUGCUAUAAACAUCGGUCGUAAAUUAUAGGAAACCAGAUUCGAAAGGAAAACCGGGUCUACGUUUAUUAUCGUCGUCAAGUAUAGGUGAAAAAAAACAACACAUUACUGGCAUUGCGUAUACUAUUUUGUGGUGUUCUGUGUCGACCUUGUGAGACGAUCGAGACGAAUAAUAUUAUAUAUUUUAUUGGCAACGGGUUUGGGCGCACCGUUUGGCGACCGACACUGUUGCUCCGCCGAGUCAUAUUUACCAAAGCCGAUCGUCUCUGCCCGCACCGAACAAUUAUUAAAAUAACACGUGCGCGUACGCUUCCUAAAUAAUAAUAAUAUAUAAUAAUAGGUAUUUUAUUGUUGCCGUCCGGCAGCGGAGUUGAAUAUUAUUAUUUUUAUUAUUAUUAAUAUUACAAUUUACAAACAACAAAGACGGCCGUCGGUGGGUGUGGGAAAUGUCGAAGGACGUCGUGUGUAUGUGCGGUGCGCGCGCGUACGUAUGCAAGUGAGAGGCGCUUUUGCUGCUUGCAGGUUCAUUGACGGACGUUGUCAAGGUCUAACCGCCGCCGUUGUUCGCGUCACCGCCACCGGGGCCGUUUCGACAAUCGGGCCGAGGGAUUUUAUUAUUAUUGUACGUACGUACGCGCGCGUGUCAUCUUUCUGGAAGGAUUUCGCCGCCGUGACGUAACACAUUUUUUCAUUUGUUCUUUUUACGAGUACAUACACACACACACACACACACACACACACACACACACACACACACACACGCGCCGAGCGCGCGCUCUGUAAUUAGUAUUUAUACAGGCGCCUACGGCGACUACAACUAUUGUUGUAGUCGUCUGUGUAAUGAAAGAAUAAUAAUAAAAGGAACGAGUCUUCUCCCCACCUGUCGUAGUCGUAAUCGCGCCGCCGCUAUAAGAACGUACACAACAACAGUGUAACAGACUAACAACAACAAACGUGUGUAAUUACCGCGCGGUCGACUAGGUGACGUCACACGGCAAACGCGGCGUUCGCCUAGCCGUACCUACUACUACCUAUACGCAAUGUAGAACAAUGGGUGCGAGCACGAAAGCUAUUCAACCUCCCGAUAGUCCGACGUCGGCGAUACCCUUGGCACGUCUGCAUUUUUGCCGUCGCGACAAUACGAAAUUUAAUUAACGACGUAUAGAAUAACGUGUAUAUCGUAACGUUACGAAGGUCCCUCCUAUUAUUCGCGAAUUGUAACUCGGUAGUCGUACAACAGCAACAUAACAAUAUAUUUAAAUGGUAUACCUAAUAUUGUUGCGAUUCAAACACCACCGCCGCAGUAGGUAACACGAGUUUUCCUUUCAGUUGUCUACGAGUCUACGCCUAUAGUAUGAUAAUAUUAUUAUUAUAAUUUUGGUAUUGUGCUUGGCGAUGGUUAUUUUAUUUAUAAUUUUUCGUCUCUCCGUUCGCCUGUCCAACCGAAUUAUUAUUGUUUUCGUGAGAUCGUAUCGUCGUCGCCGACGCCGUGUGACGUAACGCACUCGUCGGGUAGCGCGGUCGAAGCGUCUCGGCGCAGUGGUGGGGCCGGCGUGGCGGCGGCGGCGGCGGCUUAAUAAUAAUAUAUAAAUAAUUUGUUUUGCUUUUCCCGGUCAACCGGGCGCGAACACACAAAGGAAAGUGCGCGAGUGCCCAAAACACGACCUUGACGUCCGUGUGCGUGUGUACGACGCGGCGGCGGCAAUACCAGAGACGCGUCCCGUCGUCUGACGGCGACCCGUAUCGACUAUAUUGCCGCCGCCACCGCCGGCAAGAGGCGAUGAGAAAUAAAAAUGUUAUAAUAAUAUUGUUGUGUAAUAAUGCGCACCAACACACACCGUAGCGUCCACCACACCGGAUACACGUGCCCGUCUCGUUCCGAUUACUAUUACUAUUACUACUACUUUUAUUAUUAUUAUUAUUGUUAUUAUUAUUAUUAUUAUUAUUAUUAUUAUUAUUAUUAUUAUUAUUAUUAUUAUUAGACAUAAUAUUUAGUUAAUCAGUUAGUGGGUUGUUCACCGCCAGUCCGGCGCUUACAAUAUUUACAAUAAUGGUGCAAUGAAACCGAAUCCUCGACCACAUUCUGUGCAUAUAUUUCUAAUUUAUACCAAUGGAAUCGUAUAUUGUAAUAUAAGUAUUUAUGGUAUUGGUUUUCAUCGGUAAAGAUUACAAUCACUCGAAUUUUUAUGUUUAUAUGGGUUGCUUUUGAUAUCUUAACUCAAGUUAAUCCAAUUAGGUCUAGUUAACUGUGGUCAUUCAAAAAUAAAUUGAUGUAGGAGAGCAAAUUUUCAAAUUAUCGCCGAUUAUGUUAAAUUUAAAUAUUAUUUUUUUCGAUUUUAUGAUUUUAUGUGAUAACGAAAAAAAUUGUUCAACUUAUCUGAUGUCCGAUAACCAUUUAAGAAGAAUAGGUCCCGGCAUUUUUAAAGACUAAUAUGAAGUUUUAGACGAAUAAGCGGGGAUAAAUUCUCUCACCUUCUCUUAUACGUUUAUUGUCAUUACAAUUCUUAUCAUGAGAAAUGAUAAUAGUAUAAUAUAUUAAUAAUUCUAAUUUCUUGUCUGCAAGGUUAAGUUAGGUUAGGUCAGGUCUGGUCAGUGGUAUACAUUCAAUCUUGCUCGGGGGGAAGGAGGGAGUGUUAAAAAAAUAGGACGGACAUACUUCACGCGAUGGAUGAGCCACUGUUGUAGGUGAGACAUUUUUAAUAAAAGAUAAUUCAAUUGAUUGAAAAAAAUAAUUUUUAUUAUUUAUUAUCAAUUUUAACCAUUGGGUUUGCCAGAUUAGUGUUAUAAUCAAAUAUUUACUAAUAAAAUGAUAACAUUGCUACUUACUAUUUAGUCCAACCUACUCUGGCUCUAAUAUGAAUGCUCUAAAUUUUUUAACACUUAUUACGACUCUAUUAUGACCUCACUUUUUUAUUUUUCUGAAUAUUUUUUUGAUUUUGUAACAUACACUGAUCUAUUUAGUAGCUAUUCAAUAAAUUUUUAUCAAUUAUGUAUCACUAAAAUAUAUUAAUGUUUUACCUAUGUCUUUUGGGUAAUAUUAUUGAUUUUAUUACCUAUUAUGUCUCGAAUAUAUCUGGUUUAAGGGAAAAAGAACUUAAAUCAAUAUCAUGAAAUACAAUUUUUAAUUUAAAAAUAACCAAAAAAAGAGGGGAAAUGACGAAAAUAAUAGAAUUAUGGAAAAAUUACAUAAGGAAAAAAAAUACGGACAUUUGUAUCCGUGUAAAGUCAACAAAAUGUUUAUCUAAAAUUAAUACUAUAAAACUCUACAAUUUGAAAUAGUUCAAAAUCACGAACAUUUUAAGACAUUUAGAAAGGGUUAAUAAAUGUAUUUGUUGAAAAUGUUAAGUCUUGACAAUUAUUUUUAAUUUAAUACCAACAAAAUAGUAAAAUUUAAAGUAACAAAAAUCACGAUCGCUUAAAUUUUCCUGGUUUUUCACUAUUAUAAAGGAAACUGCAAAAAUAAUUAAAAAUGGCUUCCUAGUGCAUUAACUAGAUGCAAAAUUCAACAAAAAACUCUCUUGCCGUUUUUAUUAGAACAAAAUAUUUGGUACAAAAGUUGUAAUAAAAAAAAAUUCCCGUUUUAGUAAUACCAAUACAUUCCUUAUUACAUUUAGAAUUUUAAAUUUAAAAAAUAAAAUACAUAAUACAAAAAAUACUUCAGGACAAAAUUACAGGGUGGGCAAGAAAUUUUAGGGAUGACCUAAGGUAUAAUAUUAUAUGUGCAUAUAUAGUGUCUCACUAUGAUCUGACACUUUAAAUACAUUUUAUUCUAUAACAAACUUGUAAUAUAAUAUUUUUUUAGAAAAAAAUUGUCCUAUGUCUCUGCGCUACAGUUAGUAUAAAUAUUUAUUUUUUUUUGCGAGAAAACUUAAAAAUAACGAAUUUAAAAUUUUACUAUAAUUUUUAAAAUAGAUUCUUAAAAAAAUGUUGGUAGUUGAAACUUUAGGUAUGGUCUUUUAUCAUCUAUAAUUUUUUGAAGUUUUUGAAAAUAUAAAUAUUAUUGUGUUUAUAAUCUAUGAUAAUUAUUAAUCAGUAAUCAGAGCACUGUUAUUUUACGUAUGAUAUUGACAUAUAGAAAAGAAAAUCCUUGUCAUUUAAUGUGUUCUGACUACUGAUCGAGUAAUAUAAUAGAUUAUGAACCACUGCAAUAACAUUCUAUUUUGCAAAUCUUCAAAAAAUUGUAGAAAAUAAAAAACCAUAUAUUUAAAAGUGUUUCAACCACCAAUAUUUUUUUAAAAGUCUAUUUUAUAAAAUUGCAAUUUUAUUUUUUUUUUUUGGUGGAGAAAUUAAAAUAUUUAAUAUAUUAACUAUAGCGCCUAUGUACACUAAUUAUUUAAAAAAAAUAUUAAUCAAAAUAAUUUAAUAGAAAAGUAAUUUCAAAUGUUAGAUCAACGUGAGACACAUAUAUAUGUAUAUACAUUAUAUUCUGAGCAUCGAGCAUAUCGAGGAAUCCAAAAUAACAGUGAGAACUUUUGUAGCAUUUCUUAUAUCGAUGAGAUCUGUUUUGAUUUUUCUUGUAGUUAUUAAAAAUUCCUCUCUAUAUCCUACCAUUCCAACUUUUCACCUAUAACAGUCGCCCACCCAUUAAGGAAAGUAUGUCCGAUUUUUUUCUUUGUAAUUAGGUCAAAAAUAAACACAGAGUUCUGAAAUUUCCAGAGAAUAAGUAUUAACCCAUUCUAGACGAGGUCAAAUGUUCAAAACAUUCUGGAAAUUACAGAGAAAUUUAUAGACAUUAUAAAUGUUCGUGGUUUUUUAGUUUUUAUUUGAUUUUAUGUAGGUAUAUAACAUUUCUUCGGUUUUAUAAAAAAUACUUGUAAAUUUAAUUGAAGUCCAUCAUGAGUUGGUCUUUUGGCUAAUAUAUAAAUCACUAUAUUUAUGUCAUUGUAUUUGUAUAAUAAAUCCAUAAUCUAUAUAAUUUAUCAGCGUUCAAAGUUGAAAUUGUAAUGAAAAUUGUAAAAAUUACAGCAAUUCGUGUAUUAUUUUUUGAUUUACGCGUGAGUACAAAUUUUUGGCUCAGCGAAGUUCAUUAUUUGUUUUUCGUAGUUUUAAAAGAAAACAAAUUAAACGUUAUUUCCACCUCUAACAUUUUUUUUUUUUACAAAAAUAAAAAUUAAGUAUUUGAUUUCUUUGAACGGUAACAACUAUAUCAGUUAUUAAAUAUAUUAUGCUUACAUAUUAAAUAUGGCACUGUCACACAUAGUAGCUCUCAUCAAAAAAUUACAUUUAUUAAAACGAAAAUAAUAAUUGUUUUACCUAUCUAUUAAGCAAAUGUUUACUUUUGAAAAUAUAAAUUAUAAGUACCUAUACAAAUUUUCAAAAUUAUUUUCUGGUGUAAAAAUAUAAAUUUGCAUUGCCAUUAAAAUUUGAAAUCUGACGAUGUAAGUGCUACCAUUUGUAAAAGUCAAUUUACGCUUUUGCAUAAUAUGAUAAUAUUAAUACAAAUUGUUUGUAUACUUAUAAUAUAAGUAAUAUAACCAUGAUACAAACGGUGCCUCGAUAAUGGUUUAAAAUGAUAACGGACAAUAUUAUAACCUAUUUCAUAAUGACAAAAUAAAUAUCAAAUUCAAAAUGAUAAUUAAUAAUGAAAUUGUCUGACAAUCAAGUCCGUUUUCUAAAAAAGGAACAUGUAACGGAAAUUAAUUAUUUUUUGAAAAGAACUUUCCCAACACUAAUCCUACCCUUCCAAUUUCUUUCCUACAACAGUGCCACUUUGUAUCAGUAGUAUCAGGUUUUUUUUACAAUUUCAAUAAUUAUAAUUAUUCACAAUCAAAAUUCAAAUAACCAUGUACCAUUCGUAUCACAGAUAAUUGUUAAAAAUACUUAUUAUUACUAUUAAAGAACCAAUUAAAUAAUUCUUCUCCCACGUGUACUUGACAUUUUCAUAUUCAGGCGUGUGUAAAAUAUUAAUCGUCCAUUAAACUUUUCGAUAGUGUAAUAUUAGCUGUUAAUUUUUAUUCGGUAUUAUUAGGUACUCGUAUAAGGUACUUUUAUCAAUAAUUUUCAUUCACGUGCAGUCGUGUAUACCCACUUUUAAAUUUUUAUUAUUUUCUUAUUAAAAUAAGAAAAGAAACUAGAAAAUUCUCUGUUAUGUCUGUACAAAAAUUUUAAAAUUAUUAUCAGAUAUAUAUUUUAAUAUUAUUAAUUUUUAAUAAAAUGGAAGGAAAAUUUAUCUUAUAAUAGGUAUUGUAUUAUUAAAAUGAUUAUUUAUAAAAGAAAAUUUGAAGAAAGAAAGAAAAUAAUUUCUUUGUUCAUUAUUUAACUACCUGUAUUUGUGUUUUAACAGUUUCGAUACAUUUAUACUAAUGGAUUAUUGUAAAAAUUUAAACUAGAUGUUCAGGAUAAAACGUUGGUUUCGACGAAAUCUCUAUCUUGGAGGGUACAAGUUCUUUAAUUAUAAUGUGACAUUUUAUAAAUCGUAAAGGGUAUUUAGAAAUCAUAAAUGUCUAAAUAUCUAGUAAAUUAUAGCCGAUGUUAAUGAUUUUCUACAGAACAAAUCGUACAAAAAAUAAUAUUACGCUGUGUAAUGAACGGUUUAUGAUAAUAUUUUUCGUCAUUACUAAUUUUAAAAUUUGUAUACAUUCCAUAUUCUAUGUAAGGUAUAAUAUAAUAUAUUAUUUUUACAGCACUUCGCGUUGAUAUUGUCUUAUUUGAAGAUUAAUUUUUAAGAUAUUAAUACUUUAAAACCUACCUUAACUACUAUGUAUAACCUUAAUCUAUAUAUACCUACCUACAAUGAAGUGAAAAAUAAAUUUAAUUAAUUAUCUCAUAAUACCUUGUAGAAUAAUUUAAUUAAUAGUUUUAUUAAUUACGAAAUUAAAUAGAUUAUGGAACACGGUUCUAUAAUUUAUUAAAUAGAUACCUAUGAUGAGUUUAUUCAUUUAAAAAAAUAUAAUUAAUAAUUUAUAUAUAAUACUAUAUUAUAGCUAAUAAUGUUAACUAUUUAUGAAUAAUCGUAAAUUUGAAUCAUUAUUCUAAAAGUUGAAUUUGUAAACUAACGGUAAAUUAAUAUUUAAAAAGUGUUUUUAAUUAUUAAUAGUUGAAUGAUGGUGACUCAGAAAUUAUUAAUUCUCAGAUAUGAUUUUGUACUAAAUUUUACACUUGUUUAUAAGUGAAAUAAAAUCGAAUUUAAAAAACAUAAAUUUAACAUUUAUUUGUACAUGGAUAUAUGUUAUAUUAAAUUAAUGUUACAAUAAAUUAAAACCAAAGAACAUAAAUUAUAGGUAAUAGUAUUAUACUACGAGUUAGAUAAAAUGUUUAACUAAUAGUAAAACGUAUUGUAACUAUUCGUAUGUUGUAUGCAAUUGAAACGAUAUGUAUCAAUAUUUGAAUAUUAUGCAUGUACAAUACUGUUAAAUUAAUUUUAAUAUCGAUAAAGAAAAAAAAUGUGGUUGUUUUUUAAUUGUUGUGUUUAAUUCACUGUAUUCUAUAAACCUGUAAUAUCUACACUUAUGGCAUCAUAACAAUUUUGAAGUGUUGUAAAUGAAAAUGAAUACUCUGAUACGGCAAAUACGACCAUAAUAUGGCUCUAUACAUAAAUUUUAGAGGCUUAAACGGUUUGAUUAACAAAUACUGAAGAAUGAACCAUAUUAAAAUAUACAUUUAUGACGUUUUUCCGUGUCGUUCUAAAAUUAAUACUUAUUAUAUAUUAAUUUUGUAGUGUAUCUUUGAUUGAGUACUUAUGCCACUUAUGGUGUAUUUUAAAUCAUAUCGAUUAUAAUAUAAAUUAUAACCGAUGAUAUAGUCCAAAAAAUUAAAAAUCAAAAAAUCUACAUGCCGACCCUGACUUGGCAAGGGUUUUUCCUGUUUAUGUAUUAUGAUGGUCAAUGGUCAUUCAUAAAUAAUUUAAAUCCAAAAACCGCGAACUAUGGCAGCAAAAAAAAAAAAAAAAAACUAGAUACGAACAAUUUAUAUACCAUAAUUUAUUAUGUUGAGUGUUUGAUACACUGUAUUUGAAUAUUUCAUUGGCUUACAAACCAAACAUAAUAUUAUACUAAUUGUUGUAAUAGGUUUAUAAUAUAACAUGGAAAUACAAUGGACUACAUGAACUCUAUCCAUCCUGUUUGAAUUGUAUACCGUCAAUUUUUUACAUAUUAAUAACCAAGGUUGGGUAAAUUAAUAAAUUGUUUUCAAUUCGUUAAGUUUAGUUAAGAUAAAAGUUUAUUUCCUAAAUUAAAUUAAUAUUAACUAAGUUAAAAAUUAACAUUCAAGUUGUUACUGAAAAUUAAAAUAUCUUAAUAGACGAAUUUAGAUCAAUGGUCUCCAUUUUCGCGUUUACCAGUUUUGUUAACAAUUUAUGUGACUUAAUUUAAUUAGAGUAGAAAAAAUGAAUCAAUAAAAAAAAUACAAAGAAUAAACUUAAAUAUUUUUUUAAGUACUUUACUAACAUUCAAAAGCAUUUAACAAUUUAACGAUAAAUAAUUAAUUUCAUAGCCCGUAAAUAUGUUUCAUUAUUAUAAUUUGAUAUUAUGACAAAAACGUAAUUUUAACGAAAAAUAUUUGAAUUUUUCAAUAAUAUUGUACAUAAUUAUUUUGCUGAUUUGAUUAUCAGUUAUCAAUUCAUUGCCAUACAUUUUCAUAUCGAUAUUAUAGUAGCGUUUUUAUAAUAAUAAAAGAUAAUCAACACAUUUUAUAAAUCAAUGGUAUUCUGUUCAUUCAAAUUUGGUUUCGAAAGAAUUAUCUCAUCGAAAAUUUCAUGUUUGAUCAUGAUAUUUAUAUUAGUAUACCGUAUACCAAUAGUGACCAGAUAUAAAAGUCCAAAAAAAGUAUAUUUAAUAAUUUAGGUCCUCCAUUAUAAAAAAAAAACCCUCCCUUGAAAGAAUUGGCCAAUGUGUAUACUAUUCUACCAAUUUUGACAAUACCUUAUCUUCAUCUAUAUACUUUUUUUUUAUCUGAUUACUCUAUUUUUUUCGUUAAACAAUGGUUUUCCAGGUGUCGCUACCGUUGUCAAUCACUUGCAAACGUUUGGAAUGCAUUAAGUCGAACCAUGAAAUAUUGAAAUAAAAAUGAAUAAUUAAAUUAUACAAAAUCAUAAACAUGUAUUAGCCCAUAGUAUUUUCAAAAAAAAAAAAACAGUAUAAUUGCAUGUACUUAAUACUGUUAUUAAAGACAUAGGACAAUGAAUAAAAAAAGAGUACUGUCCUACGAAAAAGCGUACGUCUGGUCACUAUACGUAUACCUAAUCUAAAUUUGGCUUAUAGAACUCCCGUAGAUACGAGGUAAUACAUAAUAUAUAUUUAUUAGUUUAAUUAAUAGAUUAUAAUAUAAUCUAAUAUUUAAGAAUCUAACGCAAGGUUGCAGAUGAAGGGAUCCUUCUUGCACCGUGGUUCUAGCGAACAUAGUCAGUUGCGUGUGUUUAAUCAUUGCCUGCACAACUGUUUUCGACGAAAUUAUUUGUAAUACUAUUUUCAUCAUCUUUUAUUAUUAUUGUUGAUUUGGCCGAUGGGGAAUCCCUAUUAUGAAUAAUAAUAAUUACUACUCGAAUCGUUUUAUCCUAAUAUUAUUGUCGUCGGCAUACUUUCCACAUUAUUCAAUUACUUUUUAAUGAUACGUACCUUGAUAGGUUAGACGUUAAGUUAGGAAACAUGAGUCGGCCAACAGAAGCCGACUGGUCGCUGGUUCGAAUCCCGUAGAAUCGUUAAUAAUUUAUUGUGUUUUAUUUUUUCAUUUCGUGUACAUUAUGUUAAUAUGGGACCGGGAACCGGUACCGGGUUCUUAUCAUUUUUCGAAUAACUGUACUACAUCCCAGACGUUUAUUUUCAUAUUAUUUGUUAUUUUUGUCAAUCUCAAAAUGUAUUUUUAGUACAUUUCACAAUAAUGAGCACCGACCACAACUGUUUUUUUCGAUUGUCUUUAGCAUUGUUGUUAUAUUGUUAUCGUUCUGGAAAGAUAUUCGACGGAUUUUCGUACCAUUUUUUCCAUCACCGCCUACCCUUUUCUAGCUCAAAAUGUAUUUAUAUUAUGAUUUUAUUGUUAGUGCGAUUUACGAAACUCUUACUCAACGUUUGCUCACGUAGCUAAUUGUUAUGAACUAGAUUUUUCAAAUGGAAAAUUGUAGGUAAAAUACAAAAAUCUAAGACUGGACUUGGAAAAAUAAUUAAUAGAACAAAGUAACCUCAAAUAACUAAUCAUUCAAUAUUAUUUACAAUUUAAAAAAAAAUAUUACUAAAUACCAGGGUGGAUAUCGGGGAGGACUUGGGGGCUUAAGCCCCCCCAGAAUGUAAACGUCAAAAUAAAAAAUUAUGUGUUUCAAUAUUUGAUAUUUAUAAUUUGUAUUUUAUUGUGUUGAGAUACGAGAAUGGUCUGGAAUAUUCACGGCUUCUUGAAAAAGAAAUUUCUAAAUCUAUUAAUACUGAAACAAUUGUUAAUAUAUUUGCACAAAAAAAUAGAUAUAUACAAUUAAAAUAAAAAUAAUUUAGUAGCUAUUCAAUAUUUUAUUUUUUAUGUUCCUAUUCCCUAUAUAUAUAUUUGGUGCCUCAGCUAGAAUCAAGUAAGAGUAGCCACUACAGUUAGUAGGUGGAAGCGUCGGAAGCGACUAAAAAUAUUUGUUUCCGCCAAUGAAUAAGACAAAAAUGUUAAGCCCCCCCAUAGAUGAAACCAAAUAUCCUCCAAUAACAAAAUACUAUUUUUUGCUUUUAUGUCAAUAGACUUUAAUUUUUUUCUUAAUGAUCUGUUAAAGAUUUAAAUAUUAUUAUUCCAGAAUCCAGCUCAAUACUGCCGUGUAAUUAAUUAAUCUUUUGUGUUUAAUAUACUACUACUAAUCGUAUUAUGAUGUUCUCUAUGUUAUUCUACGGAAAUUAUUAUUGUUUUGUUGGAAUUUUAUUUUUAUACUUGAAACCAAAUUUAAAUUAAUAUUUUAAAUUCUGAGCAGAGUGAGGAAUGUAUUGAUUUUACAAUUAAAACUAAAAUGAUCUCUCGUUAUUUUUUUAUUAGAGCAACAUCUCUAGUAGAAAACAUAAAGCGUAAAAAUUAAAAUAUAAUGAAUUUGUAACGUCGUAAAUUUGUCAGUUUUCAUUUUACGUUUUUUUUUUUCAAUUAUUCCUAAUUAUUAUGAAAACUACUUUAAAAAUCGGAAAACGUUAGCAACUAGAUCAAAAUGCAAUAAAAAAGGGUCUCUUAUCGUUUUUUGAUUGAAGCAAGAUUAGAAAACAUAAGAAAACAUAAGUUACAAACAUGUAAAAUUAUGAACUUUUACACCGUAAAUGUUUAUCCGUUUAUCAAAAAAAAAAAUCUAAAAAUAACCUCCCUCAAGUACUUGCUAGCUAGAUCGAAUUUCCUUUCAGAAUGCGUUAAUUGAUAUAUCGGAAUUAGAUUUCUGAUCAAAAUUUUGUACAGUACAAAAAAAAAAUAAACAUCAUUGUAAAACCAAUAAAUGCCUAGCUACGCUCCGAUCUAAAAUUUAAAAUUAUAUACUUAUUGCUUGUAAAUUUUGAUGCUUUUUAUGUUUUAAAACCUUAUCAUUAAGUUAAAAUUCGUUUAUACUUUUAUAUUGAAUUAUAUAUUCUGAUUAAAUUUCACAAUAUUCGUACCCCGAAAACAAGACAAAUAAUAAAGCGCAUUGUUUUAAAAAACGAGACUAUAAUGAUAUAGUACUCGCGUUAUGCCCGAAUAUUUUUGUCCUUGAAAUACUGGAACAAGGGCAAAUGAAAUGUAAGUUUCACUGUAUUGUAUGCACAUGUCGAACGUUCAAAAAAUAAUAAUGGUUCAUAAAAAAAUGUAGCUGUCUGUACAGGCGUCCCCAGACUUUUUUUUAGAGAAAAAGUACAAAAGUAAUUUGUGAAAAAUACCGAUAUAUUUCGCAUGAUGGUUGGCCAUUAGUAUAGGUGAGAAGUUGGGAAGGUAGGAUAUAGAAGGGAUUUUAAUGUAUAUCUGUACGAAAAGAUUAAUCUUUGCUAACGAAAAACGAUUUUGAGUGAAGUUUGGUUAUAUAUGUUUUGAAGAGCCGUAAUAUUUACGAUUUGAAAAUAAUACAUUUGAUAAAAUUACCUAUUUUCCCUACGUUUUUGACCAUUUAUUAUGAAAACCACUGGAAAAAUAAAAAAUGACCUAAUGUACACUCCAGUCAAAUUCCCUUUCAGAAAAAGCGUAACACAUGAAAAACGGAGCAAAAUUCCUGGUAGAAAAGUUGUACACAAAAAAAAAAUAAACAUUGUAAAACCAAUACAUUCUGAUCGAUCUCAUGAUCAGUUGAGUAAUAAUACCUAUAUAAAUGUAUGUAUAUGUAAGCCAUAUAGAAUAUAGAUAUAUAUUGAUUAUAUAAGACAACGAAAAAAAAUGUCAACGGUAUCCCAAUCCCAUCCAUUUGUUUAAAAAAAAAAAAUGAAAAAUGAAUGAUAAUCCAAAUUCGAAGAUUUGCGAAAACUGAAGUCCGACCUGUCUCUAAUUUGUAUUUCCUGUAAUUAUAACACGUAUCGUGUUUGACACUGUCGAUAUUUUCCACAGGCGAAAUAUCUGUUUUAAUUUUUAAUUUUUUCUUUCAUCGGUCGUUUUUGGAAUUAUUAUACUAUUACGGAUAAUAUUUUUUCAGACUGCAGGUGCGCACAGCAGGUUGUAAACACCGCGAAUGAAUGAGUAAUAAUAAUAGAAAAAUAGAGAUAAUAACAAUAACAUUUUGGUAACCGAAAAAAAAAAAUAAAAAUUUACUACUGCCACCUGUUUAUUUAUUUAUGUUUUUCUCAGUUUUUAUAUCAUACAGCCGACCUCGAACUGCCGCCAUCAGUUUAUACGCGCGUGUUAACAGUUAAAAAAUAUUCGAUGCAACUGAGCGACGAGUGCUAUCGAAAUGUGUACACCGAUAAAAAAAAACCAGCCAAAACUUAGUUAUCGUUAGAAAAAAAUAAAUAAAUAGAACAACAUAAUAAUAUUGUUAUCGUAUUAUCUGACUGUAGAUCUGUACGACCGGAAACGGAUAUCCCCCCCCCCCUAUCACCGGGGUGGCAGGAGCGCGCGCGCCUAAAUUUACAACGUGUAUAUUUUUUAUCUGCUUCCGGCGUGGCCGGUGUUUUGGGCGGCCGCGUUGGCAGCCAGCGGCGCGGCGGUAUCGAUCAGCUGUUUAUUAUUAUUAUUAUUUGACGCGCACGCGCGCGGCUCGCGCAUACACAAUAUAUUAUAUUAUUAUUAUGCGUGCGUGUAGAUAAUAUUUUACGUUAUGCAAUUACGCAGCGGUUCUGCGGCGGCGGUGGGGUCUCGGCCGGCGAAAACGUGACCCGCACUCGCCCGACCGGCUGCCGUUACGUCACAUAGCGGCGGCGCAGGCAGCUUCGUCCGUGUAAUACCACUACACCCGACCGCGCCUGCGCGUUUCACCAUAAUAUUGGGGUAACGAACCGAUCCGCCGUCGUCGCCGCCGUGUACACGUACACAAUAUUUUAUUAUGGGCCUACCGCCGCCGCACCGGUAGAUUCUUCUACGCGGAAAAGCUCGAACUUUUUCGCGGUCGCCGCCCCUCCGUGCCGCCUUCCUGACCGGAGAAUCGAUAAGCGAUUACGGGACAACACAAUCACAAUGCCUUGCCGUCCCGGCCGUACUCUAUCUUUUCCAGUUCGCCUAAUGAUAUUAUUCGUUUUGUAUAUUACUGCGUGUACAUCAUCACUGUGAAUAUUUUUACGUUGUAUGGGUAUCAUCGGUUUAUACGCAAUAAGGCGCCCACUUUGUCGUCCCAUGACGGUCAGGCAAAACUAGAUAGGUGGGCUUCCGGUUUGCAGUGGUACAUUUUCCCAUAAACUUAUCAGAGUCAAUGAAAUCGAUACAGUUUAUAAAAAUUUAACUGAUAAGGAAUAAAAUCUCAUAUAUUGGUAGUUAACCGAAACAACAGAAAAUACUUCGUAAAAAAAAUUUUCGAAAUUGAAGAGUAAAGCCUUCUAGAGUAAAAAAAUAAUAAAAUCAGAUAAAAUAUAUACUUAGGCCACUAGACGAUUGAAAUUUACAUACACAGGGUGUCCUACGGAGAUAUAGAUUAUCUCCUUUACAUUAUCUCCUGAGAUAAUAUAGAAAAUCAAAUUCUGUUUGUUUUUUUUUUUACAUUACUCACAGGACUAAGGACUAUAAAUAUUUAUAUUUCAAUUAAUUAUUAAUCUUUCGGAAAAAACUUAAAAAAAAAAUACCUUUUUCGUUCAUUAUUUUUGAAUAAUUUGAAGAUUUCAUAGAGUUUAUUUUUCUGAAAAUUUUGACGCAUUAACUUUUUAUUUUCAUUAUAUUCGAGAUUUUUUAAUAAUUUUUUAAAUUACCAAGAAAAAAAGUGUAAAGAUAAUUAACCAUAAUAAUAAUUAUCAAUUAGCGAAUGCGAUUACAGCUUGUAGUAUAAUUAUUGGUACUUUUCUCUAAACUUCAAAAUUUUUUUAAAAAUCACGAAUUUAAUAAAAAUAAAGUUAUUUUCUACUUUUUUUUAUUAAUACAUACAAAUUUAAUUAAAAUAUAAAUAUUUGUAGUCCUUAUCCCCCCUACGAGUACCAUAUAUAAAAAAUAAAACAGAAUUUGAUUUUUUCCAUCAUCUCGGGAGAUAUUGCAAUGGGUUGCAAUAUCUCCAUAGGACACUAUUAUUUAAUAUUGAACUCUCUCCAAAAAAUGCCCAGAUAGCUGUUUUAAACUAUGGACCUCCCAGAAUAAUUGAAAAUAUACCACUGGUUACUAACACUAACACUACUUUUAUUGAUACACAAUUUUUCAUUAUUUCCGUGUGGGAAUAGUUUUGAUAAUUCUCAUAAGAAUAGGUUUUUAGACCCACUUGAGAAUACUUACAAGUUAAAUGGUUACGAUAGAUAACGGUAAACCAUUGAUUUAACAUACAAAAAGAAUAAAAACAUUUAUCUUAACCAUAUUACAUACUUGUUAUCCCAUUUCCCAUAACGCCAUAAUCAUAAUGUCAUGGUUAAUAAUUUUCGAAUCGUAAUAAAUAAAAUGUCCAUCACGGGUCCAUGGAUGAUGAAAUAAACACUUAACUAUACAAUAUUAUGUGUUUAUGUCUAUAAAUUUAGUAUAUUAUACUUUGAACCGUUACUGAAAUUUAGACAAUCAUCAUAAUAUUACGUAUUGGGCUUAAAAUAAACCUAACAUAUUUUGUUCUUUACAAAAUUGUUUAAUCGUGUUCGUUAAAUAAAAUCAAAAUAUUCUUUCACUCGCCGUAUACGCUUACAUAGAAUUUAUAAUAUUACAGAAGAGAUAGGUCAAUGGCCAGUUGAUGAACCUAUACCGAAAACCCGUUUUUCGUAGUUUUCAUAUUAUUGUGUAUUAUUAAUAUUCAUCUCAAUGAUGUUGAAAAUAAAAACGACAAUAUAAAAUACUGUAAUAUUAAUAUGUACGAUAGCCGAAAAUUCAAAUGUUAAUAAAAUGUAGUUUAAAACGAAAAAUAAUGUCACCACUUUUAUAGUAAUAUCUAUUUUUGUUUAAGCAAAACAAUAGUAAAAAACGCGUUUAUAUAAAUGUAUCAUAUUGCAUCUUCCUAUGUAACUGUAAUUUGUAAGUUGUAAGUCGUAUUUUUAUAUAGUAAAUACCGUUAUCAAUAUAUUAAUAUGAUAUCAUUUUGGGCAUUAAAUAUUGCCCGGUGAGUGAUAAAAUAAUUAUAACCUUAUUUUUUUUGGUAUUAAUAGAAAAUUUGUUUUUCAAGCAUACAAACAGUAUUACAACUCAUUAUUAUGUAUCUAACAAAAUACUAUUUUUUUUAUUAUUAAUUUACAGCAGUCAAUACAAUUUGUAGAUUCUGAGCGUAGCAAGAAAUACAUUGGUUUUAUUUUAUAUUUAUUUUUUUUAUCUGUGUGUAAAUAAAAGUUUUACUAGAAAUCUUGCUCCGAUAAAAAAACUUAAUAGUAACUUUCUUAUGGCUUGUAGCUUGAUGUAGUAACUUUUUUGUAAUUUUAAUCUGUGAAUUUUUUUCAUUUAUUAACGCUUUGAGAAAGUUAUUUUUUUGAUUUUUUAUGGAGUUUUCAAAAUAAUUAGGAAAAACCAAAAAUAAAAUAUUAUAAGUAGAAUGUCAAAUAUUUAGGACGCGUCGAGGCGUUAUCGAUUUUAUUAUUUUUAAUUUUUGCAAAUGAUGUUUUCUACCAGAAAUCUUGGUCCAAUUGAAAAAUGUCAAUAAAUUGCUUUAGUUCCAAUUAAUAUCAAGCCACUGACAGAAAAAAUUAUUUUUUUUAUAUCUAAAGUAGUUUUCAUAAUAAUUAGAAAAAAUUAAAAAAAUACGUAAAAUACGAUUUUUUCAAAUGACGAUGCAACAAUUACAUUAUUUAAAAUUUUUAUGAUUAUAUUUGUAUACUAGAAAUCUAUCUAAAUUUCAAGAAUAGCAUAUUUUUUGGAAAAAAAUAUUUUCUAGUUUGAGAAUGAGAAAGUCGUUAUUUUAUUUUGCUUAUAGAUUUCCUCAUAAUUACGAAAAAACUUAGGAAAUACGGUAAAGUAUACAGUAUUUGGUAUUUUGUUAUGCGGUUAAAAAUUAUUAUAUAGAUCUGUAGUGUUCAUAAAAUACUUGUUUUGGCUUUUUGUAGAUGUGGUGAAAUGUUCAAAACUUUAAAACUAUUUUUAGGCUAUUUAUAUGUAUUUGAUAUUUUCGUGUUUUUAUAUGUAUUUUUAUUUGGUAGGUAUCUGUUAUUAAAAUUAUACAACUUAAAAGAAAUGCUUGAAAAAUUAACACAACUUAUAUUAUAAGGUGUACUUAGUGGUUUAAAAACCAAAUUUGAGUUUAAUGCAUUAGUUUUAUUUUUCAUAAGUUUUUUAAGGUCAAAUUUUGAUUAUAAAUCGUUAAAAAAAACUACGGCAUUUCAAAAUACGUUUUAUCGAAUUUCGAUCCGAAUCUUUUUUCGGUAGCAAUAGUUUAUGCUUGCUUACUGAUAUAAAUUAAAUUAUUCUAUGUAUCCUACCUUCUCAACUUCCCACCUAAUACAGUUACUGCAUCUGUCUCCAGUGUAAGUUUUUUUAGAUUCUUAGUGGAGUGAGGUUUACAAUGGUUUACAAUUAGUUUUACAAUGAUGUUAAUUUUUUUAUUUUUGUUUUUAUUUUUUAAUCCGUGAACAACUUUUCUAUCAGCAAUUUUACUCAGGUGUACAAUAACAGCACUUUUUCUGAAAGGAAAUCUGAUUGGGGUAGUACUCUAAGAAAGUUGUUUUUUGAUUUGCUCAGCUGUUUUCAUAAUAAAUGGAAAAAACAGGAAAAAUUGUAAAAUUGAAGAAGGUACAAUAUUAUACAAAUAUUAUUAAAGAAAGUAUAUAAUGCAUAUGUUAUAUGACAUAUUGUUGAUAAAGCAACACUAUUAACCGAACUUCGAUCAUAAUCUUUUUUUUUCAGUUACCGUUGUGUAUAGAUAUAAAUUAAAUUACCCUAUUGCACGUAUCUGUAUAAAAUGUUGAGCUAUUGUAAAGGCAAUUAACAAAUAAAAAUAAACGUUUGUCUUAAUCCAUAAUGCGUAUUGUCUAUACAAUAAUUAAUCUUAACGUUUUUGCCGCACAAAACUAGGGUUUAUUUUUUUUUGGAAUAAAUUAAAACUCAAUUAUAACUCAUUGUUAAUUCUUUUAAGAUUUCAUUAAAUCCUUUCGACGGAUGAAUAUUAUUUUUUAAUACCUACCAUUAAUAUUAGGUACUAUUGAAAUUUCCAAUAGUCAAUCAAUCGGUUGUAUCGAAAUUUAAUCUUUUAUUUAUUUUAUUUCAUGAUUAUAAACGAAUUGAAAUUAAAAUAAUAUAAUAUUAAUACCUAUAUUAUUAUUAUUUUUAAAUCCUCAUCUCGUGACGAAAUCCCAUUCGUUCAAAUAGGAUAAUUCUUGGAUAAAUUACACCUAAAUACGUAGUUUUUAUGUUAAUGAAAUUUAAAUUUUAGAGUAUUAAAUAUUAUUACUUCAUAAUAAUUUCCUAUAAUUUUUUGAAUAUACAGGGGUAGACUAGAAUGAAAGAUUGGUACCAUCUUAUUAAUCAAAGAACCUAAAAAAUUAAAUGAAUUUUAAUGACUUUAUAGUCAAAAAUGUAGAUAUUUUUACUUGUAACUAGGAAGUGGCAUCAGUAUGUCGUAAUAGUAGUUAGUCGGACGGCGGUAAUAGACGUUUAAAUGACGGUGAUGGACAACCAUUGAUGGCAGACACACCAUUUCUGAAUUUCUAGUGCCAAUUUUCGAUUUUCAAAGAAAAUGUCGUUUUGUAACGAUUUGACGGUCAAAAACUUUAAUCUGGUACUAUGAAAGUAGAAAGAUCGGUAGUCGUAAUCGAGUUCACGGACAAAAAAAGAUAGGAAUUCAGUAUCUUGCUUUUUUUCAUACUACCAAUGCCUAAAUAACUAGAUUCGUUUUAGAUUUUUUUUGAAUGGUUGAUUGUGAAACUAUAAAAAAUUUAUUGACAUUGCUGCAUAAGCCUCCUAUCCUUCAGAUAGUUUCAUCCUAGGAGAAUAAAUCUCUUUCAAGGUCCCACAGUGUUAUCGUUUAGAGAUGUCUUCGCCAUUUUUGACAUUAUACGAGUAUGUCUCACAAGUGAGUGUGUAAAUACUCUAUCUUUAGUAUUUAUAAUAUUAUUGGUAAUAUAAGUGAUUUUUGUUCCCGUAUAAUAUUGUUUACCUAAUUAUUAUAAUACGGCUACAACAGUUUUUACGUGCGAUCGUUUAUAGGUGCACUUGUACCGCAUGUGCGUACGAUUUUAUCGUAACGCCGCGGUUCUUGUGCGGUUGCCUACAUGUAAAACAAUAUAUAUAUAUAUAUAUAUAUAAAAUAAAAAAAAAAAAAGGAAAAAGGCGAAAAAAUAAAGGUGGCGUCGUGACUCACUCACUCGCCCAAAGGUUUACACAGCUGCGUAUACAUUCACGUAUUCACGUGUACGUUAGGUCGCUAUGCCCGUGAGGUGCGAAAGCUGUGGUAACAAAAUCGAACCGGUUUCCGGAUAAGAAAAAAAACCACGCUUGCGCGGGAUUACCACAGUCUGCAACCAUGGGCAACCGUUUAUUGAACCCGGCCGGGCGUCCUAGAUUCCAGGACGGGGAGUGCUGUGGGGCCAGAGGUCUGCACUGCGAUCUGUCCGGCAGCGCGGCUGGACGGUUACGGUUUAUAGUAUGGUUUAUUAUGUACACGACACGCGUAUUAAUAAUAUUUUAUUAUACGUCCAAUACAACCGUCGAAAUUAAUAUUCACGUAACGAUGACGUAUGUACUAUAUAGUGUCCAAUAUCGAAAAAAAAAUAGCACAUUUUUCUCUAACUUCCGAAGAGUAAUAUUUUCGAGAUGAAAACCGGCACGUACUCAAUAUAUUUUAACUAUCCUAUUAAUUUAUGUAUCUACGAGUCGCGACAUUUUUUAAAUUUGUGAAAUUACUUGUUUGAAAGAACAUAAUAUUAUAGCAUAAUGCAUUACGUUUUAUCGUCAUAGAAUCAAUUAAAAAAUUAUAUGACUCGAAAAUAAAAUGUUUAAAUUUGUAACAAUAAAAUAGCCGCAGGUACUCGUCGAACAUUUCUAAUGGUUUUUUUUUUUUUUUUGUUUUAAUCAUUUGUAUUCAAUAUUAUUCGUCUCGUACAGUCGAAUAAGAUCCGACUAAAGAAGAGGUUAUUUUUUCUUUAUCCGCGCGCGACCGGUUGAACGUACUCCGAACAGUCUGAACGUACGAUCCCCCCCCUCACACUUCAUCACCGUGUCCGCAAAUGACGUGCAUUACUUUCGGUUUUAACCGCAGGUACCUAACGGUUUCAAUCGCUUCCCGUCGAGCGGCUCGAACGAUUUAUUCGCACCAGUCUUUGUAAAUUUCAUAUAUUAUUUCGUAUCGCAUUACAUUACAGUAUAUUAUAUAAAAAAACGAUAGUGGACUACGACUAACGUCGUACAUAAUAUAGUUAUUGCUUUUUGUCGUGGACGAGGUUUUUGGCCUACCAAUUUGACGGUCAACUGACGCGUUGAAAAAAUAUUACACGAAAUACAUCAUCUUGGGAAUCACGUGUUGGUACACGAAACAUUAACGGCGGUAUUAUACUUUUUUACCUUCGAGAUAACCUGCGGGAGCAAUUCUAAUUCUUAAACAAAUACACAAUUUUGCGUUGAAUAAAAUAAGAUUCGUGUACAGUGUACACAUCAUAUUAUACCGAAAAUUCGGUAACUUGAGCAGGGGAGAUGUGAUGGGAGUUAAAAUCUCCCCCUCUCCAUUAAUUUAAAAAUACAACGACUAUGCAUAUUUUUAGUAAUUUAAUCCUGAAAUGUAUAUAUUUUAGCAAGUUAUAAGGAAUAGGUUGAUUUAUUAAAUACAAAUUAGCUUUUUGGAGCUAGAUUUUGAAUUCCCAUUUUCGAGUUAAGCAUACGAGUUUUUACGAUUUAUUUAUGAUCAUUGUUUGCUCCAUCCUUUCCGAUUGAAAAUUUAUUUUUAUGUCACUAAGUCCGAAAUUACAUACAAAUUAAUAUUUUAUAUUGUUGUAUUAUAUUUUAAUACUGUACUUAUAUAAAAGGAAAUGACCGACAAAUCAGUUACGUUUUAAAAAUAUAUACAAAUAAAUUAUUUAAGGCCAGUUUGAUAAUAGGUAAUAGGAUAUUAUAAGAUAAUAUAUUAUUUUGUACACCGUCUUAAGAUAAAAUAAAAUAUUAGUCCGUGAUUUUGUAUAAGGUUGACAAUCUUAAGCUAGGACUACAUCAAACGCACAAAAUGUUUUAUAACGUUACUACAACGUUAGGUGCAUUUGGUGUGUACUUUAUCCGCUUACGACAAAAAUGCGUGUAUUUGUUGCGCAGGAUACUGCCGGAACAUCAAAAGUGUUAGGACAAAUUAGCGUGUUAGGAACUGAGGACCACAAUUUAAGAUAUUAUUAUGCUUGCCUAACUAUGUUUUAAAGUAUUAAUUUUGUGACCACUGAAUUAAAUCCAGAAAUUAGCUGUUUCCAUCUACUACUAACACUUCUUGUAAUUUAUUUGUAUAGCUUUAAUGUUGUCACCACGAUUUAAGAUAAUAUCGAUUAUCUUGGAAUCAAUACUAUGUUCUCCAAUAAUAAAAAUACUUAAUGAUAAUGGUUUAAUAUAUUUAUCGGCUUGGAACGCUAACAACAGAUCGAAAAUGUGUAUUAGAUUUGUAGAUUUGAUCUGUAAGUCAGAUUAUCACUGUUCGGUGUUGGGCAAUUAUAUUAUCUUAAAUCGUGGUGUGGACCCAGCUAAAAAUCUCUUAUUAAUUCUGAAAUUACUUAUCGUUAAUAAUAUUUUAACAAUACCUUAUUAGUUAUUUAUGUUUUUUUAUUGAUUAUAAUAUAAGGUUAUGUUUUUCUUGUAUUUCGAGUUGGAUGAAAUUAUUUCUCAUUGCAUAAUAUUGCCACUACCGUAUACCGCACAUUUACCGUAGUUUACGACAUAAAUUAAAUUUAGAAAUAUAUUUUUAUUUAAUUAAAUUAUUUUAUAAUAUGUACACUGGAGAAUUUGCCUUUGUAAAUUGAGUAACAGGAAAUAUAUAUGGCCAUAACAAGUUUUUACCAUUUUUGAGCAAACAAAAUUGUAUCCACAUAACAUCAAAUAAAAAUUUUUUAAAACUUGAAUACCAGCGCUUUCAAAUAUCAUAAAAGAACUCAAAAAUCGUUCUAUUUCUAGGAAUAUAAGUAUUCUGUAAAAAUUUCAAGUCUUUACGUUUAUUUUUAAUCGAAUAACAAUAAAGAAUAAAAUCAAAAAUAACUAAAUACGUAAAUUUGUAUAGUGUUUUCCCUGUUUUCCCGCAACUAUAAAAAAACUACCAGAAAAUAAAAAAAGAGCAUUUCAGAAUAUCAAACAGAGCAAAUUAACAACCCGAAAUCACCACUAAAUAAAGCAUUCCUACUUUUUAGGAAUGUAAUAAUAGGUCCAUAAAAUGUUUCGUUACAACCUAUGUAACAUUUAACAAAAAUAUUAAACUAUGUUGUUAUCAUUACUUGAUGUGUUGUGAGUAGACAUAUUUAUAACUAACUAAUAUCUGUGUAAUUAUAAUAAUAACGUACAAAAUAUUUUGUCUUGCAAAUAGUAUAAUAAGUUUAGGUAUAGUACCUACAUUAUUAUUUUUGUAUAUUUAGCAAUUUGGUUUAUCGUUAUAUUAUUAUGUAAACAACGAUCUUAUCAGAUAACGUUGCUUAACCGAUCCUAUAGAAAGAACGUGACUUGUUCGAGACAUACUCAUCGCAUAUUGUGUUCACUGUUAGGUAUAAUUAACGUUUUGUAUUUUUUUUUUUUAUAAUAGUCGCAUUGCUCAACACGUAUACCAACUUCUUGGAUACUAAAUUAAAAAUUAUUCCUGUGAUAGUUUCAAUAACCUUUAAAUCAUAGUCAUUCGUAUUGCGUUUAGGAGAUUUUCACUUCAAAAUCCCUUAUGCGAAACACAGUUCAUUACCAAAGUCUGUCGGUAAUUAAAAAAAGUGGGUAUAAAUAGAUGCAAAAACUUAAAAUUAUGGAAAAUUAAGUUUUAAUUUUUGUUAGAAUUUUAUAAUUUUUUUAAAACUUUAACGAAAAAACCGUUUUAUGUUCUGAGUGGAGCGAAGAAGUUUAUGGUUUUACAAAAAUGUUUAUUUGUUUUCUUUUAUCUGUGCGCAACUUGUCUACCAUAAAUCAUGCUCCGAUUUUUAAGUGUAGCACCUUUUCUGAAAGGAAAUCGGUAUGGGGAGGUACUGAAAGUGUAACUUUUUGAUUUUCUCACUAGUUUUUCCAAUAAACAAGAAAUCUGGGGAAAACCGUAGGAAAAAUAGGAAAAUAGAUACAAUAUUGAACAGACAUUUUUAAAGAAAAUAUAUAAUGCAUACGUAAUUAUUUUAUUAUUAAAUUACAUAUAUAUUGUUGAUAAAGUAACUACACUAUUAAUUGAACUCUGCUCAGAAUAUUUUCUCGUUAACAAUAGUUAAUCGUUGCUAACAGACAUACAAUAAAUUACCUAUAACAGUGGCUGCAUCCGUCCUUAUUAUCCUAGGAAAGUUUAUUUUCAAGCCUAAGCUAUAAUUGAAAAUUGAUUGAAUGUGUAAUAGGUCGGGUUUUUGGUAUAGAAAUCAGCAGUAAUAACAUUAGGGCCGUGUUGUAUAGUUGUACUUGCAGAUCAUUACAAUAAAUGGUGUGUUUUUAGUCCAUGUAUAAUAUUAAUAAUAUUAUAUUAUGUUCAUUCGAAUGCUGAUCGAUUUGAUCGACUAGCCCAUUGAGAAUUGUAUUACGUGAAAACAACGACAUAAAAAAUAAAAACACUCAUAUCGGUAGGUUGGAGUUAUUUUGUUAUAAUUAUGAUAUAUAUAUAUAUAUAUAUUGGGAAAACAACAUGAUUAUAGAUCACGAGUCGACCACGAGAUCGACGACCCCUUACAUCAUAUUAUAGGUUAUCUAUUUUUUUCUAUAUUAUAUAUUUUUGUUUAUCAUAAAACAUAACAUGUAUUUAAUAUGAUAAGAACUGAGUAGCUUUUUUUUCCAUGAUAAUAAUAGCUGACAUUCAAAUAAAUACCAGAAAGGUGAAUUGAGAACCAUAUACAUAUUAUUAUGACUAUUAAUACUUGUUUACUUAAUUAUUAGAUCUUGAAUAUUAAUAUUACCAUAAAGUGCAUUUUGAUGUUUUAUGAAUUUCUACUGUUUACUGCGAUUGCAAAUAUAUGAAAUAAUGUCCAUUAAUAAACGUACGAAUAUUUUUUGAAUUUAUACAAAAUAACAUAUUCAAAACGUUAUAAGUGUGUUAUGAUCGAACAUUUGUGAAACGAAAUAAUUAAUCCUAAUAAAAUUAUGAUCGGUGUUAGUCUAUUAAAUAAUAUAAUUACGACAUUAGCAUAAUUUUUAACUUAAAUACAAAAUUUAGUAUUUGUAUCUGUGAAUAUUUAAUACAUUUUUAAAUAAUUUAAUAUAAUAUCUACAUUUUAAAUUCAACAAUAUUUUAAGAUUGCUACAUAAAAUUAUUAUUAUUAUAAUCGAAGUACAAAAGUUAUAAAAUACAAAUAAAUGGUCUUUCUCUAGCAUAUUAAUAGAAUUAGUUCAAAUUAUUUUUAGUUAAAUGUCGAAUUACCUGAAUUAAAUAUAGGUAGCCAUUUAUAGGAAUUCUAAAAACAAAUAUUAUUGUAAGUUUUCAAUAUAUGAUUGAGAAACCAUACUAAAUUAAUUCAACGUUAAAAAAUAUAAACAUACGUGCAUAAUUAUUUGAUUAAAUAAUAGUAAUUAUAUUAUUAUUAUUAUAGUUCUUCCGAGUUAUAAUUAGUAAUUGAAUAUUUUUUGAUCUGUGUACUAUUAUAAACUAUAAUACAUUGAUUCUUAGAAGUAUAAUAUAAUCAGUAUUACAGAAAAUCGUAUAAAUUUUAUUAGAAUAACUUAAAUUAACAAAAAUAUAAUAGGUACAUUCAAUAAUCCUCAUAAUAGUUAUAAUAUUAAAGAAUUGUUCAGUGAUUUAUUUUAAUUAUAAUUUGUAACUUAAAACAAUGCAUUAAUUCAAAAUUUUUGACUUUAUAUUUAUAUUAUUAAAAAUAUAAUGUAAUGAAAUUAUCAAUACUUGCAUUCAAAUAUUCGAUCAUGUUUGUAGUAAGUACUAAGUAAUUGAAAAUGUUACAAACUAAAGAUUAAAUUGAACUUUUUAAAUUUUAUUUUUUUUAUGCAACUAUUUAAUUUUACUAAAUCUGAUAAAAGUUGUAUAUAUAUAUAUAUAUAUGUAUCUAUUAUAAUGAUUUAUUGAUUUUUUUUUAGACAUAUGUUAAUAAGUUAUCAAUUUAUGACGUCAUUGUGAAAUAUCGUUGAAAAUAAACUACGAAUUUUACAUAGUUUAUAGUUCAUAUAUUCACAUUGUGAAUCAUUAUGAAACAUUUUAAUGAAUAUGAAAAUAAAAAUAUAUGAUUUACAACAAUCGAUAUUUUAAAAUGAAAUCAAAGCCUAACGAAUUUUAUUUAAAUAACGUAGUUUGACUAGUAAAUAAUAAUAUUUGUAUUUAAUUAUAAUAAUACAUCAUACUAUAAUACCUAAAAUAAGAAUAUUUAAUAGGUUCAAAAAUGAAUAGUAAAAAAAAAAAUGUAAGUAAUAAGGGUAUAAUAGUGGUUACUACUCGUGAUCAAUCAUAUUGAAGUUUAGCACUGCAAUCAAUCAUUUAGGAUGUAGGAAAGUGACAGAAAUAAAAACGUUGUCCUUUAAAAUUAUAAUUACCUAUCUAUAUAAAUCAUAACGGAAUAGACCUGACCUUAUUACGAUUCUAGUAAUCCUAACUAAAAACUCGAUACCCAAACAACGUGUAGGUUCCUACAGUUAGGUCCCAGGUUAGAUCCUAAUAUAAUAAUAUUUUGAGACGUUCACAAUUCCUUGCAUGGGAUGUUAAAAAAAACAGUAUUGACGAAGAGUGUACUUAUACCCACAUAAUAUAGCAGCACGCUCAUCUUCAUCUUUCACUUAUAAAUAGCUAAAUAAUACACAGAAUAAUUUAGUACGUUUGAUGUGAAUUAAUAAUUGUAAUCGUGUAAGUAUUUUUGUACUCCCCAUUCAAUGUUUUGUACUGUAUCCUUCUUAAAUAUUCAGCAUGCAAUUUGCAUUUCAUCCCUUUCCCCUGGAAAAUCAUCAAAAGCUUUUAUGGAAUUGGAACGCUUGUCCCAAACCGCACUAGUGUUGUAAAAUGAAAUUUUUGAACUUUAAAUAUAUAUAUUAAUAGAUAUUUCGUAGUAUACAAUUUGUAUGAGUUUUUAUGAAUAAUUCCGGAAUUCGUAUGACACCUUCGCCUCAGUAUUAACGAAAAUAACCUUUUUGAAGUGCUCUAAAAUGAACUUUCUGAGGAACUCUGUUAUGACACCAGAAUAUUAGGAAUUCCGUCUAAAAACAGAAAUUAUUGUUUUCUCGUUUUUAUAGGUUUGUAACUACAAAGUUUUAAUUUUUGCAUCUUCUCUUACUCUGUGAAAGUGAUUUCUUUGAAGUUGAUUUAUGCUUUAUUGAUUUAUUUAAAAAUUAUUAACGAUCACUUUAUUAUAAGAGAUGUUAAGAUUAAUGUUAAUCUAAUGUUAAAUUGGGAAAAACUUCGAUGGGGGACUAUAAUAUGUCACUAAAACUUGAGAGGCGUUCCUAAGCACUAACUAUAAACGCGAUUAAAUUUCUAGAAAACUCAGUCUUCAGGACUUCAAAUAUUUUUUUUUUCUACGUAUAUUUGUAGACAUUUUAAAUAUAAAUCAUACACAUAUACAAGUAAAAACCAAAUAAAUUGAAUAAAAUAAAAUUUCUUUUAAUAUAUGUCUUGAACAUCACAAGGUUAAUAACUAAUAAUUGAUAUUGUACAAUGCUUGAAACUUUAAUAUGACGUUUAUAAUCAUUUUUCUUAUGUCACUAUUUAAAUUUCAAAAAUCCAUUCAAGAUGUACAAAAUCCCCGCAAUCUGCCGUCUUUUUUUCCUAGGUGUUUUAUUUAUUUUUAAUUUUGUCAUUCAGAAAAGUUUGUUAACCUAAAUACAGUGACUAUUAACCGGAUUUUAACAUUAUACAUAAAUGUGUAUUAUUUUGAAAAUAUCUAAUGUUUAUUUUAUUAUCUAUGUUCACUUAUCGUUAUAUUUUAUCAAAGUAGUGACCUUCGGACAAUGCCCCUGGGCCCUCAGUAUGUAUUUUUAUAUAAAAGUGUAACGAAACAUGGAAGGUUGUAUAUAUUUGAACAGUUUUAAAAAGCAGACAAUAAUAAUACUGACGUAUCUACACAAUAAUAUCGCAAGUUUCCAAGUACUUAAAUUAAUUUUAAAACAUUGUACUAUUAUCCGUGAAUUAUUAUCUAAAUAAUUUAAUAUUAUCGCUUAUUUAGUGAAUUUUAUUAUUAUUUUUAUCAUUUAUUUCUAAAUUAUGUACUCAUAAGCAUCAGCAAUCGGCAUUAUACUCAACUUAUACGUAUAAAGAUACAAAAUUGUAAACGUUUUAGAAACACUAUUAUAAAAUAAAUGUAGUUUUUAAAAAUUUAAAAAGCUGAUAUUGUGGAUGUGUGUGCUACUGUUGUAGGUGAGAAAUUGGGAAGGUAGGAUACAUAAAGUUAUUUAAUUUAUAUCUUUGAACAACGAUAAACCAUUGGUAACAAAACUUUAUAAAAAAAAAAUAACAAUAAUAUUGGUACAUUACACUUAAUUUUUUUUUUUAUCACCUGGUUUAUAACCUUGCAAGUACGACUUGUAAUAAACAUUCUGUCAAAAUUUUAAGAAUUUCUGUUUAGUCUAACAAACUAAUUUUAUUCACAGACUACCUACAGCACGUCUCUACGAUUAUUUUUAUUUUAUUUUACUUAUUAUUUUUAACUGAAAUACAACAAAAAACAAAACUUAAAAUAAUAAAAAUAUUAUUUUCGUAAAUAUUCUCGGUUUUUUUUUUGGUUUUUUUGGUAGAAAAAAUAAUAUAAUGCCGAGAUGCUCCAUAAAUAUUUGCCGUUUUAACUAUAAUUUUCUUUCUGGUUUUCUCAAUUAUUUCUAAAACCUCUUAAAAGAUCGUAAAAUGAUAUCUCUAGUGUACUAACUAGAAAAAAUUUACUUUCGCAAAAGGUACUAUACUCUUUGCAUAGCAAUAUUUAUUUUCGAAAAAUUGUUUACAGACAGAAAAAAGAAAAUACAUUUUUUAAAAAAAGCAUACAUAAUAGUAAAAUUAAUCUAUUGAUCAUUAUUCAGAACAUAAUUUAUCAAUUUAGAACGAUUUAAUACGGUUUAAUUUUUUUCCUAUUAUAUAAAAUGUAGAACAAUUUUUAGUAUAUUAUAUAUUAUAAAUUGCGCUUAUUUUAUUGAUAGGAUUAUAAUAUGAAUAAUAUAUAUUAUGUAUAUAUAUUUUUAUAAUAUACAAUAUCAUAAAUCAUAAUAAAUAUCUACUGAAUUAACACACAUGGUAGCAUGGUGCUAAAAUAUUAUACACAUUUAUACAACUUAUGCGAGUCUUCUACGAUGAAUCCCAAUUUUUUGGAAAAUAUUGUGCCCAUAUCAGUGGCGUGGCAAAGACUUAUUUGUAAGGGUGGUGCUUGGGCCGUCGAUUUGAUGAUCAAUGGGUGGCGAGUAUACGAAAUGUGAUACUUACUUCUCGGCUCUAAGUAAUUUAGAGUUUACUACAUCACUAAUCCGAUGGGUCAGAUAGUAAACGGUAAAAUUUCAAUAGAUUGACGGGCUUGUCAUUCCGAAUGUUAAUAAUAUUAUCAUUACGAAUUUACUAAUUUUUGUAUAGGUUAUCAAACUAUAGGUUAACUUGUUUACCUAUAAUAUGUAUAACUUUUCAUUGUACUUACUUACGAGUUAAUUACUUACAUUACUAGUUUUAUGAAUCUUUACAAGUUAUUUUACUUAUUCUUACACAUUCACAUAAUCGUUAUUAUGUUUUUUUUUUUUUUUUUUCAUUAUUUUGAUACCUAUUCGACAGUUUGAUUUUCAAGUACUUACCGGUAUUUUUGAUGGAUAAUAAUUUUUUUUUAACAUAUAUUUAAUAAAUGUAUAUGUAUAUAUAUACUAGGUAAUGUAUAUUAUAAUCUAGGACACAAGUGUGCAUAUCUAUAACGCGUAAUACCGUUCUCUACAAUAAUAUUGUAGAUACGUAAUACCGAAGUUAUAAUCAAGAAUAAAACAUCUGUAUGUUAUUUUUAUGAAUAAUAAAUAUAUUACAUAUUUUAUAACCGCAUACCAUUUGUCGAUGUCGGUUAGAUUUGCGUUUAUUCGAGUUCGACAUUAUAUAAUUUACGAGUCAGUGACGACAUAAUUUAUUAACUAACGAAAGUUAGAUAAGUUAAAAAUAAAAUAUUAAUUUAUUGAAACAAUAAGUCAAUUUUCGCUUCAGUAGAUAGAAAUUGGAAAUGAGUAAACUUGCAAAAUAUUUUUGCACAAGUUGGUAAUGCAUUAAAAGGCGAAUCAAAUCAGCUAAAUUUAUUUUACUUUUGGGUUUUUUUAUCUACAUACUGGUGGGUGGAUGGGUCAAGUGUUUUAUCUAGUCGUAUUUUGUGGAUAUGAUAAUUUGUAAUUUUAUUACUAUAUAUGUAUAUAAUUUCACAUGAUUAUUUAUACCGAUUGAAUAAAAACCAAUCACUCAAGUGUUAUUAAUUUAAAACUUUUUAACCCCACAGUCCUCAAAGUAAUAAUUGAUAAAUAUAUGAAGACGUUUAUAUGAAAUUAAUGAAUUGCAGUUUAUCCGAUUUAUGGGUGCUAUUGAUAGUUUAAUGAAAUAAUGAUCCAAUAAUUUUGUUAUGCACACAUUUUAUACAAACAAAGUGACUUUUAAUCAUUUAUUUCUUGAUAACAUUAGACAGUCGGUAAAUUUUGAUUAAGAAAUAAUAUAUGAUAAAAUAAAUAAAUUAGGUUAGUAUUUCGUCAAUAAUAUAAUAUAUCGAAUAUUUAAUUAUAAUAUUUGUGUAUGUCGACUAAAUUAGAUCAAAUUAAAACUAACAUUAUAAUAUUGCUUCUUAUCAGUUUUUGAUAGUACGCAACAUAGUAAGUACAUACUACACACACGCAUUAUUUUUGUAGAGUUGUUGAUGAACCAGAUAAACUUUAUGCUAUAAUAAUGGUAACGAAUAGAAAUAUAUAUUAUCAAAACCAAGACAGUCAAACUCGAGAGUUGUUAAUCCAACUUAUUAAACAAAUUAAUAUGUAGUAGGUAUCUACCUAUUAUAGACUGAAAUAUUAUAUUCCAUUUUGAGCUUAUUUUGUAUUAUUAAUUUUAAUGUUUCUAUUAUUUUCAUAUGAAUUCCAACCAAAAACACGAAAUCGAAAAUAUAUAAAUAUAUAUUAAACACUUAUGUUGUACCUGAGUUAUCAGGGGUCUGGACCCCCCCCCCUCCCCUUACGUUCUGAUUUUAAAAAAAAUAUAGAGAAUGCCGAAAACCGCUCCUGGUUUUGAUAAUGGACCUAGGACCAUGAUUUCUGGUUGAAAAUUUGUUAAAAAUUUAAUCUUUUUAAUUAUUUAUUUAUGUAUAAAAAGCUUUUAGGGGAAGCGAUGCGUCUUAUAGCUCCCCCUAAAAUACACUACUGAAUAAAUUCAUCUUUACGUUCACGACAUAAAAAUUAAAAUAGACAAAUAUAAACAAUAAUUCGAUUUAAUUAACCUGAACUAAGUUAAUAGUUAAACAAUUUCAAAAAGAAUUUAUCCGUGUCAUAAAAUAACUUUUUUUUCAUAUCGGAAGGAAUAAAAAAAAAAAACGAAGUUUUAGAUUCUGAGCGGAAGGAUAAUGUGGGGUUACGCGAAGGGAGCGUAUUGAAAGUACAAUGAUGUUUAUUUUUUUUUCUGUGGACAACUUUUCUACUAGUAAUUUUACUCCGAUUUUCAAAUGUAGCAUUUUUUCUGAAAGGAAAUCUGACUGAGGUGGUACUUUAAAGUGGUCCUUUUUAUAAUUUUUCAAUUUUUCCAGUUUUCCCAGUAAAUGGAAAAAAAAACAUGGGAAAAUCGUAGAAAAAACAGGAAAAUUUAAGAAAUGUAUUAUAUUUUAAAUUUUUUAUUUUGUUUUUAUUCAGUUAAAAAAUAUUUGUAGACUUGAAGUUUUGAAAAAAAAUUUAUAUUUGCUUUAUCUAGACGUGAUCAAAUUUGAAAACAUGUAGCCAUUUUUGAGCUACUUAUAGACAUUUUAAUUUAACGGGGAAUUUUACGAUAAUAUAUAAUAUUAUAAUAUAAUUAUUUUACCAUGACAUAUAUAUAUUAUUAAAAAAGCAACAUUAUUAACCGAAUUCCACUCAGAAUUGUUUUUCCUUUGCAAUGGUUAAUCGUUGCAUACAGAUAUUUCCCCUCUAUCUUCCCAACUUCUCACCUACAACAGUGGCCCACCCAUCGUGCGAAGUUUGUCCGUCUUAUUUUAAUAACACAAAUAAUACCAAGAAACAAUUUGUAUUGAAAUAUAUACAAAAAUAACUUCAGCCCUUCUUCCCAGGGACUGAAGAUAUAUUAUUAUAUUUAUUUUUUCCCGAUUCAAAUUUUGUAUUUAUAAUAUUUAUAUAUUUGUCGUCAUGGGCGUUAUACAGGAAAUUCAUCAGGGAGGGGUAUAAUAAAAUCGAACACCAAAAAAUACUUAAAAAUAAAGUUAUAUUUGAAAGUGCAUGGGGGCCAGAUGUCCCGCUUACCUUCCCCCCCUUGUGGUUGCCCGUGUUUAUCGUGUAAGAUGACCAUGUAUAUUUAGCUAUUUUACGAAAUAUUAUGAAAACAACUAAAAUAAUAAAACAUAAUUACAUUUAAUUUCUAAAUAUAUAUUUUUAUUAGUUCUCAAACACAAUGAAAAUCGUAAAAAUGUCAAAAAUAUUAGUUCAUCUGGACAAAAUCGGAUUUUGUAUAAUAUUAUGUUCAACGAUUCAUGAAAAAGAAAAAAAAUACACGCUAUGUAACAUUUUAUAAUAAAUCUACUUUUUAUAGGUUUAUUAUAUUGAUAAACACUAAGCAAUUUUAUUUUGUUUUUCGUAUAAAAUACCAAAGUAGAACCCAAUAGGUAUAACCUAUUUUAAUGAAAUCGUAAUAUAGAUAUCAAUCAUAUAUUUUUAAAAAUAUUAGCUGUUUUGGUGUCAGUUUAUUUAGUUUACACUAAAUGCCCAUCAGUAUUUUCAUUUAUAUGAUAAAAAUUAUUGUUCUCUUGCGAAUUUUGGGGAUCGGAUAUAACAAAACAGUUUAAAUUUAAAAUCAUAUUGACAAUUGAUCGUGCGUCAGUUUUUCUAUAAUUUGUCCAUAACAUAAAGAUAUCGAUUAUAUUAAUCAAUUUGUAUGUAUUUUUUUGGGUCCUAGUAAAAAUUCUUUAAUUGAAUAUAGUUAGAGCAACAUCAGAAAUUCUGUGCAAUUCCGAGGAUUACAAUAGAGAGGCAGUUUGCAUGUAUUGUACGCACAAGAAAGCGAUAAAUCCAUUUCUUUUUCACUACAUACAUAAAUUAUUGAUUAUUAAUUUGUUUGGUCGGUUGACACUGAGCUAAACGAUAUUAUGUACGUCAUAUUUCGAACACAUGCAUCCAAGGUCAUAGCUUAAUCAAAUUUUCAGGUGUUUCAAAUUGAAUCAACAUUCAUCUUGAAAUCUUGAAAAUAAUAAAUAAUACUUGUGGACAAAUUUUUGGUAUGGGAGGGGUUAGAACCCCCACACCCCUCCCUUUUCAGAUACGGCAUUGCAUGCGUGUAAACACGCUCGUGAUAGGUGAAGUGAGGGGGACGUUAACGGGUUCGGUCUUAUUCACCGUCGCCGGAACGGAGGGUGACGAAGAGAAGUCUUAUAAUAGGAAUGAGCGGAGAAGUAGACUUCGGCGGCGGCGGCGGCGGCGGCAGCAGCGACGGCGACGACGACGACGGCCACCACCAUUUGACCUACAACAACGCUCGUAAAUCGUAAUAACGUAACUAAGAACUUUCUUUCCGUUCCCGUGUGAAUGUAGAACGUGACGUCACACAGCCGCGGACGCUCCGCGUUCCCUCGCGUCGCAGCCGCAACCGUUUACUCGGCGCGCGCCGCCGUCGUCCCGUCAUCGUACACUCGUACGUACGGGGUCGGGUCGACGAACUCUCUCUUCUACGCCCGGUCGGUAUUAUAAUAAUAAUAACGUAUACCUAAUGUAUAAAAAUGAUAUCGUUAUUAUUUACGCGUUGUAAUGUUGCCGUGAUAAACGUGUUUUCGUUGUACACAUAACGGCGGGCUUGUUGGUUGACUACGCGCAUCGCAUCGCCACAUCGGUCACGAUCCGACCGGUGAAAGCCUCGAGACCGCGAGGAAUGAAUGAAAAAUACAUUCGACAAACGAUUUAUCAGUCACUUGUGGCUUUUUUCGCGAUCUCUAACAAAUAGUGAAAAAAAAACGCGUUUGAAUUUCUUUUUAUACGUAUAGGUACCUAUAUUUUUAUUACGCGCAUUUUAUUUUUUUUCACCAUUUUCUCUUCGGUAUAGUGACAUUCAGUUUGCGCAUUACCGCGUAACAACGGACCGCUAUGCGAACGCACGAAAAAUGUGUCCGAUCCCGUCCCGGUGCAGCCGCGCGUGCAUACGUGAUCGCCAUCACCGCCGCCGCCGUAGAAUAAGACAAGAGUUGAUUGACCCGGAAAUUUGACGGUCGACCGUGUACACGGUGUGGUGUCUGUGACGUCUUCAUCACGCCCGUGUCAAUGUCGUCGGUAUUGUGCCGCGGCGGCGUAUGUCAGCGUGUGUUAAAAAAACAUCGGUCGGCACCGACGCUGUUUACCACGUACCUAUAGAACACAUGGUUGUACGAUGGGUGCAGCGGGGAAUUCAUUUAUAAAUUUUUGGCUUAUUGUUUUUUCUUUUUCGAUUUCCCUAAACGUGUUUUUGCGUUUUUUCCCAAAUGUCAAAUGCUACAACGGUAUACCAAAAUUAUCGUCGACUAGAAAAUAUAUUAUCAGAUGGAAAACUGACGUGACGUAGUUAGAUCGUCUUACCAUAAAAAUUGAUACCUUAAGUUAUUAUCUAAAAGCCCAAAUCAAUUGAAAAGAUUAUUCUUUAACGAGUUUUUUACAUCGGUUGUCCAUUUGUGAGACCGACGCGUAGUAUUAUUGUGUUGAUAAAAGAAAAGUAUUAUUUUGUAUAGUACUGAAAUUUAAAAUAUUACGUCUAUAUAUGGACUAUGGAUUGAUUAACAUUAAUUAAAGCAUUAUUAUAAACACGUAAAUGAAAAAUGCAAGCGUUCUGUUAAUGUUCAAGGACGAUGCAUCGGUAAUGUAUACAUUUAAUUCCUUAUAAUUAUCCUGCGAAUUAUCAUUUAAUAAUAUUAUCUACUCGAAUUAAAUUUCUAUUCUUAGUUUGAUAUAUUCGUAGAACAUACAAGGCAAAAUUAGUGUUUUUAGCAUAAUAAAUAAGUAAUGAAACGAAACGUACAAAAUUUCUAUGGUCUACAGAAAAUGCCAUCACAGAACCUAUAAUAAUAUUAAUUGACAGUGCAAUAAACAUUUUUGAAAUGGUGAACAAACCGGUCUAUACAGCUUUCUAAAAUAUACUCUGAUAACCGGCCGAGGUCUUUUGAUGUUGGGUUGUUUUUUUUUUUUCAAAAUCUUGUUCUUUAUCGUAACAAAAGAGUAAUACCUUUAGCAGCAACAGGGUUUACUGUGAGAUAAUAACUAUAUUGUGAAAAGGAGAACUUUGAAAAAAAAAAAACGUAGACGAAGAUCACAAAACCGGUUUCGACCUCGUACUGAAUACCGCAGCAGGUGAAUACAAAACGGGCGUGUACGGGAACGGCAGCAAACAAUGUGUUUGGGAUUCUCUCACGAACGCAGCGAGCGAGGGUUUGUUGUUUGUUGUGUUUCGGGUGCGAGGGAAAAGGUGACCUUGACAUUGUUGUUCAGCAUCCCCGGUUAUUCAUAUAAUAAACAAAUGUGGAAGGGGGAGUAGGGUAUAUUUUUAUUUUACGGUUCUCUCAGGGAGGGUGGUCGUCGCCGUCGGUACGGUAUCCUAUUCCGAGCUGCGGUAAACAAUAUUAUCCAUUGUUGUUACCGGGUUCAUGUUAUAUGCUACCUAUUCGUACAAUAUUGUAUCCGGAAACCGAGACGGCAUACCUAAUAAUAGAAUUUCGACACGUUUUCCCUUUUUUGUCCCAAAGGGUGAGGAGAGACGGUGUUACGGUAACCUCGUGUGCGCGGGAAUUUCUCGAAAAAUGCGCGCCAUCGCGGGUGGUAUGUACAAACGAUCGUGGGAAAAUAUAUUUGUACACGUUGUCGGUCUCGUGGUGUACUACCCAUGUAAAAUACCAUACAAAUGAUAUGUAUGUAAAGAUGAAAUAAGAACAAAAAUUAUAAUAUAAUAUCAUUGAUACUUGUUUACUGUUUCAAUAAUAAUUCUGUUCGUUUAUUAUGAAAACAAUUAAAUAAUAUUAAACUUUGUGAAAAGCUGCGGGCCCUGAUAUUUGGGGUCUGGGACAAAAUAGUCUUGAUUCUCCACGCUCGGGAUAAUCCAGAAAAGAUUAUGUCGGCGUCGACGUUAUCGGUAUUUUUUUGCUGUUUGUUUUUCGUACCAUAACAGCCGUUUGUUGACCAAUAAUUUAACGACGAGAUGUUACGAUAUUUUUAUUAACCAUCUGACGCCCACACCGCGUGCGUUACAAUAGUAGGAAUACGUGGCCGCCGCGCCGCCCGCGUGUCGCGUGUGUGCGCAUUUUGUUCACCGUUGCUUUGCGCGCGCAUAUCACCGAUAGCCAUGGCACGGUGAAGCGGUUUGUCUUUAUCGCGUGUGACGUAUUGCUCCCCUGCCCCUCCCGGACCAGACCGCCACUAUCACCGCCGUAGGCCUUAACAACACGCCGCACCGCCGUGUCCUCGCCGCGCCCCCCGGAUGAAUCAUACACCACGCGGAAGAGUAGUGUCGUGAGGAGGGCGGGGUGGGUUUCUCGGAUCAAUGAUAAAAAUAAUAUACGACGAUUACGGCGACGGUGUGUGUUCGUGCGUACGUACUGGAGGGUCACGUACGGGUUCUCGGGGAAUACGUCACGCACGAACUCCAGAAGGUGUUCAUUGGCCGGUACCCGAGGUUGGCAACGCUGCAGCCCGUAAGACGACUACACGCACACUAUCGUGGCUCGGCGGCUGGCUAUUCAGCGGGCGCACGCGCAUUUUACCGUCACUACCACCACUACCGUUCCCGCCUAACUCGUCGUUUGUCGGGUCGCCCCGCUCCGAUCACCACCUACCGACAUCGACGUCACUACUCCAUAUCUAUGGUCACUACUCGCUAGUCACUACGUUUGCGGCUGCUCAUCGCGUUUGCUGUGUAUUACGGUCUUCUGGUUUAGUUUCUGUUCGUACGUGUCUUCGUAUACGCGCUCGUUUUUUCCGAUUUUUUUUAUAUAAUUUUUUUUUUAUUCAUGGAUUAUUUUCGAGUGACUUUUCACGAAAAUCAAUUGAACUUAUUCGGAUUCAGUGCGUUGUUUUACGUGUAAAUAAUUUUUCUAACACGCGCGUGUAUUUUCGUCUCAACAACAUGCAAAUGAGUAAGCGACAACAUUGUUACCUGUGUGACUUGCCCCGCAUGCCAUGGGCCAUGUUGCACGAUUUUACCGAACCCGUGUGCCGUGGGUGCGUAAACUAUGAAGGCGCCGACCGCAUCGAGUUGGUAAUAGAAACGGCCAGGCAGAUGAAAAGGGCCCACGGAUUUCAGGAGACGGCGCGACCAACGGCCAGUAGUGGAUCAUCGGCCGCCAACUCACACCACCCGAAGAACUCACACCGGCAUGAAAAUGGCACAUUAGAGGUAGUGGGUCUGCCACCACAAGCGCACCAGUUGACCGCGCGACAGACGCAACAACCCCCGCCGCCGCCGCCACCGACCGCGGUCACUAGCCACUACGCAGCUUUACACCAUCGGCCUACGCUCAUGGAAUAUCCCGGUCGGCCCGGUGGUGGUAGCCAUGCCGGCGACCAUGAUGUGGCCAUGAGUCGGACGUCAGUGCGUUUACCACAAAGCCAACAGCAGCACAUGACCCAUCACAUUCCGAGCAGGGCCCAAACCGGCAGCCAGGGGCUUAAACGCGGGCUGAGUGCGCAGGGCGAUGACGACGACCAUCAUGGGGAGAGCAACAAACGCAUGAUGGAGGAACAGCAACAGAGACCGCCGUUACAGAGAGGCGAUUCACUACCAGCCGUCAGUCUCACCGUGCCGUUUGUCGAAAGGACGUUCAAAGCAGAACCAAAACAUCAGCCAAUCAGGACAGCGUCGUUCGAUACGUCCAACUUCAAGACGACCGGUAAGUGCAAUAUAUAGCUCGUAGAUAGUACGUAGUUCUUUUCCAUUAAUAACACCGUUACAAGUUCUUCGCUUUUUUCACUAUGCGCUCCUAACAUUAUUAUUGUUGUUAUUGUUUACGCGUAUUAGGACCAUGUUUUUUUUAAAUUUUUUUUUUCCUUGGUUGGCAUCAAUUUAUCAAUAUAUAUCGGAUAAUAUUCAAUUACUUACAUUUAAAUGAACUACAUCGUGCUUACCAUUUACCAGUGUAGUAAAUGGCGGUAGUUUUUUAUUUCUUCUAUUAAGGCGACGAAUGGAUUCAUUAUUAUCUGCUAUAUUACGGUGUGGUAGGAGCAUGGCGUAGUUGGUUCGACGAUAACACAACACAUACACACAAAUAUACCGUCGAUAAUAUUAUAAUAGUACGCCGGCUUGCCUGCGACGAAUGGACCGUGACGUCAUAGAAUCCGGUUCCCCGACCUGGUUCAACCGGCAGGCCACAAAAUUCUUUAGACGCGCUUAAUAUUUUCACCGUGGACACGGUUGUCACGGUAAUUCGCCUCCCUCUUGAUACCAAAAUCCAAUACGUUUUUAUUGUUGUUAUUUUGUUUUUCUGUUACGCGCCGUAUAUCGUGGGCGGGCUGUCGUCGAUAGAUUUGGCAACGUCAAUAUAUUGUUAUACGCUCGUCUAUGACGUCACGCAUGUACACGGCGAUACGGUACGCGUGCGCAAAACAUACCGUACAACUAUCGCUCAUCGGUAGAUAUUCGGUCUUCCUCCCCGUCGUCAUCGUGCCGCCUUCAUCGGUGAUUGAUUGUAUGCGGGCGGCGGCCUGCAGUGCAUUUUCGUGUGCGUUUCGUUUUAUUCCACCCGCCCGUGACACAUGCAUUCCUAUGUACCGGUAGGGGUGGUAACCGGCAAUGACCUAUUAAAAGCGAAAUAACACGUGGGCGAAAAACGGCGGUUAAAGCAAAAUAUAUGCCAACCCGAGCCAAAAAUUAAAUAACAGUAAUAUACAGUUAGAUAACGGAUUUUAUGGACAGCACAAUGUCUGUUACGCGUAAAACUAAUAAUAUACAAUAAUGAUAAUAUCUCUGAGAAACUAGAUAGUUAGUACUUAAUCUUUUUUUCUUUCAAAAGAAUACUGAGUUAGUAGUAGAUAACUACUAUGCGGGUUGUUUUGUUUUUGGUACUAUAUUGAACGCUUUGAGUUGAAUGCUUUUUAACACGUGGCCUGUUUUUUUUUUUUCAUUUUCUUUUUUGUUUUUUACUGAUCGCCCCCUUGUGUGCGCCAGGUGGAUACGCAUCAACCGCCGCGGCACAACAGUGCAUGACCAAUGGCAACGGACCGGCGGCCGGAUCGCCACUGGCCGCCGGCCGGACAACCGGGUCGCCGACGGACGGUCCACCGUCAAUGCAGACAAUGGGUGGCGCCAGCGGUGGCCAGCCGGGUGGGCAGAACCAACAGAACGGGCCCAACAACCCGAUGGCGGCGCUGAUGAGCGUCGCCGAUAACCUGCCGCCCGGGUCACCGCAAAGCGCCCGCGGCAGUCCGCCUGGCUCGACCGGUCCUAAUGCCCAAGCGCCCGGCGGCCCCAGGUCCGCGUCCCGAGGAUCUCAACACUCGCCAAACUCCACUGGUAUGUAUUUUACACGCACACGACACGAUAUUAAUCGUUGCCGUCGUCCUCCCCAACCCCUCCGCAUUCGAAAGGGACGGCGAGUCUCCCUCGUCAUGUAUUAUUUAUAAAUCUCCACGAGAUCCUUUUAAGUCGAAAAUCUACGACAUCUUCAAAAAACCGUCAUCAUUCGCAUUUUAAUCCUACUAUAUUGUAUUGUUUUGUUGUUAUGCCCCCUUUCAUCCGCCCGCCUAUUAGACGCAAACUGUAUAAGUACUAGAUUAUUCUUUUAGUGUUGUAGUACCUACUGCCUGCUUUUAUUUUACUAUUAUAGUAGUUUAAAGUGUUAUCUCUAUCACUUUUAUUAUUAUUAUAUUUUUAUUGUAUUGAUAAAAAAAAAACGCGCAUUAAGUGGGCUAAUAGGGGCGUCCGGGUCAGAUAAGUGCGCUUGUACAUCUCUCUCACAUGUGCACUAAGCUCGUAUUAUCAAUCUGUGCAUGUGACAGUUUGUUAGAUUACUCGUAUUUAUAGAUCGAUAGCUUUCCGGUAUGAUUAUCGUCACGCACGCACAUAGUUCAAGUAUUAUUAUCGAAGUAUAUAAUAUUAUGAUAAAGUCGAAAAUAAUACCGUAUCUUAUCGGCGCCAUCGCCGUCAGCACAAUAUUGUUUGGAAAUUCUGUUAAUCCAAUUAAAACUGUAUUAUUUGUUUAACUGCUCGUACUAACGACCGCAUAAUGUCUCAAUAGCCCGUCGUCUGUUGUUACGGAACCUGAGCGGUAUCGACGCAAAUAUAAUAUAAGAUAACCAAAAACCUAGUACGUUUCGAACAAAAUUCGUCGGAAUUUGAACAGGUUAUUUCACUUCCCGUUUAUAAAAAAAUAUAUAAAUACGAUCGGCCGAGCGAAAGAUAGAUUGUAUCUGUAGACUAAUUUUCGUCUACGCGACAUUCCAACGAUUACGUUCAGAGCACGUAAGGAUUAUUAAUCAAUAUAGAAUGUGUGGUUUAUUGAUUACAAAACCGAAUAAACAAUAAUAUUAAUAUGUCGCCGGAUUUCAUUAUUGAAUAACUCGAAAAUAGUUUUAAAAAAUUUUAUAACAACUGUUCAAUAAUAAUUUAUUUCUUUUAUCUCUUAAAUACUGUAAAAAAGAAAAAGUGAUGGAGAUUUUUUUUUUUUUUUUUUUUUUUAUUAUUUGAUAUGAGCGUGUCCCUAUCCGAAUAAUAUAAUAACAUCGAUUAGUGAGUGGCCAGUAGGUAAUAUUUUUCUAUUAGUCGAAAUAUUAACGCCGUGUCGGUUGAAAUUAUAAAAUUAUUUUUACUUUAUUCUCGUAGGCUUAUAAAUUAUAAUUAUGCUAUUUAUUUCCAAAGUUGUAAAAUUGUUUUUUAUUUUUUAAUUUUGUGGUGCAUUCGACGGGCCAAACGCCAAACUUAACUCGUUUCGUAUCUUAUUUUUUUAAAAUUCAAAUAUUAUUAUAAUAGCCACGCAUGCCGUCCUAUUAUUUUUUUAACUACCUACAUUUUUGCUUGAAGUAGAUUUGUUGAUUUGCUGUUGUUUUUUUUUUUUUAACAAGUCGCGUUUUGUAGGCGGUUCGUCCAGCGGACGUAGAUCAUCAGGCAGCCGUCACGUCAGUUCCACAACAGUGACUUCGAGCGAGGCCAACGGCGGUGGAGGUGCCGCCGGACCUGGUGCACCCGGCGGUGCCUCUGGAGGUAACGGUCCUGGUGGUGGAGGGCCCACUGCCAAUGGUACCAGCGCAGGAGGAGGCCCGUUAAACGCAACAUCCGCCCCUGCCGGUGGUAGUAACGGCCCCGACGGGGUUCCGGGUACUCCUAUGGAUGCUGGUGCACCUACUGUACCGCUUGUCCCACCACCCAUGCCGUUGACAAAUGCGUCAGCGACCGCAGUCGCCACCAACACGGCCACACUCAAGUGCACAUUGUGCCAAGAGCGAUUGGAAGACACGCACUUUGUUCAGUGCCCGUCCGUUCCUCACCAUAAGUUUUGUUUUCCGUGCUCGAGGGAUAGUAUCAAACGGCAAGGAGCCGGUUCUGAAGUGAGUUCAUCUGAUAAAAUUUAUUCUCUCCCUUUCUUCAGCCCUCUAUAUUUGUUUUUAACACGUUUUUAUUAUUUUCUUAGGUCUACUGUCCGAGUAGUGAGAAAUGCCCACUGGCCAAUUCUAACGUGCCCUGGGCCUUCAUGCAAGGUGAAAUAGCCACCAUACUGGGCGAAGAAUUUAAAGUGAAAAAAGAACGAGACUCAUAAAUAUUAUAAAAUAUAUAUUAGUUAUAUUAUAUUUAAUAAUAUAAUUGUUUUGCAUAUAAAAAUACACAUAUGAAACGCCACCUACGGAUCCUAUCAGAUUAUCAGACACUAGGCCUGGAAGGAUCAAGGCCCAAUUGUAAAAAAUAUGCAUUUAUUUACUAAGUUUCUGUGUAUGUGUUUGUAUAUAUAUUUAUAUAUAAAUCUUUUUUUCGUUUUUAUGUUAAAAUGCCAAUAGUUAUUAUUAACGGUAUUGUAUGCCCGUAGGGGCAGUCCUUUAUUUUUAGGCAAAAUUUAGAAUAAUUUGUAGCCUUGUUACGUUCUUGUUUAUCUUUCGUUUUUCUUUGAAACACGGUCGGUGUCCAUUGUUGUUGACUAACCGACCAAAUAUAUUAUUAUCAUAACUGAAAGAAAACAAAAGGAGGCAAUCUUUUUGUCGUCAAGACUGACUCAGGUCGUGUAUGUAUUUAGAAUUUGUAAUUUAAAAAAAAAAAAAAUAAAAAAAAAUUUGAUAAUAAUUAAGGAAAACGGUCCUAAUAGACUGUGCUAGUCAAAAGCGAAUAUGUAUAAUUGUCAGUGUGUAUGUAUAUAUAUAAAUAUAUACGAUUAUUAUUACAUAUAUUAUAUAAAUAUUAUUAUAUCAAUAUUUUAGAUGCACAAAAUGUAUAUUACUGUGUUUUGUAGCAUUAAUUAAUUAUGUACCUAUAUUGUAGUUAUAAUAUUAAGGCUGGUAGUGAUGUUUUGAAAAAACUACGUUUGACGUUUUUGUUUUUCAAAUUGAGAUGUCUGUAAAGGAACUCACAAUCUCGCUUGUAUGCAUCUCAUACAUGUACGUUUUGUGGAAAAGAAAAACCUAUCGUACCAGAUUUUGUGGUUUCUCGCCCUUUCGCAUUUUCCCAUUAAAUUAUGUUUUCUUUUUUAUCUGUAAAGACCCAAUUCGGUAAUCGAAGAACAUUAUGUAUAAUUUAUUACCAGUGGUAUAAUACACGGUUAUAACCACGUCAAAUAAAAACUACCGUUUUCUCUAAACACAUGUGAUAAUAUUAAUUAUUAUUUUAUGGAUAUACCUAUUCAAUUUCUUGUUAUAUACUAGUUUCUGAGUAGUCUUUACCGCGCUCACUAGAGUGAGACCAGCGUUUUCAUAAGAUAAAACAAUAAUAAUCGUCCACGUGCACUGCGUGCCCGAGAUUGGGUUCCGUCCAAAAUACGUCCUGACGUGCGCGCUUCACGCACAAUGGAUAUCGUUUACUCUUGCGCGUGGUCCUUCGGGGCCGGAUCGAUGAAAGUCCCAAGGUAUGUGUGUAGUGCGUGUCGGCGGUACCGACCCCCACCUAACAAUUUUCAAUUGCUCACGCCGAGACGGCGAUUUUCAACGAGUGGGUUUUCGACGAGAUUUUCUCGGCGCAACAGUAGUGCUGCGCCGUCGUCGUUACCGGAGUACGGUCGCCGAAUGUUUCGUGUCGGUUGUUCACGAACGACGGCUGGUCACCAUCGAAACCGACCGAUUUUUUGGUGUACGGGUUGCCAAGACCGUUGUGCAGAAUGUUAAUAAUAUACGGGCGGGGUGUUCCGCGCCGACGACAGACUCGCCGCGAUGUUGUCGUAUCAUGACGUCAUCGCUUAAAUUUCGCAUACGAUAAUAUUAUGGCUAAACUUUAUAACAUAUAACCAUUGAUUUUAUAAUAUAAAAUCGAUGGUAUGACUAAUAACGACGGGUACUCGUAUACAUAUUAUGAGAGAUGCCGUAUUAUAGUGUAUAUAUAACGAACGCGGCCCGAACGAGAGAGGUAUUUUAAAUCUCUUGCCGCGGUGGGAAGGUAAGGAGGGAAGGGGUACAUUGUAUUGAUCGCCGCUCCUACUGUUCCGACUAUUGUGUAUUGUGCGUAUUACGAAGGGUCGCCGCCGGAUGGCGUGCAGACGGCUGCGGCGGUCCCUUUCGGGUCUGUUGCUGCCGCCUUUCUAUACAUACGGUAUUAUACGUAGGCACCGUACAUAUACGUAAUCGGAAUACGUUUAAACCGUAUAACCGGUAUUUUAUUUAUCCUCUUAUCCUCCGCGUACCGCGUUACGAAUAAUCAUUUUAAAUUCUGCGUGUAACGUAAAUAAGCCAUUACACGUUUUCUGCUUUCUCGAAUGAAGUUUUUUCGACAAACAUUCCGAUUUUGUGCACACCGUACGUUAAAAAGAUGCGGAAUUCUUCACGUGUUUUUAAUUUGAAAUAAAUGAUAUUUCAAACGGUUUUUUUUUUUUUUUUAUACAAUUUAAAAAACCGAUCACACGAUAAUUUAAUACGUCGAGUUUAUCUCGUUGAUUUCUGGCGGGAUACCUUGGCUACAAUGGGAAUAAAAACAAGAUCAAUGCUAUAGUAUAGGUACACCGCCCAGAUUCUCUUUUUGAUUCGGAAAGUUUAUCUUUACUUUCGGCGUAUAAAUCAAAUUAUUUUACGAUGAUAUAGUAAUAUAAUAACAUAGGUAUAAACCUUUCACACUUUCCACAUAUGAACCACCCACUGUUCAUCCGUAAUACUAGCACGUCCGGCCUUUAUAUUAUAAUAUUUCAAAUGAUUUUCGUCCCGUUCGAACAUUCUAUGUUAUAUUCAUAAUCUGAAUCGUCCGUAUUUCGCGCAGAGCAGCACCGUAGUAUGCUACCGGAGUACUUAUUUGAAUAGGCUAGAAUCAAAACCGAUUGGUUACAAAAAAUGCAAGGAAAUUGAGUUUUCGAAAUAAACGUUUUAUACGAUUUCUAAAGGUCAAUCCAAUUCCGUAAUUAUUACAAUACUUUUUAUUAUCACAUAACUCUGAUGUAUUUUUCUUAUACUCGUCCUAGGAAUAUUCGUAUUCGUCAUUUGUCUCUCGGGCGGCAAUUACCGCGCUUUUUACGUUGUCAUAACGUGUCAUCGCCGAACGCGCGUAUACCAUCAAUAAUUAUAAUAAGCCAUUAUAUUUUUUACGUGCCAUAUUUCAGUAUUGACAAUGUUUUUUUUUUUUCUGUAACGACCUUGUUUUACAAGGUAUACCUGAAUAUUUAAAAACGCACUGCGACUCGUAAACGUUCGAUUUGUUGUGUUUAUAUUAAAACCGCCCAUCGCUGGGUUUAACAAACGCGUAGAAUCGAGACAGUAAUAUUUUUUGGAUGACGAAAUAUUGUACGCAAAUUAAUUUUGUUUUCGUUUGAUAUUGUUCGUGAUAUUACCAACAAACGUUCUCGAUUUACUUGAUCACUUACUUUUAAAAGCUAUUAUUCCGACCGCGAUAAUGUUUUCAUCAAAUCGGUUAUUUAUACAAUUUUUCGAAGUAAAAUACAUAAUAUACAACAAUACACAUGAUAUUAUUAUUAUGAAUAACACUGUGUGUUACGACUUUUGUGUCGCUAUUAAAACGGACGGUGCUGACCAAUAAUUAUAAUAUUACACUAUAAUUUCUUUUGGGCCCAUCGGUCUGUCAUUGGAAUUUGCGGACGCUCAAUUUACUCAGAACACGUAAAUUUUCCGAAUUUUCAUUCGCCGGGCGGAUUACAAAUUGUUGAUGUUUACACGUUUCGUUAACCCGCUCCUUAAAAAGUAGUAGGGAACACAAAGACUCUAAAGUCGUGCACCAUUGUCCGCGCGCGCCACAAACGUAUUCCGUUGAUCGGAACGUCGUCCGUAUUUAACAACGUGUUCUGCGCACAAACAUUAAUUGCUUUAACGUUUCGCACGCCAGUGUGUGCCGCGGCGUACUUUACGAUUGAACGAUUUACACCACUAGGAAAUUGCAGUCGAUGUAAAUUGCAGAAUGCGCGCGAGGCGUGAUUGUACGGUUUUCGUCGAUGACGGGAAAUUGUUUAGAGUAAUUCGUCUGAUGGCAAACAAAUAAAUAAAAAUAUGUUAACAUGGUUUUCAAUAUUUUACAGCCGAAUAUAAUGAUUCAAUAGUUACUUAUCGUACUCUUUGAUCUGUUCCUAUAGAGUAUAGAUAGUUAUAUUGUAUACGAACAAACAUUAGUAAAUAUGUAUACGGGUAAGCCACUGUUGUAGGUGAUUUAGGAAGGUUAUAUACAGGAUAAUUUUUGCGCAACGAUUGCCCAAAACGAAAGACGAUUCUGAGCGAAGUUUAAUUAUUGGUUGAUCGUGAUAUGAUAAACUUAUAUUAAAAAUGUUAUUAAUUUCUACCUAACUACAAAAUAAACGAAAAAGUUUCAGUGUUUGUUUGUCUCAGAUUUUAAAAAUUUUUUAUAGAGCCAAAAAAGCGUGAUCUACAAAUCUAAAAAUGGAACGCGAAAUACCGUGAUUUUUGCGAUUUUCAUCAAAAUUUGUACUUUCAACGCUUAUAAAAAGACGAUCGCGAACACAGAUUUUCGAUAUUUUCAUAGUGCCAUAAAGUGGUGGCGUGAGUUUCUUUUUCCUAUGUUUCAGUUAAAGUGAAAAAAAAAAUCUGAUACAACCCAAACCCAGAAGAAUCAGGAACUGUAACUAAUGGGCUAUUGUAUUUGACGGUCUUGUACUUCAUCAUUUUCGUUAACGAAUUCAUCAAAUAAUUUUAUGAGGUGCCACACAUACCUACGCCCGCCUAAAUUGGCCAUCACGCCGUCAGUGCACACCGGUGCCAUAAGAACCACUUAUGAAUCUUAGGUCAAAUCGUCGAACAUUUUUACAGAAGACCGAAAAAUUGUCUGCACUUUUUGAGUUAAAUCCAAAUAAAAUUUAAACAAAUAAAACAUCAUAGUACAACCAGGACAUUCCUCGCUACGCUCAGAAUCUAAAACGUUAUUAAUAAAAUACCGUAAAUUUUCAGUCUACAUUUUGACCCUAGUUGUGGCUAUAACGUUUCUAUAAUAUUGGUAUACCAAAAGCAUACACGCCCGGUUUAAAAAACACAUUUAUUUAUUAUUAUACAAUGUAUACGCAAGUUAUGAUAUGUUUACGGCCGUUCAUUUACGACGUCCCGCCGGCUAAACGUCGUCUGGCUGUUUGUUGGGUUACGUCACCGCCAGAUUUUUGGCUUUCCGCCCCGAGAUUCCAUUUAUAAACGGUACGCGCUGGUGCGUUGUGUACCUACUUAUAUACGGGGCGGUCUUUCGUUUCGUUUUAUUUUUUUCCCCUCGGAAUUCUUGGCGCGACCUGCAGGGGGACCCUCUCGGCGAAAAUAGACUCGCGUCUAAUUAUAGACGGACAGCAGUCAACCUCGGUCAGGUUUGACGUGGAUGCGUGUAUUGUACCGCGUGCGUGAAAUUCGUGAACUUCGCAGACACACGUUAAUAUAACGGGCGAGUUUGCCCGAAUCUGCACCACGUGCACGAUUAAUGGCCGAGGUGCCGGCGACGGCUAUAUUGCUAUAAUGAUGAUUUGUAUCACGUUCAGACUGUACGGCUCGUGUCGCUGUACUCUAAUUAUCGAGAAAAAAAAGAAUAUUAAUAUCAGCCAUGGUCAACACCCAUUAACACGCAAUCGGGCGGACAUCAACAGGAUAUUGAACGGAUUCAAUACGCUCAAAAACCUGUCGAUCGUUUAAAAUCUACCGCAGUCCGUACGGUCUCGCAUAACACGAUACAUCGAAUAUAAUACGAUCGUGUAGGUUUUAUCAUUAACGUUUUACAAAUUACAAGUGUGUAUUGUCGCGAAUUUCGAGCCGACUGCAGUGUAAACAAAAAAACACAUUGUGUACGUGUCGGCCACAUGUUUGGAGUCGGUACACAAUUAUUAUUGUCACCGUAUUAUAAUAUUAUUGGUUAUCAAAAGUUAUACGUUUAUAAUAUUAUAUUGCAAGUGUAGUAGUAUUCCAAAUAAUUUUAUUACGCAAUUCGUAGCUGCACUACUGUCGCGUGUAAUGUUUGUUUUAAAACACGACAAAAACAAAAAUAAUAAUAAUAAUAAUAAUACCACGUCGGCGUUUGACCGGACGAGCUGGGGUUCACCGUUACCGACGCCGGCGAAACGUUUACGGUGAUUGUUUUCGUGUCGUGAAGUCAGACAUCUACGAUCCGUCUAAUAUCGGCUUAGGGCAAUCAUUAUUAUUAAUAUUAUUAACAAGUGGGAGACACGCUUUUGUCACGGAAAGUCUGUCGGAGGGUAACUCAGCCGCGUCGUCGUCGUUCCACGGGAUCAAUACGGCUCGGCGGCGGCGUACGGAAAAACCGUCGGGGCGUCUUGUAGUUUGUAUAUACAGAGUGUUGCCGUAGCGUAACGUCAAUGUUUCUGAUGAGCCACGGCUCCAUCCAAAUUUGGGAGAGUGGAUAAUACAAGAUAGCUGAGAUAUCUUUCCGAAUAGUGUAAUAAGCGAAUCAAUGAUAUUACGAAUGGACGGUUUAAUGAGAAAAAGGAAAUUGUCGAUAGGUACCCACGUCAAUACGUCAUAAAUCAUAAUAUUACACUUUUUUUCAAAAAAAGUAUACGGUCAUUGGGCCACUAGAAUUGUACAUUUAUAACAGGUAGACCCGGUAUUGCCCAUUAUAUUUUAAUACAUUUUAGAUUUGACAAAAGGCAAACCUCUAUUUAACACCACUAAUUUAAACCAUACGACCGUUAAAAUAUGUUUAUAUUUUAAUAACUAUUAUAUAUAGUGACUACAUAUGAGUAUAACCUUACGCAAUAUACAUAUUAUUGUAAAAUGUAUACAUGACGGCAUAAUAAACAUUUUUUUGGAACAAAAGUUUGUUAGUACACAUAUCUUGUGGAACAAAAUGUUAAGUUUCGCUGUCCCUGUUGCGACAAUAAUGUAAUAUUAUUUGCGAUUAGAGUAAAUAAUCAACAAGCGUAAUUCUAUCUCAAACUGCGCAAAUAUGGCGCAGAUCUUUCGCAGUCUCUUGUUUGGUUUAUAAUUUUUGACGAUAUUUUAAAUUAUGCUAUUAAACAUAAUUUGUUAUUACGAUUUACUUAACGGGUUUCAGAAUAAUUUUUAUCGAUUUCCGAGCUUUGCUUAUGCACGCACACACGGUUUUAAAACACGCCGCGUUUCAUCGUCUGGAUAUUUUACACUGACAAAUUAUUAUUUAUAAUCGGAGAUAUUACGUGGGCGCCACAGUAAUAUUUGCUGUCUCUGUCCAUCUCACUGGAAAUAUUGCAAAAAUGUGUUUUCGUAGGUACCUUACUUCUAAUAUUACUCGGUAUUUAAUAGGCCUAAAAUAAAAAUGACCAAAUAAAAUACAAUAGAAAUUACUAUGCUUCCACUACGAGAUCUUUUGAUAGAUAUUCGUUACAUUGAACUUUUCAUCUUGAUGGUAAUUUCGUAUCAUAAAUAUAUGAAAAAUUCCACAAUGUGAAAGCAUAGUAAAUGCUUUUAAUUUUAUGAAAUAAUUUUUAUUUUAGGUCUAUUAGAUCCUGAGUAGGUACUAUUGGAAGUACAAAAAUAUAUUUUGAAUACAUUGUACGAUAAAAAGAGAUAACAAAUGUUACCUAUAUUAUAUCGAUAAUAUUAAAAAAGUAUUAUUUUAAUCUGGCAACCAUGUGAUAAUGGUAACGUUAUUCUACUGUUUUGUUUGGACGUAGAAAAACAGAAUAAGACACAUGCAUUGUAGCUACUUUGUUUACGGAACAAUAUUAUCACUUAUUGUUAAAAUAUUGCGAUGUCUGCUGUUUUUUUUUUUUUUUGAAACACAUUACCGUUUUCAAAUCCACAUAGUGUUUAUUAACAUCUGGAGAGCAUGUAAAAAUAUGAACAGUGUAACGUUUGAGGACCAUUCUCACCAACAUAAACUUUGAUUUUUGGAGUUUAUAAGAGAACUUACCAAUAAAAUUGUGAUCUAUCAUAAUAAUCUAAUAAUAAAUAAUAACAAUAAUAAAAUCUGUUAUCGGCCAUAAACUCAGUUUGAAAAUCAGAUAAACGAGAUUGUUUAUGUUGGUGAAAACGGCCCUGAAUUUCAACAAAAUUAUACAAUAUAUUAUAGUCGCUUGAUUAUUAUUAUACUCUUUAAUACCUUGUCAUUAGUGUGACACUGUAAUCUACCUGAUACGUUUCUAUGGAAUAUGAUAUUAAAAACCAUAUGUUGGUAAAAUAACAUGAACAUUUAUUAAUUAACGGAUUCGACGUUUUUACAUAGAUUAUAGUUCAAAUAACAUUUUGGUCUAGUUUUAUACGAAACACAUGAAUUAAGCGCGUACACACGAGAGCAUAUUCGCGAUGAAUGCUUACGCAUGUUUGCGUGCGACCCGUUGUGCAAUCGUGUGAACAUGUGCCUGAGCGUUCGAAUCCAUUCGUCACUUCGUCAGCGUUCGCCGAAUGGGUUACACGGCGAGGCACCGACUGUUGGCAUUUGGUUUAUGCUCAAAGGAAUACCGCGAGCAUUCGAGUCACCGUGUGGACUGUUAUUUUGGUUUUUUGUUGUGCACAUUAGAGCCCGCAAACAUUUUUUUUUUGGUAGGGGAGGGAGCGCGAGAUUUUAUAUUUUAUACUUUAUGCAAUUUACAAUUCGAUAAAAAUAACUAGACAAAUUAUUUAAAUAUGACAAAUGUAUUGCCAUAUUAAAAGAUAAGGGAGGGCAAACGCUCCGUUUUGAUCCCCUCUGGGCGCCUAUUGUUGUGCGUCGUAUAGAAACUAUUUAGGAAUAGGAGCGAAUUGGUCAAUAUUGUUCGAGACCCAUUGACGUCUAAUAUUCUGUACACACGAACGAACAAACAAAAUUAAUUUAAAUGCUCACAUGGUCAAUCCGUGUCAUAAUCAAAACACAAACAAAUUUAAAAUACCGAAAUAUUAAUGCCGUAUACUUGUCCGUUUUUAUUUUACAUCGGUUGGAGGGGAGAGUAUUGGAGUAUCAUUUGUAUGUCGGUACGGCACGUGGCGUGUUAAUAAUGCACCAUCUUCUCCAACCUAAAUUUAAAAGUGGAAUAUCUCGUCAACGGUUCGACAGAAAUCAAAAAUUUCAACACAAACAUUUCUUUUAACUAAUAUUCCAUCUAUUCAUAGAAUUUUUAAUAUAGGUUGCCAUUUGGAAAUCAAAAGUAGGUAGUGGUUUUACCCCCAAAAAUAAGGGUGACAAAAAAUAACAAGAAUUUAUAUUCAUGUUAUUUUGUAUUGGUAAUAUAUAAGUAAAAACCAUAAACAAAAUAAGUUAAAUAAUAAUACAAAUUUGGUGACAUUCAAACUCUUAUCAUAUCGAUUGGAAUUUUUUAAAUUUAAAUCAAAUACGCCUAAUAAGAAGUAUUUUUUUUUUCAGAAAAAAAAAAUUAUCCGAAUCGAACCAUUUUACGGGGGCAGUUGAGAACUCUGUAAAGCACAUUUUUGUGCAAAAAACAGGCCGCAUGUUAUGAUCUCCUUUAUGAAAUACCUACGUCCUACGGUAUUAUGCAUUCAGGUUCUUUUUAAAGAUACGCGUACAUUUUGAUAUUACUGGUGUUCUGUUUUCUGUUAUCGAAUCGAUCGUUCAAGCAUUUUGACGUCUGUCGAGUGCAGGUUCGCAAAAUAUAUGGGAUUUUGAGUUCGGUUCGCGUGUGUAAAUUGUGCGUAGGUGUACAUCAUGGUGGUCCAGGGAGAAGAGACGACGGCAUUGUAUUAACUCGUACCUACUAUGACGUCACUGUUAUGAAAAAGGGGUAGAGGUAGAGAAAGAGAGAGAAAUAACGCGGUCGUUGUGUGGGCGGUUUUAUUGAUCGCCGGUCGAACCGCGAAAACUUCUUCCGGUCGGAGGUCAAACCCGGACGUUGCAUUGCGAGAGUCGUCGGUCCGCGUUUGCGCGCUAACCUCCAAAAUAUUAUGUUCGUGCUGCGGUAUAUUACCACAGACUCAAUGUAAAAUACGUCACGUGACCUUCGCACGAAACGACCGGCUAAAAUAUAUGUGGUGCUCAUUGUUUAUGUACUUUUAUGGUCGCGAUUAAUAUUAUAAAAAGUAGACGCGAAAAAAUCGCAAACUCUGCUUUACUGACGAUUUUAUGUCUCUUAUAUGUUUUUAAAUAUUUUCACGUGUUUCGGAAUAAAAAAAAACAAUUUUAGAUUUGGAACGUAGUGAGGGAUCUAUUGGUUUUACUGCGUGUUUUUAUUUAUAUCUAUAAGCAAUUUUUCGAAAAGGAAUCUUGCUCUCAUGUUUUAAGUGUACUGGCGUACCACCUUUCCCGAAAGGAAAUUGUGUACAGUUGGUGCAUUAGUUCUUGUCAUUUUUUUGAUUUUCCAGGGAGUUAUCGAAAUAAUUAAGAAAAAGCCGAAAGAAAAUUAUAGGUAAAACAACAAAUAUGUACAGCACGUCACGGCGUGACCGUUUUCAUUAUUUUUAUUAUAUUUAUAUGAUGUUUUUUUUGUUAAAUUUUUUUUUCAUUUAUUUUAUCAAGAGUAUCGUGUUUUGAUUUUCUUUGUAGUUUUUUUAAUAAUUGAGAAAAAACAAAAAAUACUUAAAUAGAACGAGACAAUUUUCGAAAAUAAUUAUUUUAUUUUAAAUUUUGUUUUUUAUGUUACUCAGUUUAAAAUAUUUGUAGAAACGUAAAAUGUUAACAGAAACGUAUAUUUAAUUUUUCUAGUUGUAGUAAAACUUUUAUAAAAUUUAAGCUAUUUAUAGAGAUUUUACGUAAUUUUUAUUUGGUAGGUAUACUCAGUGAAUAAAAUGAUUAGACUAAACAGAAAUGUUUGACAAUUUAAUAGGAGAUUCAUUAUAAGUCCUACUUAGAGGUAAAAAAAAAUUGAGUUUGAUGUAGUUUUAUUUUUUAUAAGAGUUUUAAUAUCAAACUUUGACGAAGACCGUAAAUAUUACGAACUUUAAAAAUAUUUAUGAUUGAACUUCACUCCAAAUCGAUUUUGUUAGCAAUGGUUUAUCAAUAUUUACAGAUAUAAAUUAAAUAACUUUAUGUAUCCUACCUUACCAGCUUUCUACUUUCAACAGUAGCACAUCUGUCUCCAGUAUCAACUGUGUCAGCUCUUUUUCCUUUUUUUCCACUAUUGUCUAUUUUGUUCUGGGGUUUAUCAAAUAUAUAGUGACUUCUCUCCAUAAUAUAGCAUACUUAGUAUUAAAAAAACGUUCAUUGAGAGGACAUUAUACCCGCAUUUAGUGUCUCAGUCCAACUACCGGGUAACAUACAUAAACAAUGUUUACGCAGAAUAAAUAAAAUUAGCUUAAUUUUGAUUUUAGAGUAAAAGUAUCUAUUAUACAAUUUAUAGAGAACAAUAUUUUGGAGGGAAUGUCAUAAUGUUUUUGUAUUAUUCAAAAUAUACAGCUCGAUAUAAAAGUUACAAAAACCUUUAUUUUUUUGCUUUUUUAAAUAACUGUAACUUUUUUAAUGAUUCAUAAUUCAAAAACACCAAUGGCAUUCCCUCCAAAAUAUUGUUCCCUAUAAAUUUCAUAAUAGGUAAUUUUACUCUGAAAUCAAAAUUAAGCUAGUUUUACUUAUUCUGCGGAAGUAUUGUUUUUGUAUGUUACUCAUUAGUUGGAUUGAGAUAGUAGAUGCGAGUAUAACGUCCUCUUAAAAAAAAUUAUAAAAUAAUAAUAUAUUUUAAUCAUUUUAUUAUUUUUAAAAAAACAUUGAAACACGUAAUAUUUCAAACACUUAUUAUUAUUGCCCGAAUGGUCUACGAAAAACCAAUUUAUAUUUAUAAAUUAUUUCAUUAUGUAGUUGUAAGGUAAAAAUGAUGUAUGUUUUUUUUUCCAGUCUUGUUCUAUAUAUUAUAAGAACUUAUAAUUGGUAUUUUGUUCACAGCGACCACGGUAAUAACAAAAACGAAAAUUCUACCUCAGUGUCUGCAUAUCCACGGCUAUUUGAUACGUUUUCAACAACUAUGGUACCUAAUAUUAUUUUGAAUUUACAUUUUUUGUUUUCACAUGAAACACAUAUGAUUAAAUACAUAUUUGAUGACUAUACUGUUUAUUGUACACAGAAAGACGCGUCGAAAAAAGACUUUGUGAACACGUGUUUGUUGAUCAACAAAGCAAAAAAGACUGCCAAAGAAGCCGAUCUAUAUUUAAGGAAGAUUAACGAACAAUUUUUACCAAAAUUUCGGUCUGCCGACAUUACUAGUGACAUAGGUCAAAGGUUGUUACAUCAGAAUUCAAUUUUAGUAAAAAUUACGGACUAAGGAUAGAUAUAAUGGAUUGAUAUCAGGUGUAAUAUCUGUGAACCAAAACUGCUUCGCUAGCGGGAAGUGCCAGGGGGUUAUAAAAUUCGAUCGAUUUUAACGCAUUUACAUGUUAAUUUAACAUAACCAAUAAAAAUCAUUUUAAAAAGUAAGAAUAUGCAUGACUUAUUUUACUAUACAUCCAACACUUGUUAAAGAAAACAGACCACUCCACCACGAUGGCGUUUGAUUCUCUCGGUUUUUAUAUGUAUUGUGGGCGGAUGAAAAUUUCGCUUCGAAAUAUUCGAUACUUCUUCCCCCGACAUUCCCAGCAUUUGAUAAUUUAAUUAUAUCGGGCCCAUUAAUUUGAAUAUCUAUUAUGGUUGCGUAUCAGCCUAUACCACACUAGAUUUAACUUUUAACCAUAACCUAAGCUAACCUAAUUUAUAAGAUUCUUACUCAAGGUUGAUGACGAAGGGACCUCUCUAUCUAACUAAUGAGAUUUCCGAUAGCAUUGUUCAUUGUUGUUCGUAUAGCUGUUUUCAAGGAUAUUUUUUUAUCGUAUUUUAUUAUUAUUAUUGUGUGGAUCCGGCCGACGGGAGGAAUCCCUGUUAAGAAUAAUAAUAAUCGUAUUAUUGUUGUUUCUAUACUCAUAUACCUGUAAAACGAUACCGUUUUCCAAUGAACAGGAAGUUCUAUGUAUUAGGCGUUAGGUUAAGCUGGUCGACUAGUCACCGGUUCGGGUGGCACCCUUUUCGCCCAAAAUCGUACAGAUACCCGUUCGACCAAAGCCAUUUUAGUCGUUUUCGAAUUAAGUUGGCAAUGAUUUUUAAAAAAUAUAAUAUCUCAUUUAUAUAUUAUUAACUAUUUUUAAAAACGCAUUACUCAAUAUAAUAUAUUGUUAAUAAUGUAUGUUUCUAAUUUUUUGUCCGCAAAUAAAAUAAAUAUUAAUGGUAUAUAAUGAUCAUUUUUAAAACCAUAUAUAUAAAAUGUUUGCUCAAACUUUACGUCUACUUCUGUUAAUUGAUUUUCUAAUCACAUUAAAAUAAUUUAAAGUUAAACUAUCAGUUAGUUGAAUGUUUUCUGAUAACUCUUUUAAAAUUAUUAUUUUUGGCUGUAUGUAAAGAUUUUCAGUAGCUUUUCGUUUACAUAAAACACUGACGAUUUAUUUCUGUAUUACUACAUGAAUUAUGAUUAUGUCGAAGCUGGUCAGUGUUUAAAAUAUCCUCUUCGUUCACCAUUUUAGAAUUGGACGUGUAUAAUGUAACUGUACACGUACGUUUCACGCAUCGCCAACGAAUUUCAUCAGUGCUUGAAUUUUUUGAAGCGAAAUUAUAUUUAUAUUUAUUAAAAGCCACCGUGUCUUUAUCUCAUUUACUUUAUUAUUUAUAAACAUAGCCAUCGUUAAUUAUUGAUUUGAGCAAAUAUUUUAAAUUAAAACUGUUCAAAACUUGAAACUCGAUUACUAGCAACUGCUAACUUAUACGUCAUGUAGGUAACUAUUAUAUUAAUAUGAAAAGUCGUUUGUCCACUAACAUGUCAUUAAUUUGAUAGUGAAAUAAAACUAUAAUAGUCUAGUAUAAUAAAUAUUGUGUUUCCCCUCAUCAUUAUUUCUGGGUAACGAUAAAUAAACUCAAAUAUUAUUUUGAGAUAUUUAACUUUUGGGAUGACUUUUUUUAAAAAUAGUUAAUAAUAUAUACAUGAUAAAUAUACAUAUUAUAUUAUUUAAAAAUCAUUGACAACUUAAUUUUGAAAACGACUAAAAUGGCUUUGGUCGAAACAAGCAUGUCAGCCGGUUCAAUUUCCAACUAAUCGUCAACAAUUUAUUUCGUUCAGUUUUUUUUUCCGCGUUCUCUAUGCCGAUGUGGGACCGAGACCGGGUUCUUAUCGUUUUUAAUAUAUUAUACAUUAUUGUUAGUAUUUAAGUACGUCACACACAGACAUGUAGCCACGGUGAGUAAGAGGGAAUCCCUUCCCCCCCAGACCUAAUCGUUGUACCAUCCAACAAGUAUUAAAUGUGUGCAUGUAGUGGUAUGUUAUGAUUUAGUAGAUCCCCCCUAAAAUUUGGUUCACCCCACCUGAUGAUUUGGUCUGGCUAUGGGCCUGGUCAAACAAUAAUACAUUUCAUUGUUCUUAACUUCGCUGCGAAUACGGGUGUUUUCGAGCGUUUUUAAAAUAACUAUUAUAUAACAUAACAAUAAUCGUUCUCGGAAAGUUCAGUACUAAGGACUGAUUAUUUGGCAAUGCAUUAGUAAAUAAUUAUUUUUCGUUUAUUUGCAGAAAUAUAGAUAUUCCAUUACAAAUCUCUCUACGCCCUCUAUCUAGUUUUAAAGAACAGUUAUCGGUAAGAUUUUUGAAAUAAGAAUUAAUUUGAUUAGUACUAAUGUAUAUCUAAUGUAUUUUAUAUUUUAGUUUAAAGGUAUAAAUAAAAAUAAUGAAAAACCUAAGACAGUUACAAAACCUAAGUCUCCGUAUCAAGAAAAACUUUUUGAAAAUUCAUGCAAUGCGAACAAUUCUCAGCAAUUAAAAAGUUCUUCUGAACCACUGAAGUCAAUAAAAGACUAUGCAAAUAAUGUUGGUAUAGUGAACUUCAUUGCUAAUAGUGUCAACGAAAAAGAUAAUAGUGAUUGCCAUAUCAAAAAUUUAGCAGUGCAAAAAAUUCCUUCUGUCAAUGUAAAACCCGAUCUAGUUACGCAAAAAGUAACCAAUAUUCAAAUAAAACCUGAUAGUAAAAAAACUCUCAGGUAAGAUUCGUUAUAAUUAAAUAUCAAUAUUAUAUUUUCCAAUGAUAAAAGUAGUGAUGAAGCUAUUAGUUUUACCAUGAUAGGUAUUUUUUUUUUUCGGAAAACACUUUUUUACAUAAAACUGCUUUAAUUUUUUCAUAUUACAUAUUAAAAAAUGCAUAUUUUUAACUCAUGGUAUUUUAUUUUAAACAUUUAUCAACAUUUUCAAUAGGAUUAGGAUUUUUGUUUUAAAAAAACUAUUAGUAAUUUAAAAAUAAGAAUAGCAAGGACUUUAAUGCAUUUAAAAAUAUAUAUAUUUUAAAUUCAAAUUCCUAAACAAUUCAAUUUUUUUCUUUAUGUAAGUAGAUACCUAUAUGAUAUAAAAAAAAUUCAAGUCAAUACAGAUCUCAUUCUUCAUUGAAAAUUAUUCUGCAGCUAAAAAACAAAAAAUAUAUUUUAAAAUAAUUGAUGUAUAAGUAUAAAUUUUUUUUUUUUUUUGCAAUAAAUUGUUGUUGUAUACAGUAUAUUAACUACUUGAUAGUAAUAAUAAUAUAUAUUUAAUUUAUAGUAAUAAAUACAAACCAAAUGUGGCAUACCACGAAGUCAUGUUUGAUGUACAACCGGAAAUAUGUACAUGCCAAUCACCUCUACCAAAGAACACUAAAAACAACACAGUAACUCGCUAUGAAAUACGCAGAAUUCUGUGUGGGAUGUUGAAUGACAUAUUGUCAAAUAAUGAUAGUUUGAGUGAUCCAUUGGUACAUAAAUUACAGAAAAUAAUGAUCAAUUUAGAAGAAACAGAUUUGAUGGAAAAUAAAGAUUCAAAUGAAGUAAAAAAUCUCAUAGAAGAACAUAGUAUAGAUGGUUUUAGUGAAACAGUCAUCAAAAAUAGACUAUUUAAAAUAGCUGAAAAUGAUUAUGAUGGUAGUAGUAAUAUAAAUUGAUAUAGUUGUCUUUUGCAAAUUAAAUACAUUUUUUUUUUUUUUUAGAAAAAUCAUUUGAACAAAUGGCUCUAGAAAUGGAAAACUUUUAUCGUCAAAUGGAUAAUCGCUUAACUAAUAUUAAAAACUUCUAUUUAGCAAGGAAUCCACUAAUGAUAUUUCCAGUUAUUUUGGGAGAUAACAUACUAGCUGGUGUUUCGAACUCUAUUAAUGAAAAACCUGGGAAUAAUUGUUUAAAUGAUACUUAUCAACCAAAAAGUAGUUAUACAAAUUAUCUUAUAUAUGUUAUUAGUUGAGAUAAAAUAACUGUUAUUUUACAGAUUUUCAUGAUAUUAGGUCAAGCAAUACAAUAAGUGUUAAAGACUUUUUAUACUUAAGCUCUAACAACUUUGCCAGUUCAAAAAUGUACAAGUUACUUUUAAAUAUAUUACCUCUAGCUAAAUUGAUAAUUUUAACCUAUCUAUAAUUAUUUUUGUUACAGGCCUGAUCAAAUUUCGAAUUUAGAGGAACCUGGUUCUGAAAUAAAAGUAAACUUAUAAAAUAUUUAACAUGCAUAAUACAUAAUAUUAAAUCUGUACUUAUGUGUGUGUGUGUAAUAUUACACUAUGAUUAGGUCAUUUACUUGUAGUAUAAUGGUACAUGAUAAUUUUGAAUUAUAAUUUAAUUUGAAAUUUUGUUUCUGCUAUAUUAUAUUAUGUGAUAAUAUACACACCUUCCUUCCUUUUAAUCAAUAAAUUUCAACUGAAAAAUACAGACGUAGGUAUUUUGCAUGAUGGAUGGGCCACUGUCAUAUGUGAGAAGUUGGAUAGGUAGAGGGGACAUUGAAUGUAUAUCUGUGCAAAAUUUAACCAUUGCUAACAGAAUACAAUUUUAAGUAAAGUUCAGUUAAUAAUGUUGCUUUAUCAACAAUAAAUAUAUGCCAUUAUGGUAAAAUAAUUACAUAUGCAUUAUAUAUUACAGUAAAAUUAAAAUGUCUAUAAAAACUUGAAAAUGGCUCAAAUGUUUUGAAAAUUUUACCACUUAUAUAAAUGGCAAAUAUACGUUUGCUAUCCAAAUUUAAAUUCUUUAAAUUCAAACAUUUUAAACUAAAUUACAAUAAAUAAUAUUGAAGUAUUUUAAAUUAUAUACUUAUUGAAUAAAAUAUAAAAUAAAAUUGGAUUUUUAUAAAUUCUAAUAAUUUGAAUUUAAAAUAAUAUAAUAGAUAAAUGGAUCUUCUGAAGACAUGAUUCAAGGGGAAAGUUAUAAUAAUUCAAAUAUAAAUACUGUUUCCUUUAGAAAAAAUACCAAUGAAAUAGUAUUAUUGAGUAAGUUUUUAUGUUAUAUAUUUUUGAGAUGAAUGUAUAACUGACAACUAUGGUAAACAUAUAUAUAUACACGCUACUUUGUUUAGAAAGUCAAUUAUCCAAAUUUGAAGAUGACAAUUGUUUAAAAAAUAAUAAUAUUGAGGAACAUACAUUAAUAAACAAUCAAAUUCAAGACAGUGAAAACUUUCAAUUGAAAAAACAAAAAUGUCAUUUAAAUUCUGCAUUUUCUAAAUUAUCACCAACUAAUACAGAACAUACUGAUAUAGCUUGUACAGAUCACUUCUACAAAGAAACAGGAGAUUCUUUUACUUCGAUGGUAUGAAUAAAAUAUUAUGUUGAUAUAUAAUAAAAACUGGUUCCUUUAAAUUAAACUUAUGUAGUUCAAUAAUUAAUUAUAAUAUUGAUGCACACAGUAUUUAUCUGUAUUUUAUCUCUCUCUAUGGCUUCAAUCCAUAGAUUGGUUUGCAGCCAUCUUCCAUUCUUCUCUAUUAUCUGUUUUCCUUUUCAUUUCUACAUAAGACUUGCAUCCUUGGUCCUUUAUUAUCUGUUGAAUAUACUCUUAUCUUAGCCUUCCCUUUUACGCUUCCUUCUAUAAUCAGUUUUAAUAAUCCUUCGCAUCACAUAUUUUUCCAUAAUACCUUUCUUUCUGAUCCAACACUUCUUAUUGAUUACUCUGUCCAUCUAAUUUAUCCUUAACAUUCUUCUAUAACAACACAUUUCAAACAACUCCAGUCCUUUUUGUUCUCAGAUUUGUUCUGAGUACUGAUAUUUUACAGGUCUCAUAACCAUAAAGAUCCAUACUCCAUAUAUACAUUUUCAAUAGAUUUUUUCUUAUUUUUAAACUAAUAUUUCUUGAUAUAAGUAGAGUUAUUAAAGGCUAUUUUGACUUGACAGAUACCUACGUUUUAUUAUUUCACUCCCAUUCCUUGCAUAAUUUUACCUAGGCAGUAUAAUAUAAUUAAUAAUUUAUAGAUACCAUUGAAACAGACUACUCAAGAAAUUGAAAGUGGUACAGAAAAUUCAAUUAGUUUUGAAGUAGUCGACCAUAUCUGUGGAUUGCAUAAUGUCGAAUCUAAGACGUCUAUUGGAGACAUUUUCAACUUUUCUAAGAAUAAUAGUGAUGUUGAACAUACAUUAAUGAACAAUCAAAUCUUUUCAUCAAUCAAACAAGAAUGUCAUAUAAAUGCUGUAUUGUCUAAAUCAUCACCAUCCAAUAAUAAUUUAGAAUAUACUGAUAAUGCUUGUCCAAAUCAUCUGUACAAAGAAACAGGAGAAUCUUCUACUUCAAUGGUAUAAAUAAAAUAUAUAUGUUAUUAUUUGUAUGAUAAAAAAUACUGGUUUUUUAAACUCUUGGUUUAAAAACCUGCGGGUCGAAAUCAUAAAGGGAACACAAAGAUAGUUAGGGGGGUUACUAACAAUGAUAAGUAUUGAGUAUACUGUAUAUCUUAGUGUUCAAGUUCUGUUAAACAAACUUUAAGGAGUCUUCUUACAUAAAAAGAAAAAUUAAGAGGAUUGAAAACCACUGCUUUAAACUAAACUUAUGUAAUUUAAUAAUUAAUUAUAAUAUUGAUGCACACAAUUAUUUUGUAUUUUAUCUAGUUAAUUAAAAAUAAUUAAUUAUUUAUAGAUGUCAUCAAAACAGACUAUUCAAGAAAUUGAAAGUGACACGGAAAGUUCGAUUAAUUUUGAAGAAGGCGAUCAUAUCUGUGGAUUGCAUAAAGUUGAUUCUAAGACAUCUAUUGGAGAAAUUUUCUUAUAA